AUGAGCUGCCGCCGCCGCCGCCGCGCACUGGAGCUGCCGCGCCUCAAGCCCAGCAAGGCAGGCAGGCAGGCAGGCAGCGAGCGCAGAGCCGGAGGAAGGAAGGAAAGAAGGACGGAAGCGAGCGAGCGGGCGGCCGGCUUGGCUCGCCCCGGCAGGCAGCGGCGACGGGGUGAGUAAGGUGCGCAGGAAGGGGCAGCCGGGGCGCCGCUGCUGCGGCCGCAGAGGCGGCGGCUCGCUCGGUCUCCCGGUCCCUCCCUCCCUCCCGGCCCAGUGCGGGGCCGGCUCGCCUCCCUCCCUCCCGCCGCCAGGCCGAGGGGCCCUGCUGCUUCCCCUUGGCUCAGGGCCCGGCAGGGAGGGGUCAGGGUGUGCUCCCUCCGGGGUAAGGAAAGCAGCCGAAGCGUCUCCCCUCUUCACCCCCCCCCCCCAGGAAGGUUGGAGGGGACGGGGAAGCGGGUGGCGAGGUCUUGCACCCGGCCAGGAAAAGGAGAGGAGCCUUGACAGCCAGGCUGGAGCCUGGCCAGAGAAGUGCCUGGCCGGAGUGCAGGCAGGGGACGUGUGUGUGCUUGGCGGGGCGAGGCGGGAGGGGGGGGGGAGAUUGCAGAGGGGGGGGGGAGUUCCUGAUCCACCCAGGGUACCAAAGGGUGACAGGAGUCAGGACCCCAUAUUGUAUGUUGAGGGUGGGAGGGGGUGGCUUUGUGCGAUUUUGACAGUACAGAGACACGUUUCUUCUUUGACACCCCCUCCCCUGCGCAGUUUUUUAAGACUUGCCUCUGGAGGAAUCCCCCCCCCCUUUGUAUGAUUGGGUUGCUCUGCCCGUCGGUUAAUGAAGGAUAGCUGCUAUUUAGGCGGGGGAGGGUGUCCCAACUGCAUCCUGGAAGCAGGAGAACCCAGGCUGCUCCAUCGAGAAAGGGGUGUGUUGUGCUAGGAGCUCCUAUUAUGGUUGAUGUGGAUGCAUUUAUGUGAUGGGGGGAGGGCUUCCUUCCUCUACCAGGGCUAGUUGAAUGGUGGAGUUUUUCUUUGUAGGGCGUACAUAAACUGGAAUCCUUCCUUCCUUCUAAGGCAUCUCUGUUGGGAGUGGCUGCCAGGCAGGCAAAUGUUCCUUACGCCUUCUGGUUACUAUUUUGAUGUCUUUGGCUGGACAUGGUGGUCACUCCUUCUGUUCACAGAACCUCUUGUGGUGUAUAACAACAUUUUCUGGGGGAGGGGAGAGGCGAUAUAAGGGAGUUUAACCAAUAGGAUCUGAACUCUGGGACCUGCUCUUCACUUCCACCCCCAGUAUAAUAAGCGGAACAUGCUUAUUAACCUGUGUCUCCAAAGCUAACAUCUUGGUGACCCUCCCACAAGGUUGCUUUGGUUCACUCUGCAUUGGGGAAAGGCAAAUCAUUGGCAGGCAAUGCCUUGAAUGGCACAUUGUUAACUUGUGGCCGGUGUUGCUCCCCCUCCCCACCACACUCCACUUGGACUUAAGUUUCUUGCUUGUGCCAGUAAUAGGGAAGUAAAAUACAGGAUUUCCCCACAGUUUCCCAUGCAACAGGAUAUCAGGAAAAGAAACGGUACCAGAGACACUGUACUUCUCUGUUUUGGGUUGUUGUGGUUGGUGGGAAGAUCCCUGGCAGCUUGGCUUCUCUGUACUGCUUGCAGGGUUCAUCCUGUUGCUGCCACUCUGCUGCCGAGCUCCUGAGGAGGUAGGUCUUGUCUUCUGCUGUGUAAUUGUGUUUUUGCUGAGGGUCCCAGUUUGGGUCAAAAUAUAUCCCUUGACUUUAUGACAAUGCUUUUGGCUGCUUCCAGAUAAAUUUUCUUUUUUUAAAAAAGUGUCACCCCUCUUUUUUGCUAGCAGUAGCCGUUCUCUCUCUUCUGCUUCUCUCUCUCUCUCUCUCUCUCCCUCCCCCCCCCCCCCCGUCCCAGCGAUUUUUGAUUUUUAAAAUGAAACUUGGUUUCAAGUUUGUGCUGGGAACACUGCAAGUUGCAAAGCAUAGCCUCAGAAAUUAAAAAGUGGCCAAGCACUGGCAGGAAAGUCUUUUUGAUGGACGGGUAAUUCAAAAUGGCGCAGGGAGGGACUUGCGAUGCCUCGUGUUGUUGCCACUGGCACCAUCCAAAAGGUAUCAUCAGAGCAUGCCUGGCCUCCUUCCGCAUAGUGAGAGUAGUAAGUGGGGUCAUUAGAAAUCAUUUGGAGUAGGAAUUUCUGUUUUCCAGGAACUUGGGCUGCUGGUUAACAGUGAUUCUUUCCACAGUGCUUCCUAAGGUGACGUUGUCUGCCCAGUUUAGUCAUGGCACCACAGUCUUAGUAUUGUAGAUGCCGUGCCUGGAACGCCAUCUCACCUUAGCAUCCUGGUGUGGAGUAGAACCAUUGUGAGGACAGCGUGUAUUUUGUUGUUUUCGAAAGCUGACUAAAUUAAGUGUGUGUUUUCUCUCUUUUUCUCCCUUCAUAGCACUGACAUUUGAAGGGUGAAAGAUUAGUGGGGAACUUCAGGCAACUUUGCAGGCUGCCCUGACCCGCGUUUUAAAGUUUUGAGUUGCCGGUGGCUUCUGUAGUUCGCAGUACUACUGAAUUAUCAAACUUGGCAGUGUUGCAACAGACUGGUCUUGUGCUGUCCCCCCCCCCCCCCGGGUGACAUCCGUGAGCAAGGUUUCUUUUGGGGGGCGGAUGAGCCUCUCCUGUCAUUAAUGCAGUUGCCUGUCUGUAGUACUUCCUAUUUUGAAAGAGUAUAUUGUGUUUCCUUUUGGGAUAUAUUGUUACUAUUUGGAAAAUGUCACGGGUGGGGUGUGAGGAAGUAAGAGUGGUCAUGUUGUCUCCUUUUGGUGCCAGUCUUCUAUUUCAGUGUAGUGUGAAGUGAGCAAUUUUGUUCUAUAUACAUCACUUCCUUCCUGAAUGAUAGGCUCGUGCCAUCCAAGCCUGCGUGCAUUUAAAGAGUCCUUGGUGGUGGUUGAUAUCUGACUUGUGUGAAUUUUAAAAGGACUUUAAGUUAUUAUAGAUAACUUUGGCAUGUAGAUUACUUGGCAUAUUGUGUUUCAAUUUCUGAAUAUCUAACCAUCCUACAUACAUUGUGCAGUGUCUGUGUUAUAUUAUGUGUGACUGCAAAACUUUCAAAACAGUUGACUUACUACAUUAGUAAUCCCUGAGGUAUUAUUCAUGUACCAUUAGAUGUUAGCUUGCUUGCUAGAAAGAGUGUGGAAAAUUUCCAGAUGCAGUUGAGAUGUCUAUAAUCAGAGCUGUGCUAUCAAUGAGAAACUGGUAUGAAAUAAGUGGAGUCUUCUGUAUGUGUUUUCAAAAAAACUAUAUAAGCAGUAGCUCAUCUUGAUAGAAUUACUGUGGCAUUGUUUCAAACUGAAAUGAAAAUACUCUUGUACCUCAAAUCUCAGAUAUUUUUAACACUGAUGUUGUCAACUUGAUGGGGAAAUUGAAGCUGACAUGAAAUUUACUAUCAUAUUCCAUUUGCCAUUUGGUAUAACUAUAGCAGCAAUUAGCUAUAUCUGUAUGUCGGGGUUUGUAACUGAAUACACAGUGUCUCUGGUUUAAUUAUUUUUAAAAGGGUUUAAUACAACUGAUAUGACAUUGAUUUUGGCCCCAUCAUUCCUCCCGUGGCCCCCCUCGAAAGGACACUUCUCAGAAUGGGGGGGAACUGGCCUGACUAGUACUUCUUAUAGAUUAUCAUAUAGAUUGUAACUCCUCUAUGCAAGCAUUGAAGGAUUUUAAAUAUAAUUCUCAGAAAUGUGUUUGAUCUCAACUGUUACAAUCUAUUUUUAAGGAUAUGAAACAUCUAAGUUAUAUGGCCUCUGGGAGCCUCUCCAGUGCAGGUGCCAUUGGAAUGAAUGAUGGUAGUAUGAAAACACAGAUUUCUUGUGUAGUUAUACUUAUUUUAAUGGGAUUUGUACAAGAAAGGUGCUGAGUGGAUUGUUUUUAAUCUUUGUUAAGUAAGUUUUUAAUCUUUGCAGGAGUGGAUUUUGGAGACUAGCCUAUUAUGAUUUUUCUGACAUUGUUAUGAUCCUGUUAUAGUGAUUUUGACAAGGCCAUUCUUUGCAUCCUAUAACAGUGGAAAAGUUGAGUGUUCCCCCUCUCUCUAUAUAUUCACAACAGUAAAUGAAUAAAAUGCAACUGUUUUUAUUUGGCAUUUGCAAAGAAGUGCAUUUAAUUGCAGUAUAAAUCGGCAGGAGAAAAAAGUAUAGCUUUUAAGGUGGAGCUGAGCUAAAAACAGGAAGUCCUGUGUUCUUCUGUUUCUAUAAAUAUAUUUUCAUGCACAGUAUUUUCAUCAAAACAGCACUUCAGAGAAACUGCUAUUGUUUCAAAAGGCCACAAGACUUAAAUAUUCAGGAUAGAUUAUGAGUUCUUCUCUUUUAAUAUCUAUAUUGUAUUUUAUGAAUGUUUGGCUCUCCUCACCUCUCCCCCGGUCUCUUUAACCUUGAUCGAUACCAUCAAGGAAACAAUAUUAGGUCCCUGAAGGGCAAUUAAAUGCAGGGCUCAAAUUAGGGGCAAAAUAAUUGUACGUUUUGGCUAGAGUUUCAGUAGGUUUGAUUGGACCUUUAGCUUGUCAAAUCUAUGCAUGCCUAACAUGGAACUGAGCCCUGUUGACAUUAGGACUAAGGGCAGCUCUGCGCAUUAUGUGUGUAUCCAUGUUAAUACAACUUCCUGGGUCUGCUGCUAGAAACACCAUGCAGUGCUAGUGAUUCUUGGAACUCCCCCUUAUUCCCAAGUAAAUAUGCGCAAGAUUACAGUAACAUCAUUCUCCUAUGCAUACUGACUCAGAAGUAGGUUCCUCAUGGUUCAGUUGAACUUAUUCCAUUGUAAGUGUCCUUUACAGCCUCAGUUUCAGCAGUAACUGUUGGAGUUGAGUUUUAGUGCAGAACAUUUACAGUUUUGUGUGCUAAUACUUUUCUUUGAAGCAGUUGCAUAAAGACUAUGAGAACAGUUCGCAGUUGAAGCCACACACAGAGCAAGUGUGUGCUCUGAUGUGCCAAAUGCUAUAGAUUUCAUGCCCCCUCCCACACUCAGGAGGGCAUUGUUGGCAUAAAGUAGAAUUGAGCUUGGCAGCUAUAGUGCAUGAACAACAACAACAACCAAAUCUUUGUUUAACUGAGCCUUUAUAAAUGUGUGCUGGUACAGAAUUGCUUAUUUCUAAACGACUUGAUUGCUUUUGCACUGUAGAAGCUGUGGUUGAGUUGCCAUUGGGCCUCAACUUGUGGCUUUCUUUACCAGCCUUAUAAAUGUUUACUUGCAGCAGAAUACCCACAGUGAAGUGUGAGCUUCAUGUGUGUGUGAGUGAUGAUGUAAGGAAACACUGUGAAUACUUGCAGCAAAAUGGUGGAGCACCUACCUUGUAUAACAUAACAUUUCAUUGCAUGUAAAACUUAAAAAGAUCAUGGUACACUAGUCCCUUUCAUUUCAGCAGGAGAGAUGCUUAAGCAUGUAGCAGAUUUCCAGAUCAGAAUGUAAAAAAUGAGGAAUAUUUUAGAAUUCUGGUGUAAAUUCUUUAGACUGUCGUAGAGCUGUGAUGCUCUGAAAUAGGGGGCUUCCUUAUGAAACUGCAGUGUUUUGCCAUGGCAUACACUCUCUUAAAGUAAAGAACCAUUAGCAACCCUUCUCAGAAGACCAUGGAUAUAUAAUAUCACAGUAUUCUUUGAUUUUUUGCUCUUGUGAAUUUGCUUCUCAGCAGUACUCUGGGUGGCUCCAUGUGACUUCUGUGUGUACCCUGGUGUUUGACACAGUUAUUUAAAAGUGAAUAUAUAUAUAUAGCCUGUGUCUUUAUACAUGUAUGCACGUGUUCCUGGGGAAGCUGAUAUCUGAUUGGCCCUAGGGCUCCCCAACAUGUGUCUGCUGCCAUUUACAUAUACAGGUCUUCUCACCCACAGUUUGUACAUUGCUUCAGGAAAUAGCAGUGUAGCCUAACGCCAGUGAAUCUGCAGCAAUCAUAUCUGCCCUUCCUAAGGAUUAGAAUUGGUUAUCUUUUUAGAGUGUGAUUGUGAUAGCCAACUUGAUUCAGUCUCGGAAGAAGAGAGAGAAGUUGCUCUUUAAUCUUCUUUCAAUACCAGGUUAUCUCUUGUGACUAUUGACUUUGCUCUGAAUUCAGAGGUCUUAGGAUUCCUCUGAAAGGCCAAAUACCUAAAUCCUCAUAGAAUAAGUAACCAUUGGGAAUUUGGGGAAAUGUAUAAUGUUUUUCAAUCUGUUCAUUCACAUACCCACGUAACAGUUGAAUUGCAGGCUCUUGAGGGUUCGUAGGGUACCGGUUAAGGUUUUGGUGCCCAGCAUUUGUUGGGAGUGAAUAAAGUAAAAUGUUUCCUUUCUAUUAAAUAAGUGAUAGGAAGGAAAUAAAGCACAGUUCUGGUGAGCCUUGUAGUUUCCAGUAGUUGACUACUUCUAAAAUUACCAGAUGUACAUAUGCAGCCAAAGCUCCUGGAUUUUAGAAAUCCCCAUGGAUUGCAAAAUAAACCAGGACUGAAUCUGCCCAGCUUCCUUGUUUGGAAAUGGAACAUAAUACGAAAUUGCAUACAGGAAUACUCCUUUUUUUCUGGCUAUACCUUAGCAACUGAGCACUAUUUGUGUUUACUGCUGAAGUAUCAGAACUGUGGCAAUGCAGUUUUAAUCCUAGCAUUAAUAACUGAGGUGAGUUCCUUUCCUGUAUGUUCCUUUCCUGCUUUCAGCAGGGCGGGUGGGGAGUCUUCUUGCAUAACAUUCUCAUGAGAAAAACACAGUUUAAUCAGCUUUUUACAGUAAUUGGGUAGGAUUGCAAAUACAAUCUAUCUUAUGUUCCAUUUAGUGAAAAAGAGUGCAAUGGAGCAUAAAGUUCUAAAGUGCACACUGGUUACACAAUCAGUUAUGUUAUGAAUAAAUUAGGGCCAAAAUGUCCAUGACUUCUGACUAGAAUGGCUGAUAGACAAACAUGAUAUAUAUCAUUUUAAGAAUGCUUGACUUCCUCAGAGUAGUCCUUCUUUCUCCCCUCUCCCUCUGUAAGGACAGAAAACUUAGCAGCAAGUGAUUAUUCUUGGUUCCCUUUACUGUCUUAUUGCGCAGUGAAGUGGGGUUGUGUGUGUGUGUGUGUGUGUGUGUGUGUUUACAGGUCUCUUCCCCCCUCACACACUGUUCACAUUAGCAUGGCUUCAGUUUGUUUCUGUGAUUCCUUUACCACCAUGCAGAGGUGUUCACACACACCUUGAGUGGAAACUAGUUAGGAGCAACUUAAGGAUGCCAGUUUGUGUGAAGCUGGUUUGAGAAACAGCACACCGAACUAGUGUCUUAUAACAAAGUGCAGGAUACAUAUGCAGUAGAGAUCACUUGGUGUGGACACAGAUUAAAAAUCCAGCACUGGAAUCACAGUGCGCGUGCAGUAAGUAGGAGUGUUUGCACUCUGGAUUUUGAGAAUGGAACUACUAGGGCUUGCAUCACAUGCCUCCUCGUAAGCCCUGGCUUAGCAUAGCUUUGGAGGCCAACCAUGGGGUGGGAUGAGGAGAGCGAAAUCAAUCAGGAUCGAGACAUAGCCAAGAAGCCAAAUGAAGAAUAGGCAAAGAUUAAGGGAAAUAAAGGGCUUUAGGCAAAGAGGAAGAAGCAAGAUAGCACGUUAAGUGAUUGCACCAGAGAAACAAAUGCAUGUGACUCUCUCCAUUUCAGUCAGUACAUCCUUCCAUGUUUGACACUACUUUGAUCUCUUUCUCAAACCCUUAACUUAAAACCUGCCUGAUGUUUUGUUUUUUGUUUUAGGUAGAACCUAAAGUGUGGGCGAGGUUGCGAUCCAUUUUGUGGCCUAGUCAGGAUGUCAUCAAAGGACGUUGUGCCUCUGCUGGCAUGUGUCUCUGUUUUCUUCAUGUGCCUGGCACAGUGGCAGCACGUUAAAUAAACUCCGAAAUCCAGCUGAGAGGGAAAGAUUAUUGCGUUCGUCAGACACAGGAAACUACCAAGUAUCUUUAUUUAGGGCUGAAGGAAACCUUAUUAUUCAGCUGUUAGAUCUGCUGGCAUAGUAUAUGCACUUGAGUUGAAGACUGUCAAGUUUGUGCAUUCGUGCUGUGUUCACUUUCCAUCCCAAAACAUUCAGCACAUAUGCAAGUUGCUCUAAAGAUGGCUUGUUGUUUGGCUUCAACUUUAAUGUUACAUAUUUUGGUAAUUUAAAGGGGGGGGGGGGACUCAUGAAAUGCUUUGUAAGCAUGUACAUUCCUAUAGGUGACCACCUUUGCAUUACAUCAGGACCAGUUGCCAUGCCCUAUGAUAGCCUCCUUAUUCUGUUGGAACCUUGGAGCAGUUUCCCCCAACUUGGUGACCUCAAGAUGUUGUCAAAUUACAGUUCCCAUCAUCCUUGCUUGUUGAUCAUGCUUGCUGGGGCAUAUGGGAGCCCCAACAUCAUCUGGAGGGCACCAAGGUAGGGAAGACCUCCGUGGACAGUCUUCACAUCAUUAAUGCUGGGGCUCAUCUGGAAACUUGUAUUUUUUAGUUUUCUGUUCUUGUCUAGAGAACCCAUAUACACAAAUCUUCUGUGUAAGCAACAAGACAAGAGUUUGUUCCCAUUUAUAUUAAGUUCAGUUAGCUGGAGAGAAUGGAAUUAAUCUAAGCCUCAUUUCUGUGUUACAUAUUGGAACCCUACGAAUACAAAUAUUUUUAAAUAGUUACUGGGAGCUAUUCCCCUGCUUACCAGCCGCAUCUGUCACCCAUAACUCACCCAAACUCCCAGGCAUUGCCAAACACUUCACAUCCCCCCCAACUCAGACCAGGGGUGGGGGACCUCUGUGGCCAUGACAGAUGAGUGGGGCAAAGCAUGCCCUGCCCUGAUCCUUUCACUCUUUUGUAGUCCUAUGUCCCCUACUCUGUUUUGCCCCCGAUGUCCCCCUUCCUCUAUAAGUGACCUUGCAAACUGCAGCAUGAUUAAUGUUUCAAAAAUAAAGUAUUAUAUAGGAAAACACUAUUCUGUCCUCUCUCUCUCCGCCUCCCCCCUGCCCUGAUGUCCUUUAAUUUUUUUUAGUUAUGGGCUUGGUUCUGGAUGCUUAUGCAUUCUAUGAAACAUUGUGCACUCUUGUGAACAUUGCAACCAGCUGCAAAAUGUGCUGUUCUAUGACUGCCAUGUUGAAGCUGUCAUUUUUACUAGUUCAGAAAGUAUUAUUUGUUCUUACAAUAUAAGGUUCCAAGGAUAAAACCUGGUUAUGGUAUAAAUCAUGUUGUCUCGAUUCCACUUCAUAGAGAAUUCUCUGCUAUGAGAUUAAAGGGUUUUAAUCUAAGCUCUCAGACCCCAGCUGAAUAUGUUCUGAAUUGAUUUGAUCUUGCUUUUCCUAAUAAAUGUCUAAGCAGCCCACAACAGAGAACCCUCAAAGGUCAAAUGAAAUGUGUUGUUUUCAAGGAGCAUAGCUAGUAACUUAUUUUCUCCAAGCAUUGACUUGAGCAUAGAUGGGAAACAACAUUUCAAAUCUAAGCAUGGCUUGUUAUAAUCCCUUCUACCUGUGAAGCUUCAUUUUGAACAUUUCUCUUUUCAUUUGUGUGAUCCACUGUGCAGGGGCAGGAUACAGAUGCAAUAAUAAUAAUACAGUAAAAAAAAUAAUUAAAGGAGGGGAAAACCAUAGAAUCACAGAAUUGGUAGGGACCCAACGGACUAUCUAGUCCAGGGGUCGGCAAGGUUUACCUUGCCUGGGCUGGUUCACUCCAGCAGAGAGCCCUCUGUGAUUUCUGGCGCUGUGGAAGUGAGUUGCCGUGCUGAGCCGGUUUAGCAAAGCGCGCGGGGAUUUGCCGAGCAGGCAGCUCGGUUCGGGGGUGGCUCAUGGGCUGGUUAAACAAACCCUGUGGGCCGCUUGUGGCCCAUGGGUCUUAGGUUGCUGACCCCUGAUCUAGUCCAGCCCCCUGCAGGAAUACUGAUUAAAAAUACAAUCUGAAUGGUUGAAGAACUUGCAUAUGUGACCAAACAAUUCUUCUUGGCUAGAAAGUCAAUGUUGCAAAUGUUUGGAAUCUCUAGGUGUGCAAAAUAUCUCCCCCAAAUAAUUGCCUCUAUUUCGAAGUUCAGAGAUGAGAGUGGAACACUCCCCUCACUGCAUUAGGUUGGCGGAUUGGGUGGCCACAUAACUCUGAAUUGACUAUGUUUGAUAGGGAAUGAAAAACCAUGCCGGUGCGGGAAUGGGAUUGUACACUGAACAGGAGCACUUUGUGAUGCCACAGAGCAUUGUGAACCUUCCCUGGCUAAAUGAAAUGUUUGCAUAUCAUGUAGAAUUGUACCCACUGUACUUUUGCUUCUUGAGAACUUUAUUUAAGAAAUAAAAGUAACUUUUUAUCCUUUUUAUCCUUUUGAUGACAUAGCGAAAUGUAAUAACGGAACAGGCAGUGUCUGUUGAAUGCUCAGUUAUCAGUGGGAACCUUAUUAGAUGGGGCUUGUGGUGCUAGUUAUAUACAACAGGAAUCUCAUGCUUCCUUUUUCUGCCUGGGUUGUAUGCUUCUCUGACUACUUGCAGUGGCAGAGCAGGAUAUAAAUUAAUCAAUAAAUGCUAAGCAGUUAAAAUAAAGCUGACAAGCAUGUAUGUAUUCUAUGCUCCUUUCACCUCAUUCAGUGAAUGUGCUGUGUUGUUUUUUUCUAAGUCGGGCUUUAAGCAUCCACUCCCCAAGAUAUCUGCAGCUGGUAAGAAUAACUGGUAGGACUUAUUUCCCUGUAAAUGACAAGAGAGUUGGCUCCUUAGGCCACUGAUCAUAGAAUCAUAGAGUUGGAAGAGACCACAAGGGCCAUCGAGUCCAACCCCCUGCCAAGCAGGAAACACCAUCAGAGCACUCCUGACAUAUGGUUGUCAAGCCUCUGCUUAAAGACCUCCAAAGAAGGAGACUCCACCACACUCCUUGGCAGCAAAUUCCACUGUCGAACAGCUCUUACUGCCAGGAAGUUCUUCCUAAUGUUUAGGUGGAAUCUUCUUUCUUGUAGUUUGGAUCCAUUGCUCCGUGUCCGCUUCUCUGGAGCAGCAGAAAACAACCUUUCUCCCUCCUCUAUGUGACAUCCUUUUAUAUAUUUGAACAUGGCUAUCAUAUCACCCCUUAACCUCCUCUUCUCCAGGCUAAACAUGCCCAGCUCCCUUAGCCGUUCCUCAGAAGGCAUUGUUUCCAGGCCUUUGACCAUUUUGGUUGCCCUCCUCUGGACACGUUCCAGUUUGUCAGUGUCCUCCUUGAACUGUGGUGCCACAAAAUUGUGCUACCACAAAUGGCUAACAAGCCAACUCGUAAAAUGUUUUGUGAGCCAGUAACUUUUGUAAGCAUAUAUUUGCAAGACUUUUCAGUCUUAACAAUUUGAAAUGGUUUGGGCCUGGUUUUCUUGCAGCUUCACUUGGCUCCUGAUAGGUGCACCUCCGUUGGUUGGUGGUUUCAGAAUCCAUAAUCUGUGUGCAAUACGAGGUUGUUGUUCUAGCAGAUUGUGCAUUGUGCAUGAGUUAGCAGAUCACUUCAGCUGUAUAUUCAUAACUGGCAGAAUUGCACUCUGUUUAUAGAAAAUUCUGGUUUGGUUAUAAGAAUGCCCAUUAAAAAAGAUACCAGUGGUUUGAGAUUUUUGCAGGUGAGAAGUCAGAAUACUAUGGGUUGUAUUCAGUGUGCGUAAGACUCCUAGUAGACCUACUGAAUAAUUUCAGUGGGGCUGCUCUGAAUAAAAUGUUGGUGAAUGCAACCCUUUCAUAUUUAAUAAUAAUCAUUAUUCUUUCUGCCCCUCCACCAUUGCCUUUUAACAAGUGGUUCUUUAGUAGUAAUUCUGCUUUCAAGUCUUGAGGCUUCAGUGAAGUUACUCCCACUUACAUGUUAGUUUCAAUUCUAAUCUGAAAUCCGGUGAUUUGGCUCCUGUUUCUUGUGUGCAAUUUCUUGGUGUGAAAAUUUGCAUUAUGUAUUAACCUGAUAACUAAAGAAAGUGGCCUUACGUUGGGUACAGUGCAGUUCAGGGUGCUUUAGCAGUAUUUGUUUUGUUUGCUGCUUUAUUAGCUAGGUACAUUUAGUUUGUCACCUCCUAUGUGUUAAAUUAAACCUUCACUAAAAUUAUUUUAGUUAGCUAAAUGUGGAAACUAUUCAGCAUAAUAAAGCAGCCCUUCAGUGGCACCUUAUUAACUGCCAUGUAAUUUUAAUGCACUUUUCUCACAAGUGCAGUUCAAAGCAGCGUUUUGUAAAUUGCUUUGAGGAUCUUCGUUUUAAAGUGGCAUCCAGGAGCACAGGUGUGCCACUACAAUGCCUUGACGCUAGCUUAUUUCUUCUCUGCGCUUAACGCUGCUUGCUGCUGCUUGAAGCGAUAAUAAUUUAUUUUGUUGGUUCGGCUUUGAUAAUGUGUCACUGUUAAAGAACAGAGUUGUUGGAGACUGGCUUUUGCUUCGCUCAAUUCUCGAUUGACUUGAAGACUUGAGAUAAGUUGAGGUCUAAAUUCAAUUACCCUGAUAGUUUUGUGAAGAUACUUAAACUGUGUUCAUAGAUAUGGUUCCUGAAUGUGCACCGUUCCUUUGGCAUUGGUCUUUGCUAACAAGCAGGAUUUAAAUUCACCUUCUUCAGACGUAUUUGCUCUGUUCCAAGCAUUUUAUGUUAUUGUAAUCUAGUUAUGUUGGAUACCGGUAAUUUGCUGGUUUUCAAGUACCUUUCUUGAGACAUGUGACAGGGUGAAAUAUUUACCUAAGUGUCUUGUUCAGGCUAUGAGAAUUAUGAUCUCACUCUGUCAAUAUUGCAGGCAUCUUCGCGUUUAACUAAAGUGGUCUUGUUACCAGAGUGCCAUACUAACAAAAUGUCAUGUUGGGUUUUUUGUGGGGGAAGGGUAGAAUUUUGUGUAGAAUGACUGAAGCAGGUAUGUUUAGCUUAUUUUUCUAUGUGGGAAUCGGAGGACUGAUUCCUCAAUGCAAACAUUACAGGGGAAUAUAACUAAUAGAUCUGUGUUGAAGGUCUGUCCCUUCUCAUGGUAUAUUUUAACCAUUGACAGAAAAUGGGUUCUCUGAAGUGUUCACAUGUUAAAUUAUGAGGUCUUCCUCUGGCACUAAUGAAGACUCUGAGAUUCCCCCUUAUUCCCACCACGGUCUUGAGGACUGGUGACCCCUUUCUCCUUUGGAAAGUACAUAGUACAGAAAGAUAAGGUUAAGAAAGGCACACUCUUUCCCAGUUCCUUUGUCAGCUUUCUGUGCUUUCCAAGACUCAGAUUAAUUCUACCGUGCCUGACUUUUACUUGGAACUCUUGGAAAAGUGAAAUAUGUAUGUACUUCCUCUAUUUCUUGCAUAUGAGGGCAGUGCUCUAGGGGGUAGGAAGAGAGGGUGGUGCCCAUAGCCCCUUGAAUAACAUACCGUAUUUUUCGCUCUAUAACACGCACCAGACCAUAACACGCACAUAGUUUUUAGAGGAGGAAAACAGGAAAAAAAAAUUCUAAACGAAAUAGUGGAUAUAUGAUUUCUGUGGUUCAUGCUGUGGCCACAGACAUAUGAUCUGACAGUGAGUUUGGAGUAGCCCCAUGCAAAAAUCCUGAGGAUCCAUGUGGAUCCAUGCUUUGUAACCACGGAGGAGGGAAGGAAGGGGAACCAUGAAUCCUCUGCUCACGACUGCAGCAGAUCCCCCCUGCCACCCACAGGCAUUCGCUCCAUAACACGCACAAACAUUUCCCCUUACUUUCUAGGAGGAAAAAAGUGAGUGUUAUGGUGCAAAAAAUACGGUAUAUGGUAAUUUACUAAUUUGUUGUUCAAGCCUUUUGUGUUUUUUCAGUGGAUUAUGCUGUUAUAUCUACUCAGACUUUGAAACAAAUUCAACUAAUCUGUACUAAUUCAUUAGUAUGAUAUUUGUGUAGAUACUAGAUUCAGGUAGGUAGCCAUGUUGGUCUGACACAGUCGAGGAAAAAAAAUUGUCCAGUAGCACCUUAGAGACCAACUAAGUUUGUUCUGGGUCUAAGCUUUCGUGUGCAUGCACACUUCUUUCAUUUGCGUAGAUAGUCAACUACAAAGACAGUAAGAUAUAAAAUGGUACGAUAAGGGCAAGAAUCGUUUUAACUUUGAUAUGAUACUUUCUAAAUGUUUUGUUAACUUUCUGUCAGACAGGUCUUUGGAAAAAGCACAUCUCUGUUCCCAUGCAACUCUGGCAAAGUGGGAAGAUUUUCCACCAUCUUUUUCACGGCUCGUAAUAGCAGCUGUUUGGUGGUACUUCCUUGUUUUGAAUUGUUUUUGCUAACCCUGUAGCUCAGAAAAAUGUAAUUUUUAAAAAAAUGAAAUUGAAGGGAGAAAUAUAGCUCAAAAGAGGAAGACAGCUGACUUGACACAUGACAAAAUUUCAGGAGAAGAAUUAACAGAAGUAUAUGAUGAAGAGCUUUUUUUAAACUCUGGUUCUUAAGACAUCAGCGGUUUUAAAAUGCACAAGAGACUGGAAUGUGUGAUAUUGAGUCAUUAGAGAUCGCUACCAUAGCAUCCGUCAUAAGCCACUGUUGUUCUGAUCUUUGUCAGAUGGACAGAAUUAUCUGGCUUGGGUAGUGUCACCACUUAUAAUUUAUGUAAAACGUAAUAUGGAACAAAAUUGGAAUGUGAUGAGGAAGAGGUAGCUAGCCUAUAAUUAUUAAACUGGCUUGCAGAAGGAGUGGAACUGGGUGGCUCUUAAUUUUCCUUCCUCCAACAUUUUGAUCUCUUGGAUGUACAAAUAAGAAAUUUCAUAAAUUGUCAGGUUUGAAAAAUGGGGAUUCCCAAGUGAUGGGCUAUUAACUUGUAAGAGGGGGAAAUUGGUUUCUGUUCCCAGGGUAUGCUUUAUAGCAGUCACCAUGGCAUGAAUAGUUAUCUGUUUCCACUCAAGAAUCAGUAACAGGAGGCCUUGUGUUAUGAUAGAUAGUAAUAAUUUUUCCUAUUUCCUUUUCAAGUUUAUCCAGUAAUUUUAGCAUGAUGCAUGUUCCAGUGGGAGUUGAAAUAUUCUGUUCACCUCUAUUCCAGUGUAUCUAAGAUCUGAUUCACACAUGCAUAUACUUCACUACAAGGCAAUACUCUUAAGUCUUGUUGCUCUGACUCUCAAGAGAAUGCGUGAAGCACCUUUAUUGGUCAGUAUUGUAUUGCAGCUACCAGGUGGUGGGUGAUGAUAAUAAUAUAAAUACUUUUUAUUAUGUUUGAUCUGUUUCAGAUAAUGGAAGUCAUAAAUGGAUGCUGCCACAAUCAAGUGGCGAAUGUAGUGUUGAAUUGCUAAACUUCCCAUUCAGCAAGCAGUCUUUAAGGCUCAUAUUUUGGAUUGCCAUGGAGCUGAGUAAAGCAUUCCUGUGUCUGCAUCCUUUAGAAGAACUCUUUGUGUUUUACUAUUCUGUGCUGUAAGAGGCCUUAUUAUAAUGCACACUCUUCUCUUUUUCGUUUGAAGAUGAGGUGCCAGAUUAAUUUCCCUAACAGGUUUAAGGGUGGGCUGCCAAAGUCACUUUGUCCAUUUAUCCCAGGCAGCUUCGACCCAGCUCUUUCAGCAAGUUUGGCAAAAGUUACAUAAACUCAUGGUGAUGGCCCCUGAGGUAUGUUUUGGAAGCUUCUGUGCAGUGGACUGCCAUUCUCAGAAGUCGAAGAAAAUAUUUCAGCUACUAGGUUAGUGGGACAUAGGAGCAAAGAGCCUGUUCUUACCUUGCUGUACUUCCAACCCUCAGUUACAGAUACUGCAGAUGCAGAUGAGCUUCACCACUUCAGACCACAGAUGUGGGGAAACUGGCUGCAAAUAAAACAUCAGCACUGCAGACAGAGGGCUGGGAGAGAACCUUUUCUCUGCAUGUGCUAGUUUCACAGACUUGUGCUUGUUUGAGUUUCGUUUGCCCUUUAAUCCCCCUCCCCAAUACAGUGGUACCUCAGGUUAAGAACUUACCGGUAAUUCAUUCUGGAGGUCCGUUCUUAAUCUGAAACUGUUCGUAACCUGAGGUACCACUUUAGCUAAUGGGGCCUCCCGCUGCCGCCAUGCCGCCGCCGCGUGAUUUCUGUUCUCAUCCUGAAGCAAAGUUCUUAACCCGAGGUACUAUUUCUGGGUUAGCAGAGUCUGUAACCUGAAGUGUCUAUAACCUGAAGCGUCUGUAACCUGAGGUACCACUGUAUCCAGCUGGGAGGGGGUGUUUGGAAGAGCAGGGAACAUUCAGAACUGGUAUCUUUCAUCUGAAGUACAUACAGUCCAUGCCAUUUUAUCACCUAAUUGUGCUGGAGGUGUAGGCCCAGCCUCAGUCUGUGCAAACUUUAAAGGACAUCUGAUUCCUCCUUUCAAUCCUCCAAAAGCCAUGUGUGGGUGAGGAUUGCAGGAGCUUGCUGAGCAAAGACAGGGGACCAACCUAUCAAGCUGCAAAGAGAGCCACUUGUAAUUUAAGCAAGUAAUUUAAGAUUUGCAAUUUUAAGAGAGUGUGGGAAAGUGCCAUGUUGCAAUGUUCAGAAAACAUUGCAGACUUUUGUUUUCAAAUACUCCUUGGGUAGCAUGUAAACCAUUUUUUUGUUUGGUACAAGACAUGAACUCCUGCCUCCUGGUUCCUAGUUUGCUACUGUGAAGGUCUUGCUGAUAAUAAAGAGCUACGGACUGAUGCAAAAAAGAAUACUGAGUACCUUUGCUUCUGUCUCCCAGGGAGUGUGUGCUAGGGAAUGAGGGAGGAAAGGAGCUUCUUCUUGCAUGGCUUAUAGUGUCAUCUACCAAUGCAAAGCUUCAUUAGAGUAAAUAUCUAAACAGUUUAAAGAAUAUAAAAAACAGACUGAGCAGAACAAUUAAGAUACAAAUAUCCACAGUUACAAUGCACAAUAAAACCCACCCAUUAAAACAAUCCAGCGAUUUCAAGAGGCAGAUCCAGAGCAAGAAUUCAUGAGUAAGGUAAAAGUAAAGGGGCCCCUGACCAUUAGGUCCAGUAGUGGCCGACUCUGGGGUUGCGGCGCUCAUCUCGUUUUAUUGGCCGAGGGAGCCGGCGUACAGCUUCCGGGUCAUGUGGUCAGCAUGACUAAGCCGCUUCUGGCAAACCAGAGCAGUGCACGGAAAUGCCGUUUACCUUCCCGCCGGAGCAGUACCUAUUUAUCUACUUGCACUCUGACGUGCUUUCGAACUGCUAGGUUGGCAGGAGCAGGGACUGAGCAAUGGAAGCUCACCCCGUCAUGGGAAUUUGAACCACCAACCUUCUGAUCAGCAAGUCCUAGGCUCUGUAGUUUAACCCACAGCGCCACCCGCGUCCCUUAUUCCUGUGUAAAUAGGUGCAUCUUCAAAAGUCAUUGGAAUGCCAGUACAGAUGGGGCCUCUUGCAUUUCAACUGGAAGGGCAUUCCAUAACAUUGGUGCAACGACUGAAAAAGCUCACCUCUGAGUUACUAUGAGCUGAUAAUCAUCAGACCAUGGCAAGGCUAAUUGCCAGCCUUCUUAAUGCCAUUACAAGGCUGCAGAGAUGAAGUUGGUAUUUCAGGUAACCUUGCCCAGAGUUGAUUAGGGCUUUAUAUUCAGGUAACAAAGCUUCAAAACUGGCUCAGUCACUAAUAGGCAGCCAGUUCAGAUCUUGCAGCACUGCCGUGAUAUUUGACUGGUAAGGAGCACCACUCGGUACCUGAACUGUAUCAUUCUGCAACAGCUGCAGCCUCUGAGCCAGCCUUAAGGAAAGCUCCACACAGAGCAUAUUAUAGUUGUCUAAACGUGAAGUUACCAGCACAUGAAUCACUGUGGACUCUGGACACCUCCCCAGAGACUGUAUUAACCGUGGCAUCAAGAUCCACAUGAAGGCAAGUGAUUUUCCCUUCUCAAAGUGCCUGGUAGACUUGUCACAGCAUGCCAUUUGUUCAUACAUUUUUUGUAGCGCAUAUAUGAAAGCUGCAGUAAACUAUCUGCCUUUCCACCAUCAUUAAGCAUGCAGCCCAUCUGGUCUGUUUAUGCAGAACACUGUAUUUUAACUUAAGGACUAAAGUAUGCCUUUUGCUUUGAAGCAGCAACUACUUUGCUGAAGGGUGUUGCCUGUAACUCUCGGGCAUGUUGGGGUGUGUGUAUGUCUAUGUGGUGGGGGGACAGGGGAAGAGGGUUCGUUGGUAUAAACAAUUUAGUACAUCUAUUCCCAUUACAUUGCAUGUGUCUCCGAUUCCAGUCUAGCUGAGGAGUGUAAAGUAAAAAUUGCCUAUCUGGAAGGUUGUUGGCUUGUACUGUGUUGUGUAAAGAGCAAGACUCUGAUGGGAACUUCCCAAGUUCUUGUUGCUGUUUGAAGAUGGAUGCAAAGUUUAGAUUGCAAGCAAAAAUGAAUUUGAGCCUUUUAGUUUCAAGUGUACUUGCGCAAUUAUUGCCAGACCUUUGACAGCCUGUUCUAAGACAGAAUCAUUACUAGAGUUUGUCCAUGAGAGACUAAAUUAGAAUAUCACAAUAUAUCUUUUCUGUUCGCAGAUUAGGCCAGUAAAAAGUUUGAACAUAUACAAUGAGUAUUUUUAUUUAGGUAUGUGUUUAUACAAUAUCAUACCACCCAAUAACCAAGGUUUUUCAGAUAAUUUACAGUAACCAUCUAAAACCCCCCCAGCAGUUUAGAACCAAAAUAAUAACUAAAAGAUUACAGUAGGGUAUUCAAAAAGCACAAGAAGAUGUUAAGAUUAGAAAUGGUGGGAAAGGUAUUCUCUGGGGAGGGAAUUCAUGAACUAGGGUGCCACUACUGAAAAGCUCCUCUUUUGUAGCCAACUGCCUCACCUAACUUGAUGAGGCCGCAUGACAAGGGCCUCUGAAGAGGAUGUUAAGGUCUCGGAAGGUAUACAGUGGUACCUCAGGUUAAGUACUUAAUUCGUUCCGGAGGUCCGUACUUAACCUGAAACUGUACUUAACCUGAAGCACCACUUUAGCUAAUGGGGCCUCCUGCUACUGCCGUGCCGCCAGAGCACGAUUUCUGUUCUCAGCCUGAAGCAAAGUUCUUAACCUGAAGCACUAUUUCUGGAUUAGCGGAGUCUGUAACCUGAAGCAUAUGUAACCCGAGGUACCACUGUAUAUGCAAGGAGGCUAGCCUUCAGGUAUGAUAAUGCCAAGUCAUUUAUGACUUCAAAGGUUAACACCAACAUUUUGAAUCAGGCCUAGAAAGGAACUGGAAGCCAUUGCAGAUGACAUUCACUGGCAUAAUAUGGACAUUGACCACUUUCAAAGGCAGCCACACAUAUAAUACAUUGCAGUAAUCCAAACAGCAGGCUAGCAAAGCACAGAUACAGUAACUUGAGCAAUUCUGUCUUCUUCAGAUAGGGUUCUUGUUGGUAUAGUGUCUAAGCUGAUAAAAGACAAAAACUUCAAAUAGGAAAAAAGUCUUGGCCAUAUAUUAGUCUUUUACUUUAUUACUCACUCUGAAAUAUUUUCUUUAAAUAUAGACUUAAAGAGCUUGGCACAAAUGACCCAACCAAUAAAAAUAGAAAUGUGACUUUUUCUCAAGGUUUUCGAAUGGGAAAAUGAAAGCUGCUUAUUUUCAGUCCUGCUUAUUUUCAAUUGAAGUUAUUCCCCACCCAACCCCAGUCUAUUAGCAAUGGCUUGAUAAUUCCCCUGACAGAUAUGUUUAGGUUGGAUUCCUGUAUUACCAAAGAGGUGUAGUUGCUACUUGCUGUGACUGGCUACCAUCCUGCUACUGUAGUGUUUGGAUGGCAGAAGUGCAUGGUGUUGCCAGGAUUUCAGAGAUACUAUGUUUGGCAGUGUCAGCAGCUCAGAAGGGAAGGGGCAGUAGCCUAUGCAAUCUUGGCAGCCCCAUGUGAUCAGAAUAUUACUGGAGCAGCAUGAGCACUUAGGCAGAGUACUGCAUAAAUAUGACUUUAGCCUCUUCAGUGUGUGUAGAUCAGGGAUGGGGAACUUGUGGAUCUCCAGAUGAUGGUGGAAUCCAAGUACCAUCAGCUCUAGCCAGCAUGGUUCAUGGCCAGGAACAAUGGGAGUUGUAGUCCUACGAUAUCUGGAGGGCCGUAGGUUCCCCAUUUCUGAUGUUGGCAGUCAUGGGUGCGGAACCUCAGACCUGGUGGCCAGUCUCAGACCCAACUUUCUCUGGCCCUUGGGGUGCUCUCCAGCCUAGUUACACAUCCUCCUUGAAUGUUUUGCUUCACUUGAAUGUAUCUUUGAACUCAGGUUUGUUGGGAUGGAGGAUAGAGGUAUGGAUGUAAACUUGUUCUAUCCUUGUUUGCCUCUGGCCUCACCCACCACUGACAUGUGGUCACUGAGAGUGACUUUGGGAGUUGAUGUUAAGCCAAGAAGCUACUAAAUUGGUAAGGAACUCAGUUGAGACAGAGUACAAGGGUGAGCUGUAAUGACACUUGAUUUGUAGUAUCUGAGCCCCAAUUCAUAGGAAAAUUUCUGCUCCUAGGCUGGACCAUAAAUCAUAGAACAGCCCUCUGUCGCAUUUUCACAUCUCUGUCAUUGCUGUGGCAGGUGUUUCACUGAACUAUGUAAGUUGCAAUAUCACCAGGUUUAUGAAUUUAUCAUAUCAUACUAUCUUACUUAUAAGCUUCUGGUGUUGCAUGAUAACCUGACAUUCUUAGCUUUUCUUACAAAAUUCUGGGGUGUCUGUCUACUAUUGUGGUUCAGAGCCAUCUACUUGAAGUUGAUAAAACUGAGCUUUCCUUCUCUCUUGUCUCUGCCAUUCUUAAAACUUUAGAUAUUGAUAUUUAAGAGAGAUUUGGUUGAAGCUUUUUUGAUGUUACAUUUUAGGAUUACUGAAUAAAAUCUCUCUGGAAGCAUGUAUAAUGACCUUUCUGAAUGUAAAGGCCAGUUACUGAAAUUUCGUACCUUCUGCUUUCUGUUUAUCUCUCCCCAGACUGUUUCAUCUUUCUUUUAUUGGAUAGUGUUGAACUUUAGAGAGAUAUUUAAAUGAAAGAGCACGGAACAAGGAGGAAUGGUUCAGCAGAUCAGAAGAAUCUUUAUUUGCAUCAGCCACAGCCAUAGCAAAUGGCUCAGCCUGUACAGAUGGGUGGGAGGUUUUGAAAGCAGGCGUCAACACCACCUUGGUGGCUACCUAGACAAAGUAUGACUUCUUUAAAAUAAUGUAAAACAAAAAGUAAGUCAAUGUGAUAUGUGUAAGUUGAUGGGUGGAUAAAGCUGCCAAGAAAGGUGAAAUGAAAGCCAGGAGUUCAGUCCCUUGUUUCUUAGCAUUUAUUUCCUUUGUUUAAAGGAUGUUCAAAAUAGAAUUCUUUACAGACUAUGCCAGCAAAUAGUUCUUUUUGUGUGUGUUUUUGUAGGUUCUUUUUUUACUUCAGAUAGCUGGGAGUUUAGUCAUGUUCCUCCUUUUGAAGAAAGUUCAUUGGAAAUCAUCAGGCAGUGCAGCUCUGAAUGUCAGUGCUGUAAAAAGCACAGGAAUCCAAGGUUAUAUGUGAGGUACAUAUAUAUUAGAAGGGGUGGUGGAGAACUCCAUGCGAUUGCCAGGUUUCUGUAUCGGUAGGUGAAUCUACAACCUGGUUGGGUGUGCCUAAGAGUGCUGUUAGACAAAACCGAGUAAAAAUGGUGGUCCCAGAAUCUAGCAUCAGCUACAACUUUUCCUGUGGCAUUUCUAGGGUAGCAGAGCAAAUGGCACCACGUUGGCUGCCAACUUAACAGAUUUAAAAGGGGAAUUAUCCUCAUCCUACAUGAGUACAUCUGUCGGUGGCUAAUAAUCAUGAUGGCUAUCUUACCUCCAGUGUCAGAGGCAGUAUGGCUCCGAAUGCCAGUAAUAGGCAUCAAAAGCAGAAGUGUGCUCAUGUCCUCCUUGUAGGUUUCCCCUAAGCAUCCGGUUGCAGGACUACCUCCACCGUUUUGAGGCAGCUGCCAUAGACAGCAGAUGUUGGGAGCAGGAAGUGGGAGCAAUAUUCUGGAGGACAGAGCUGUAUAUUCCAUGUGGCCUGCCCAGCACUCCCUUAAGCAUGCUUUCUGCCCCAAGUUGUUGUUGUGGAGAACAGUCUCCCAUCGCCAGUGUUGAAAUAUGAUUCAACUACUAGUCAGGCCACCUUCUGUAUGUGGAAUGGGAAAGGGCAUCUUGUUCUUGGACUCGGGCAGCCCAAUGUCUUGAGCCAGCCUUGGCUGGUUAGCUACAGUGAGAACACAAUACUUGACUAGAUACACUUCUGGUUUGAUUCAAUAGGGCUCUUAAUGUGUACUUAGGACAGGAUAAGGAUAAUUGCCUUUUUCAAAGCUUUGUUGGGCCCCCCUCUUGAUCCAAGUAUAAAAUUGACUCUGUAAUGUGGAGGAAUUUUUGGACCACAUGGUCUUGGGCAUUCAGUUGCUUUUCCAUGACUUGUGUUUUCAUGAAACAGGAACAGAGGAUGCUGAAUCAGGCUGGGUUUUCUCCCAGCUCUACCUGGAGAUGUCAAGAAUUGAACCUGGGACCUUCUGCAUGCAAAGCAGAUGCUUUGGCACUGAGCUACAGCCCUUCCCCAAUCUCAGGGAUGUAUAGAAUAAAGUUGUGAAAGAGGUUCUUUAUUCAAGAGGUUGCUCUGCUUUGUUAUGUAUCAUGAAUAUUGGGGUCUGUGGAGCAGGAUAUGAUUAUAGGACUUUCCCCUCUGGGGAAACAGACCUUCUUUUGCUGAGAGUAGUGGGCAGCUUAUUUUGUGGGGAGGAGCGGGAACCAGAUUUGCCUUAACAAAAUGAUAUAGCUCAGGGAUGGGGUGUGGUGCUCUAGAUGUUGCUGGACUCAAACUCCAGUCAGUCCCAGGCUGCAUAGCCAAUGAUCAGGAAUGAUGGAAUUUAGAGUCCAAUGGCCUCUGGAGGGCCAUAGCUUCCAGGCUUAGUGCUAUAUUCAAGAGCUGGAAUGAGCAUGAAUAAUAUAUUUACUUCAGCACAGUAAGUAAAAUUGUUUGAAACCACACUGGAAUAGUGCAAAACCAUUCUGCCCCACCCCUGUGUGUCCCAGAGUCUGCUAUAUGCCUUGCAACUGAGUAGCUGCAGCAAUUCAGGUGGUAAUUCAUCAGCCUGGGUGUUCUUACCCUCCAAGUAGUGGGGUCAGCCAUCUGGAACAUGCUUGAGAGCACAGUCCAGGAUUAUAAUCUGGAGCUUUUGAAACUGCUGUGGGCUCAUGAUUUCCGGAUUUCUUCUUGUAGCAGAGACACAGCUCCACUUCAGUUGCCUGCCUUCUCCUCAGGCUGUUUGCUCAGCUUCUUCUGACAAUCUGAUUGUCAACUUGCUAUGUCUUCCCUGAAGACACACAUUGCCCUUUUAAACAUGCAAAAGUUCCGUCAAUUGAUUUUGUCCCAUUCUUUAAGCCCAAGAUGAAGGGCUGGAGGCAAGCACUGUGGGAUGACCAGAGCAACAGCAUGCUUCUUAAAUUGAAACCAGUGCUUCAUUUUGUGGUUUAACAAUAAGAACACAGUUAAGAACACAGAAGCCAAUAAGUUGUCCUCACUUUCUUAAGGGUUUAACAGAGUCCCUACGCAUCAAUAUAUAUUGAUUGGGGGGGGAUGGGACCCCAUGCAUUCCCUGUUUAGGGAAGCUUUUAGUGUUUAACAGACUAUUGUAUUUUAAUAUUUUGUUGGAAGCCGCCCAGAGUGGCUGGGGAAACCCAGCCAGAUGGGCGUGGUAUGUAUGUAUGUAUGUAUGUAUAAAUAAAUAAAUAAAUAUUAUUAUAGUUGCAUGUUAGACAUGUCUUGCUGAAGACUCCAUGGUUGUCAAGUGCAUGGCAGACCUUUCCUCUUGUCCUGUUUGCUGCUCUGAAAUUAGCCUCAGUUUCCCCUGACAAGAUUCACCUUUUAGCAUAGCGAUUCUUCUAUCAGUAGCUCCAGGAGUUUAAAUCAGCAACCCGGAAGGAGCUCUCCAUUUCCUCUUAGUCAUCCAGCAAUGCUCUCCCCCUCCCAUGCCAAGGACUGUGUGUCAUUAAAUAUAGUUACUUAGGUACUUAAGGUCUGCUCUAGAAAGCUGGGCCACAUUUGAGACAUCUCAGCCCCAAAGUUUUCCAAAGCAAAGAUUACAAAAAGCAAAGAAAGCUGUGUUGGCCCAUAAGAAGAAAAAACCAGAUCUGUAUAUAGGACAAUACCUUUCCUAUGCCACCCAAAAUGGCACAAAAUUGUGUGCAAGCUUUCGAGUUCUGGAGAACUCUUAAUUGGAGACAAGGACAAAAGUUACCUGCUGAUGUGAAGUAGAAAUAUAUAAAACACACACAGGCAAAUGCUCUAGGCAGAUAGUUAAUGAUAUGCAGUAGUUAAGAGCCUUGCUUUUGCCUCUAUAUGGGCAUAGGCUUGGCUUCAGUGCUUGGGGAUUUUGAGCUACUUGAGUAGCCUGUUUUCUGUAUUUGGAUAACUCUUACUUGAUCAAGACAGAUCUGUAUUAGUUUAAAACAUGCAAUGCUUGUAGUGCAGUUUGUUGAAAGUAAUAGGUCAGACAAAAGCAGAUCACAUGAAAGCUAAACCGUGAACCAGCCUUCAAGAUGGUUUGGAUUACAACUGCUAUCAGCUAGAGCCAGCACAGCCAAUAAUUGGGGAUAAUGGGAGUUGUAGCCAAAACAUCUGGAGGGCACCAGGUUGAGGAAGGCUGCUGUAAGCUCAUUGGGUUCGUGUGAGGCUCAAAGCAAGCAAACUUGACUCAUCAGCUCUUGACAAUUGUUUCUUAGGAGUGGAGUAUUGCACACACUCAACGGAAUCGCUUUUUGCAGCUGUCUGAUGCUCAGCUUAACAAAUCUAUAUACCUAAUAUUAGGCUCUCACUCUCUCUCUUUCCCAACCCACUCGCUUCAGUUAGAGGCAGCAGCCUGUCAAUGACUCUUCAGAUCUCUCCAGCCCUCCCCAUUGUCAAAUGCACCCUUGUCAUCCUCUGAAUAGCAUUUCCACUUGAUUUUAAAGUAGCUUUCUGUCAACUGUGGUGGACUAAGAAUUUUAGUGACAACUCCAUCAAUUGGGCCACCAAGAUCAGAAACAUCCCUAUCUCAGCAGUUGAUACGUGUUCAUAUCUGUAAGUGGAGGCUGCUAGGUAAUAUCUCCCGUUGUAAGUGACUGUAGCGGGUGUGGGUGAGUGGUGCCGAAAAUUUGAACCGAAGACGGAGGGGGCUGUAACAUGGCCUUUCUUUGCUGUCUUGAUCUUACACACAAGCUGAAGAAGGAGAAAGCCACCUUGAAAUUUGGUGCCUGCUCACCUUUCAAAAUGUAUUGGAUACUGAAUGCACCAGCAUAAUGAUGCUUCACUAAUGUCUAGCAUUAUACUGUUCCAAUCAGAGUUCCCAGUUGCUGGAAUGUGAGUUUUUAAAUACCAGAACAUGUGGUCCACAUUUUAUGUGUUUACAGUGUGUUAGCAUCAUAUCUCUACAGCAGUUGACUCCACUGCAUUAAGGGUACUGGGAAUUAUUGUGAGAGGGUCUCAUAACGACUCUUGGGUAUAAGAAUGCUUUAAACGUGAGGUGUAGAUGUGACCUCAGCUCCAUCCAUGAAUGGGAGGAAGGAGCCCUUAUGUUUGCAGAAGCCUAGUUAAGAUUCAAGCCAUAAUAAAUAAAAAUGAUUCCAAUAACAUAAAUCACAAAUUGUAAUCAGCAAAAUGACAAACAGCCUGUGAGCAGUAACUAAGUAGUGGAAAAUCUAAAGUCAGCCUAUAUCAACCUGAUGUUUGUGCUCCAGAUGUUUUGGACUAUAACUCUCUUCAUCCUCUGCCAACACAGUUCAGAGAUAAAAAUGCAUUAAUUUUUGUUUGUUCCCUUCUUGGCUAAAGAUAAUCAUUUUUGAAAGGUGACAAAUUUAGUACUUCUCCAUAUGGUCUGUGGCAGGAUAUAUGCAGACCUGGCAUUACAGUGGAUGGAAAAGGAGAUUCAUAGUGGAAUAUAUUUAAUAUAUUUAUUGCGGAAUGUGUACUUUGCUUUUCAAAGCAGCAAAAAGCCCCCACAAAGCAGCUUGCAAUACUAAACUAGCCAUCAACACAGUUUAAAAACAAUUAAAAUUCAUUACUGCAAACAAAGGCUUGCAUUCAGUGUAGCACUAAGUAUCUGUCUUGCUGUCAGAACAAGGAUUUCUGCGUGUGCAAUGGGACUCUCCACCCUCUUCCCUCUAUGUGCUCCCUAAAUGUGUUUUGCCCUCCCCCCCCAAAUCCUCCAGAACAGAUUUGGAGAGGGAGUCACAUUGGGAAGAUGGGACAGUGCUACAUUGGAGACAGAUUGAUACUAUAAUAAAACAAACAGAUUUAUUUAUUUUUUUGUCCUUAUUCCCUCCAUUGUAGCAUCCAUGAAGCAUGGCAGCAUGAUAUUUCACCAGAAGGCUCCAUGCCUGCUGCCUGCCACUCUGUAAUUAGGACUAUGGACUUCAUAUAGGAUCUAGUGUUUAUGCUCUUGCAGCUUGUGUUUGCACUGUAGGAAGGAAAAAUGGAAGGUCUGGCCCUUCUUCACCCCAAAGGAAUGGAAGAGGAAAAGGCUACUGGGAAUUUUUCCACCUUGUAAUGCAUCCUGUGUUGAAAACUUCGCAGUUCUGUACUAUGAGAAGCUGUGUGUUAAACUAUAUAUUUUGGCAGCUGAGGGUGACAUUUAGUCAUGUGCGGCUGUUCUCUCUGAACGGUGUGAUUUCUUGUGACCUCCUGUUUCCACAGUGUUUGUAAGCAGUCCUUCCUUUAUGUCAAGGUAGCUCUAUUGUGUGUUUUUUCCCCUUAAUCAGCACAGCAAAAGAAUGUUGUCUCUCCACCACCACUACCCCUCUCUACCACCAGUUUCCUUUCCAAGAAAAAGAAAGGAAGCAUGACUUAGGUAGGCAGCUAUCCUUCCUGUCCCACAGCCAUGUUGAAGUCAGCGCCAAUAACUUCAGUCCAUUUAGAGGAGACACUGCCACCAAUGAACUUGUGCUCUGUUCUACUGAGCAACGGGUAUAACGUGCUGUUUCCUAGCCCAGCCUCUGGCUUCUCUUCUGUCUGUUUUGGCACAUGUGCCUUAAAUUUCCUGUAAAUGUAGACUAGCAGGAUAAAAACGAAAACCUAUGUGGCUGAAUGCUAGAAGUCCUCUACCUGGUAACUGCAGGCAGACAGAAGAGCUGGGGCUACUCCCUAAAAUGUUUUGCAAGAGGAGCCCAAUGCUAUGUAGUCCUUGAAGUAAUAAAUAGGAUUCAAAAUAUGGGCCUUCCCAGGCAAGUGACUUUGUGGUGGCGGCAGCAGCAGCAGCAGCAGCAGCAGCAGCAGCGGGGGAGCAGUGGGGAGUAAAUGCUCAGGUACUAACCACAGUAUGUAGUUGCCAGCCUUCCAACAGCAGUGUUUUGUCACUGACCACAUUGUGUGUUUCUUGCAAUUUAGAGCAUUAGAUGGGCUAUAAUAAUGUGAGGAUCAUGCAUGCCCACUGAGGUGUUCUUAUAGUGAAUGUCAGCCAUUCCUUCUCUCCCACUGAAUGCCUGAAGUGGGAGGGAUGGUCAUGUAAAGCCCAACAACUUGGAGGUUUGGGUGCCAAAACAAUCUUGGCCUGUUCUAAUAGGUAAGAGGUCAGGCUUACCGUAAUCACAUGGAAGACAAACUCGCCCUUCUGGUAAGCUGAAUUGGCACUGCAGGAUGAGCUGAAAGUUGGGUUAAUUGCCCCCAUCCCCAUGUCUGCGCUCAUGAGACCCUGGAAAAAGUGUUGCUUGAUGAAAAUCACAAAACGAUGGCAGUUGAAAUCUGGGAAGGAGUGUGGAACCAUUUGCAUGCCAGUGCCCUAAAAUGGAUGGCAUUGGCAUUUUCAGCCCAUUGCCUUAAUGUGUGUGUGUGUGUGUUACUGGUGCCAGGCAAGCCAGAAGGUGAGGAAGCUUCCCUGUGCCUUUUUCCUCCACCAGCUCCACUGGAUUCAAAUCCUCUAGUGCCAUGCCCUGAAAUGUUCCAUUUGGGGGCUCUCCCCAGUCUAUGGUCAGAAACAGCUUCCUACCCACCAGGGUGAAGCUUGAACCUCCACAGUGGUGGAAAACACACACACGCCACAGCACUUCUGCACCUUACUGCUUGGGGAGACACCUGUGUGCCCCUGCCCCUCAGCCAACAACAUGGGGAAUGUUAUGAGUGCCCUGAAAAUUCAUCUGGUUUUCUUUUUUCUUGCCUCCGCCUUUCUUUUAAUCUAGGAGUCUUUCCUGGAUGCGCACAAAUACUAUUUUUAAGCUGUAUAAUAAUUUAAUUAAGAUGUGUCAUUAAAAAUAAAACAAAGCUGUCUGUUACUGUAAUUUACGUUUUUCAAUGUAAGGAAAUAGCUUUUUUUAAAGUGGCUGUCAUGCAGCAGGAGCUACCUUAUUUUCGUCCUUUUGCAAGGUGAGAGAGGGGAGAGGAUAUUAUUCUGCUGCUGCUGCUGAAUGGGGUUGGCGCCAGUAAUGUGAUGUAGGCUUCUUUGGCACCCCAUCCCUUUCUCCAAUGCAGCAUCCUCCAGAUCUUGUUGGAGAGCAUCACGUUGGCUACCUCACUCCUUCUCUUUCUUUCCCCCACAGAUGAAUAGUUGGAGAAAAAAAAGGGGUGUCCCCUUAUGCAGGUGUGUGUGUGUAUAGGAGGCAGGGUAUGCACAAAUUCUUGAUUCUAGCAUAGGAUGUGGCACAAGAGUCUUGUUUGUGAAUCUUCCAACCAUAUGUAGCAUCCUGUGGCAGAGUGCUGCUUGGUUGGGGUCAAAAGCAUGUUGGCAAAAACAACUCCGUUGGCAAUGGUUCAGAGAGUAGGAUUCUCCUGUUGAAGUGAUUGUUUUGUGGGAAUAUUUGUGUUGGCAUAGAAGCUCUAUGACGUUUUGUCACCAGGCUUGAAACAGCAUUGCUGCUUCUGAGCACUGGUGGUUGAUUACUGUAGUAUUAAGGAGGCACUGGGCUGGAUCCAAAGAGGAGCCAUAACUCUGGCAGGGCACCUGUUUUGCAUGCAGAAUGUGCCAGGCUCAGUCCCUGGCACCUCCAAGAAUGCUGGGAAUUGGCAUGUCUGAAUCCCUAGAGAGCUCUUGCCAGUCAGCAUAGAGAAGCAGUACUGAGCUAGAUAGACCAACAAUAUGACACUCUAUAAGUCAGUUUCCAGUGUUUCUGUCUGUUCCUGCCCAAAGGAGUGCUUUCGAAGGGCAAACCUUAUUUGAAAGGAAAUUUUGGGAAUGAGCACAAUUUCAAAAGGAACUUGUAAUAUGACACGCAGAGUCUGCUGCUUAAAAGAAAAGGCAAACAUUUUAUGUUGGGAGUGCCUAAAGUCAGAAUUUGGGCCCUAGCCACAACUGAGUAUUCUGGAAACUUGCUGUCUGGUGUGAUGCCUAUUUUAGGAUUUGUUUGUUAUCACAGAAGGAUUAUGGUUGAGGAUGAAAUAAUUCCAUGUUGAGGAAACAAUUUGGUUAUAUUUCAGUGUGGGAUAACUUCAGGGAUGAAUUAAAUGUUCAGAGGUCAUGUAUCUUGUAUGCGGCAAGGUUCGUACUUGGAACAUUCCUGUGUGCCACUGAACAUAGGAAGCAUGAGAUGUGUGUGAGUUUCUUCCCCCUUCCCUGCCUAUUGGCAGAUGGAAGUAGCAUAGAAACUGGCUGGCUAGCAUGUUGUGCAUGAGUUGCUUGAUGCUUCCGGGUCCUUGGAAUUUGACCUGCAGCUUAGCAUGUGGCAGGGCAUAAUCACAAGCCUUAAGCCUUCAAAUUGGUCCUUAGAUAUUAGUAGCAGUUAUAAUUUAGUAGUUGCAUUUUAUCACUCAUCCUAUGGUUGAUGUUCUGUAUCCUUCUGCCAGGUGAUGAUAAGGAUUUCAUCAGAGAUUUGGGUGUAGAUGUCUGGCAGGUGGAAUGGUAAUUUAUAUUCACCCAUUGUGGUAAUUUAUAUGAAAAUCAUUUUGACUGUUCGGCUGUUAUGUUGGUUGUAUGAAUUGGGUAAUAAACGGAACAUGUACUGAUUCAGUAGCUUAGAAUAUUCAUAAUACACUCAUACAUUUAUUUAUACAUGUAUGUAAUAAAUUUGCAAUGAAAGGUUUCUUAGAAAGAAGGAAACGCUCUCUUCAGAGUAAAUGAAUGGGCUGUCUUGCUUUAUAGCUUCAUUAUUGAAUUAUUUUAAGCAGUGCAGCAAUAUCAGGUUUUAUUCCAUUACCAUUGAUUAGAACAUUUCUAUGUGACUUUAUAUAACAAUCAAAUGGUGCUCAAUUCACAAAUUCCUGGUUUGGUGUUUAAAUGCCCAACUGGGAGCAGUUCCCAUAAAGGUGUGCCCUUCUGUUUUCAAGGAUAUAUUACUCCCUUGCAGUGAUCUUUCACAAUAAAAACUUAGGAAUGUCAAGGAGCUGUUUUGAAUUCAUGGUUUUGAAAGCAUUGGUAAACUCUGACCUGAAGAAUUUGAAGUAUAGCACUUUAAAGUCUCUCUGGAACUAAAUGGUUUAGUGGUUAUAAUAUACAGGCACAGUGUAUCUACUAUGUAUUUUGGAAAGUAGUUUGUCUAUCUGCCUGUUCUCUAUGGGUUUGGUCACCUCUCAAGAUACUGUUGCCAAACUUUGCAUGAGGGUUCUCGGUGCAGAGGUGGUAGUCUUUGUCAAUACCGAAAUGUCACUUUGAUGUGACUUUGCCAAUUUUUUUACGUAACAGGUCCAAGCUAUGCCAAUUUGGACACUUCUGAAGAUACCACCGGUUUUGGUGACUCUUUGCCAAAUUUGGUGUGACAGUUCCAACCUGCACCAAUUUGGAUGCCUCUCGAUGUACUUUAACAAACUUGGCACAAGGUUCCCUACGUGGAGCCUUGGGUUGUUGUGUGUGUCCUACAACUCAACAAAUUAAAAAAACUCUAUUUUCUUGUCCUUUGAAUUCCCGGACAGUGCUGGACACUUCCCGCUAGCAGGUUUAUAGAAGAAAGUCAACCCUGAAAGUAAAAUGUUAUGUGGUUGUAAUGUGGCUAUAUGAAUAGCAGGUGGCUUUACGAUGCUAUUAUGGAAAGAGCUGUUAACUACUCAUAGCAGUUUUAUAAUUAGUCUUGCUGCUUACUGUGACAGUGUACAAAUCAACUCCCUGAUUUUCCUAUGCCUUUUUGAUCGUGUCUUGGUGUGUUGCAGUCUUGUGCUGUACCCACAAAAAAGUUCUUCAUCUUACACUGCAGCUACUGUUAGAGAAAGAAGCAACAUCUAGGAGCCAUUCAACAGCUCUGUUUGCAACAUCAUAAAGCAGUUGGAGCAGGCCAAACUCAACAGGAUUGUUGCAGAAGCACACCAGCAAAAGCAAAUAUUGCUGCUGGCAAUAUAUAUAUAUUUCAGAGGGGUUCAGAGUGCUUAAUUCUGCCUCACUCACCUCUACAGCUUGUGCUGCAGCAGCUAACAUGAGGCAUAGGAUGAGGUAGGCAACCGUCUGUUUUCAGAGAUAAUAGAGUGUGCCUUUGGGGGGUGAGGUCAAAGCACUGGAGAAUCACAGCACCUGCUGUGGCUGCAGACACUGGUAACUCGUACCUGCUGCCUCCUGUGUUGCUUUUGCUGCAUUAACACCACUGAAGUGACCUCUUUGGGGUGCAAGCCUGGGCAGUGUGUAUGGAGGUCCUGGGAUUCCUAGACAACAAGACCCCCCUCUUAGCCUCGCUGAUGUGGUCCAAAGAAAGCAGAGCAAUACAUUCAGCACCAGCUUGGCUGCAUAGCAUGAGGUUGUUUAUAACUACCUGUAUUUAAAGGGUAGCCCUUAAUAGGAUUGCCAGUUUGUGGUGCAGAGGGAGCUUCUAGACUUUUAGCAGCUGCUUUGACGGAUGCAGCUAUUCAUUUCCCCAGUAUUCUGGGCUUAGAAUGUAUCCCUGCCAUGCAACUUUCAAAGACACAUGAGCACUUUGAUCCCAAUCAGUGCUGUUGCAUUCUCCUUAUUGGUGAUUAAAUGAACACUUGCAGUUCAAAAGGGUGGUGAUGGGAUGUCAUUAGACUGAUUUUCUGCCUGCCAUUUUAUUGUGUCAAGGAGUUCUUCCACAAGACCCUGAUUUAUCAGUAAAUAAAUACUAUGGAGUUGUGGGAGAAGCUUUUGGUAACAAUGGCUCAAAGUGAAUGUUUGCCUUGAAAAUAACAGUCUGUUCGUAGUAAGUGGAUUAGUAUUGGUGUGUAAUAGGAGAAUUAGUAUUUCAGGAAAUGGGUCAUGGUAACUUCUGGAUCUGGAAUGCAGGGCAUUUACUUGCUGAGGAUUAAAGAUUUGUUUAACUUAGUUUGGUUAUUGUGAUGAACUCCGAAGUUAAAAAUAUACAGAAUGAGGUGUGUUGUAAUGCUUCAAGAAUCUGCCUUUGUCUCUGAGGGAAAGUGAGAAAAUGUCUAUUUGUUGUGGGGUGUUUUUCGUAGCCCUGGCAAUUUAAUGGAAGUGUUACUUAAUGUGCAAACAAUCACUUUAAAAUGUACAUCUCUUGUCAAGUCCUAAAAGCCUAGCAAUGUAAUUCCUUAAUACUUUGACAUCAUGUAAUAUGUGUGUGUUGCAAACAGCAUGUGUGUGGGGGACGUAUAUAUUAUCCAUUUUUGAUGUUAGAUCUGGUAAGCAUAUGCCCAGGGCUAGUUUCAAAUUUCUGGGGGCUGUUGGGCACAGGGUAUCAGUAGUCCUCUUGCCCUCCCCUUCCUUCUUAAAACAAGGCUGACUAGAGAAGAGACUUCCUGGUUUGUUAAAUUUGUUUCCUAUAAUGUCCAAACUGGGUAACUGUGGUUCAAGCAUGCCCCACAAGCCACAGUUUGAUCUGCAUUUCAGAAAUCCUAGUUUGUAGGAAGCACCUGAACGAUGUUUUUCUGGUUUGGAUGUCAUGGGACAACUCCGUAGUGUUGAUUUCUUCUGAUUGAUCAUACGUUACAAAUAAAAUAGUCGGUGCCGCAGCAUUGAUAAUUGAACCUGUCACUCGUCUGUCACAUACAUUCUUUGAAACCUAGUACUGAAAUUAAGAGCUUUGAAAUUCAGAAUGCUGGGAGAUGCAUUCGGUAUAAUUCUUAGAGAUGGAUGGAAUACUGCAUGCAGAUUCUUCCCUUCCCUAGGCAGUAUGGAAGUUAGGUAAAUCGUCAGAAACUUUUCCUAGGUACUACAAUGAUCAUUCAAGUGUAAUACACUUUUAAUGUUACAUUUAUGCAAGAGCAUGUCAUUGAAAGUAAUGUCAGAAGCAAGCCUGGUGCUCCGAACAAUGCAGGAAUUCACUUCUUUGAUACAAGAAGAACAGCAAGUGGUUUGAAGUUUCCACAAUAGUUACCUGGAUUUCUGGGAAACUUAUUAUGAAAACAUGUAGGCCUAAGAAGGUGCAAAAAGAGGGGUUUUUUGUGUUUUUUUAAAAGUAGUAGUAUAUUUUAUCCACCCACCCAUUCCUGCUAUUAUAUAUACAUAAUUUUAUUUGUAUGCUGCCUUUCUACAUUUCAAACCAUGCUCAAGGUGGCUUACAACAGGGAACAAAUGCGUAACUACAUAAUAACAAAAGUAGCCAUAAACAAUAAAUAAAACAUUAAAAAAUACACAACCAAAUUGAAAAUUUCCACAUUUAUCACAAGAUCUAAAAUAAAGAUGGUAAAAAACAAAAAUAGAGCAACAGCUCCCUCCCCCCAAAUCACACACACCCAGCCCAAGACUGUUCACCCAGCCUCAGCCAUUGCAGUCAGUCAGUGCCCCUCCCAGGCCUGGCACAAAUAGGCCUGCAAGGCAGGGAGCAGGUCUUCCAGGAUUCAACAGCCAAGGUGACUGAAUUCUUCUUUCCUUUGCAGUUUCUAUCACCUAUUUGUGUGCAAUUAAGAGUGACAAACAUACACUAUGCAGCAAUCAGCCAAGGGGUUUCAGUCCUUCAAUUAUAAAUUCAUAGAUGGAGAGUCUGGUUUGCAAAGGAAUCUUUUACUAAACUCUAACUGCACUCUAGAUAGUGGCAUAACUUCAGCUCAAAGGCCUUUACAGCCAUAAAGAGAAUUUCUAAGGCACUUGUUUCUGUAAAUAUCGAAGAGAAAAGCAGUAGUGUAUCAUGAAGAGGGAAAAGGCUGACUGUGCAGAUAGAAUCAAGAAUUAGAAAUAGCUCAUGCUGCCACACACUUGACUUCAAGUGAGGGUUUGGAUAGUUGGUACGCUUCCAAAGGCUUUGUAUAUUUUAACCCAGAAUGUACAGAGAGCUUCACAAAAGCAGAGUGCAGUUUCCUUAGGGCAGGGUACUUGUCUCUCUGAUAAAUAAAGAUGCAGUAAAUAGAUGUGGAUUACGCAGCCUUUAAGAACCAGCAUAAGAUGAGCCAUGACAGCAGGCUAUUAAGGAACAUUUAGAAGAAGAGAAGGCUGGCUAUGGAUCUGAGGCACAGGAAGUAGAUAACAGGAAGGAGUCUUGAGCAUAAAUGCAUUUUGAAGUCCUGUGUGGGAUAUCUCCAACCCCCUCUGACAGAAGGAAGGGAAGUUAAAGGCAGGAGCUAGGUCAGGAGCUCGAGCUCUUCCCCUGAAAGAAUGUAAUUGAUUAAAGUUAACUACUUUAUUUAAUAGUAUUGAAUUGCUUUAUAUCCUACCCUUGGAGGGGGAGGAUUUUACAAGGCAACAGACAAUGACAUAUUUAUUACAAGCAAAUUUAAUAAUAAUAAUAAUUUAUUAUACCCCGCCCAUCUGGCUGGGUUUCCGCAACCACUCUGGGUGGCUUCCAACAGAAUAUUAAAAUACAAUAGUCUAUUAAACAUUAAAAGCUUCCCUAUCAAUGUUGUAUUUUUUUUAAAAAUCUUAAUUUAAAAGAAAACAAAAAAAGCCAGGUGAUAACAAUCAAAGUAAUAAAUAGCUGUAGUGUAGCCAGAUCGAGCACUAAAGCAGCACUCAGUCCAGUAAAACCAGAAAUUCCAAACACAAGUAUUACAGAAGCCCAAUCUGAAGUCCCAAAUAAUGUAAGCAUUCUGGUACUCUUUUAGCUUGAAAUUCAUUGCAAAAGUCAGAAGUGUUCUGAUCCAUAUAUUGGUUUAAGAUGUGUGGAAUUACAUCCGUUUGAUUAAAAAGAAAUUCUGCUCCAUCCCUGCAUGUUACCCUCAUCAUUUUGGAAUAGUUUUUCUAUUCUAUUUUCUAUUCAUAGCAGGAAACUCACCUUAUUAGAAGCUCAGUGGAUUGAGUCCAGUAUAUAUGAGACUAUCACCUUGUAUACAUUUUAUCAUGGUGGUGUUCCAAAUGUUCUGCAUUCAGGGACCCCAUUGAGCCCCUUGCUGAAGAUCAGCAGGUUGCAGAAGGUUCUGAGACAGGGGCUAAGUUCAUGUAGGACACUUGCCUCAUCACUACCCCCCCCCCCAUGAACUGAGAGUUCAACCUGUAACAGUGCCCUCCUGUUUGCAAGGGAAGAGAAGUCUUGGAGGAUGAGCUGUGAUGCAGGGAAGCUUUUAUGCUACUUCUGAUCUUCUUAAGCUGCUCUCCUGUGAGAGCAUGGAGACGUGUACAAAGCAGUCUUUAAAUUCAGAAUCUGGUGUUUGUUGGUGCCCUGUUCAGUAAAGUUAGAUCAGGAACUUCUCAGUUAUCAGUAACCGAGGUUUUGUUUGAAAUCUAUUGACAGCACCUUGGCAGCUGACUAAUGUUAAUAAUUUUGCAUGCUGAUACACAUGGGCAAGAUAAUAUCCUAGCCUAGGCAGAUUAUUGUUUUGUCGUAUUGGAAAUAGCAGUGUGGAUAAAAUCUGUUGCAGAAACGGAACCACAGUAUGCCAAGUAUUAAUCACGCAUCUGAGUUUCUGUCUAGGAAUUCUUGACAGUACAAUUGGCAGCAAGGAGCCAGCAUGUGCUGGCAAAUUCUUAUCUCCUGUAAAGAUUUAAACGGCACAUUUUCAAAAUCUCUGAUGGAUUUUUUGUUUGUUUGUUUGUUAUAUUCAACUCCCGUAAUUCAGGAAAGAUAAACCACAAAGUAGGGAAUUGGGGUAAAAAUGAUGACCUUUGGAAUAUAUGUGUGUUUUGAAUUUUAGUGAGGUUCCUCAAACUGAUGCCUGUUCACAUGUUUUAAACCUGAGGAAGGGCAAUUCAUUUGCUUUGUUUCUUUGACAUAGAGGAUAAUUUAACUUCAGAUGCUCUGGAGGCCACAUGAACAAGAAAAUAAUGACUUUCACAAUUCUCUGUGAGACACAAGGUCAUUCAGGUGGGUGUGGAACAGGCAGGACUGGGAUUUGUGCCAGGCCUUAUUUGGCCAGUGGGCAAGAGAUUCACCACUGCUGCAAUAGGGGAAAAAGAGAGCGAGCUUUUGCAUUUCAUGAAGUUUCAUUUUGCCAGGAGUUCCAACAGAACAUUAACAAUAAAAACCCCCACCAUAGGACAUUCCAAGAACAUUAACAGCAGUGUUCUGCUUCCACUGGAUUAUUUGCAAGAGCCCAGACUGUCUGUGCUUAUACUGGUUUCUGUCUUACGAUACAUAUGUAUCAGCAUGUUGCUACAGCAUGUUUUGGUGGUUAACAUGUAAAGGUACAACAGUUUUCAAGUGUCUUGACUAUUAUCCUUAAAAAAAACAAAACAAAACAAAAAAAUGGACAAAGCUUCACCAUUCUCCACUGUUGCAUUUUUGUGAACCGUGGAAUUGCUCAGCAGUAUUUUUCUGCAUGCAAUUAAAUAGUUGAAAGUAAUGCACAGCAUGUUCUGCAUUGUCCACUCUAAAUAAUUGUCCCCGAGUUACCAAUAUUAAAGCUGUUUCAUUAAUAAGCCACCUAAUUAUAGCUUUUCUUAGAAACCUACAAGCUGCAGCAACUGAAAACAAAAGUUAAUGAUAUCUCGAGGCCAGUGUCUGACGUCCCUUGUGAUCAUAGUUUUUGAGGCCAGCAGGGAUGGUGACUGUGGCCUUAUUUGACCUCUCUGCACAGCAACAUGAGCUGUGAAAAUGGCCUCUGCAGUUACUGUCAAAUUAUUAUUAUUGAUUGAAUUUAUAUCCCACCCUUCCAAAGGAGCCCAGGGUGGCAAACAAAUCCACAAUUUAGAAACAAACACAAAGCAUAAACAUAGCAAAUCUAUUUAAAAGAGUUGAAAGACUAUUAGAACAUUCUAAAAGCAGUUGAGGUUAAAACCACUCUUCCAUCCAGUGAUCCCAGGGUUGCCAGGAACAGUUUUCUUCAGUCACCGAAUGCCUGGAUAAACAGGAAUGUCCUCAGAUUCCUCCUGAAGGUUAAUAAUGAUGGAGGCGGGCGCAUCUCACUAGGGAGAGCAUUCCCAAGCUGGAGAAUCCUCUGCAGUAGUUAGUUGCAGUUUGUUAGCAGUUUAACAAAAACGAAGUCUGUCAUGUUGCAACACCAUCCCAUCUCUAGGAGUAACUUGAGGAUGAGCCUGAAUACUUUUUGCUGUCUUCAAGAGUCUUUAUAUGAACUAAAAGCCGCCAGCAUUGUGGAGUCCAGAUCUGUUUUACCAGUGACUUCUGUAUCAUGCCACUGAUGAUUUCUCAGCAAACAUUUGUUGCGUAUUGAGGUGCAUAUGGUUUCCUCCUUUUUGCCAGGGUAUCUACAGGAAGCUAUCCAGUCAGUUCUUCCUUGGUGGGUAUGCUUCUCAAUACUAAUAUUCUGCUUCAUUUUCCUGUCUGGGCCAUCACAAGCUCCACUUCCCUUCCUGCCUACUGUCUUGAUCUCUUUGUGCACGAGCCAGCAUUAUGCACACUUUGAAUUCUUGACAUUUCCUGACUCUGGCUCCCGACUUCAGUCUCUUAACUCUGCUUUGGCUAGGUUAUUAGUUUUUAAAACGUUAACAGGUUGAACUAUACUGUAUAUUUCAUUUCAUGGAUGUCAUGAUUACUUCAACAUGGUUUCUAAAUGCAAGACAUUUUCAAAUGUUUUUGAGAGUAAUGCUUGAUCAUAUUCCUGUUUAAAAAGAGUCUAGAAAAAAGUAAAUUGCUUUCCCUUCAAUUUUUGAGUAACCCCAAACUCAUAUUUAUGGUUUCUUUAGAUAACACUUGAAGCUUAAUUCACAAUACAUUUAAAAAAUCCAAAGGCUGAACCUUAUGGGAGGAUCAAGAGCUUUGUGGUGUUUGUCAUUUAAGCCUUGGGAAAGGGGAGCGAAAAUUAUAUGUAUGUCUGGUUCUGUUUGCACAAGGACCAAUUUGUAACAAAUAUUUUCUGGGAGCCUGCGUAUUUGCUUGAAAAAUUCUUAUCGACAGAAGCAGCUCAGUUUUCUAACUUGAUUUAUAUGAGAUUGCUGUCUGUCCGAGGAAACAUUAUUCAGUGCCCUGGCCAGCAUUUCUGCUUCGGCUAUCUUAUCAAGUUAAUACUAAAGCAAAUUGAAAAGAUUCAUUCAGUAAGUAGGAGUUUUGGUAUGAGGAGUUUCUUCUACCCCCACUCCACCCCCACCCCCCACUUUUGGACUCUUUGCAUAUGACUCAGUAUCGCUGACUAAAAACUUGCCGAAAAAUGCAUUAGCUAAGUGAAAAGGUGCAGAGCUUCCCACUAGUGGACUUUUUCAAAAUGUUCUCUCUGAGGUUACUUUUAACUUAUCUCUAGACCAGUGUGGGUUUCAAACAGGCUUAAAAUAAGACGAAGGGGAGGGGAAAUAUUAGUGGUUCAUGGAAAGUAUGUAUUGAGUGUAUAUUGUGGAUAUUUCCUCUCUUCUGUUCCACGCUUUCAGCUGGAAUAGGCACUCAUCCUCUGCAUUUGAAAACUCUGGUCACAUCCACCCCAUAAAUUUAAAGCCGCCUUAUACCACUUUAGCACUUAUUGCUUUCCCCAAAGAAUCUUGGGAAAUUCUAGUUUAAGGGUGCUGAGAGUUACUAGGAGAGCCCUCAUAGUGCUACAAUUCCCAGCACACUUAACAAGCCACAGUUCCCAGGACUCCUUGGGGGGGGGGCGUGUUUGCUAAAGUGGUAUAAGAGUGCUUUAAAUGUACUGUGUGGAUGUGACAUCUGAUAGAACCCUAAUUGGAGGUUGUUGCAGAACAGUUCCUCCCUCCCUUUUCCUUAUUUUAUUCUCAGAAUAAUUGUCUGGAAAAUCCUUUGUAGGACAUUGCCAGGUUGUGCAAUAUAGGAACAACUUGCUUCUGUUGGUGGCUUGCACAUUACUGGGCUGCUGAAAUCUCUCAUACAAUAACUCUUCUGAAUCCCCACCUCCUGAUAUUUCUCUAAUUAUGCAAAGUUAGCACAUCAGAGCAAAGACUCUAAGAAUCAUGGGAACUGUAGUUUUGCCCCAACAGAGCUAUAUUUCCCAGCACCCUUAAUAGACUACAGUUCCCAGGAUACUUUGGGGGAAGCCAGAUGAUUUAAAUGUAUGGUGUGCAUGUAACUUCAGAAAGAAGCCUCAUCUCUCAUGUGCUAGUUUGCAUAGGCAGAGAGGUGUGAGGCAGGGGGAGAACGUUCAGACAUGCAAUCCUACCCACAUGCAUAUCUCAGGUGGUGCAACCACUUAUCCUGCUAAAUAUUUGAAUUAGAUACAUUUUUUCAAUCACAGCUUCCAUCGCUGUGCUGUAUCUCAGGUAGGUUUAUAUCACUGGGCUUCUCAAGCAUUGUCCCCAAAUGUUUCAUAAGAGGGAAGCUAUUUUGAGUUCCUGGAUGACAACAGCUCUUCACAAUUAUAUAGCUGCUUAUCUUCAGCAUAAUAUCUUCUAGCUCCCUGUUUACUUUUGGCUGAGUUUACAACACCUCCCAUGGCAAGUCUAGAGAAGGUGUUGGUCUGAGAUGAGAUAGAGACUGUGCAAAUACGAGGAGUUCUCACAUGAGAGAAAUAAGAGUUUGUUUGUUUUUGUGGUCAAUGACAUCUUCUCUCUGCCUUUUCGCCCCCAAAUGCAUAUACACGUAUCAGUUGAAAGAAUUCUGGGCCAUCAUCCCUUGAGAUAUUAUUCUUGACCAUAUUAAUCAAAGGAUUUUGAGUGGGUUGCCCAACUGCUGCUGUUUGCUGUAUGAGAAAGGAAGUUCAAGAGUCAAACAGAUAAGGCUUUUUCUUUUUCUUUUCUUUUUCUUUGGGAUUGACUUGACAAAACUGCUUUUAAAAAACAACAACAAGUAAGACAUUAACCAUUUAGAGAAUUGAGAUGACAUCACCUUUCUAGUUAGAUUGACAGGUAACCUUGUUUUUUAAAUUACCGUAAGAUACCGAGUUCAGUAUUCCCAUGGACUUUGUACAAGCCUGAGUCAUUAUCUAUAUCUUUGCAAUAAAGUGAAGGUCUUCUAUGACUUGGGCAUUUUAUUGUCAGUAUGUUCCAAUACAUCACAAAAGGGACCGUCUUUCCAUAAACGUACUUGACUGCCCAUUGUCUUCUGUAGUAUGUCAGUUGAAUCAUUGUUAUGAUGGUCCGUAUCUUAUCAAACUAAUCAGCUGUGGUUGGAGUCCUGUUUUGUAGGUCCUUGCAGCUGUCAAGAAGUUGACCGUUUCCGAAUCCAUGCCUAAAGCUAGCAGUUUCACAUAACCUGGUAUUAAUAUUUUAGGAUCAAGGGAACCUUGAUUUUCGUAAUGUGUAGAAUAGCUUACUUAAGCCACAUAGGUGUGCUAUGCACUUACGGUGUGCAACUAUGGGCAAUUCCGACAUAAUGUACCUGGCUCACGUUGCUCUCUGCAUAUAGCACAAUGGCUUAAUUGAUAUGGGAUAAUCUGAUAAGGGUGUCUGAGAAUGGAGAGUGCUGAAUUGUUGAAACCAAGCUUGGUGACCUUCAAACACCUUUUCGCCCUCGGUUUUUAUAGCUAUGUGAUCAGAAGCUUGCUUUGAGCAAGGCAGUAUACGAGCACACGCCGAGAGAGAUUUAUUUCUGAAGACUGAGGCAAACAGUGCUCCUGCUAUAUUCACUGUUGCCGUUUACUGUAGGGGCACAUCCAGGCUUCCUUUUGCACCACGCUUUACAGAUCCAGGUCCACUGAACUGGAGCAAACAGUAAUUUGCCAAAAACUCAGUUGCUGCUUAUGCCAAUUCAGUAGUAAACGUGGAUUUUCCCACCGGGACAAAAAACACACAAAAAUGCUCAAACACAGAAGUUUAAAGCCUAGACCUGUGCCUUGAAAUGUGGCACAAAAAGGCUGUCUGGAUUGAGCCCAUAGUUAAAGGACUGCCAUUCAUUAUUUAUAAUAUUGUUAGAUGAGAUUUAUAUAGAUGAUGUGGCUGAUCUCGUUGUCAAGAUCAGGAUGAGUUACCAUCUUAACAUAGAAGGUGUCCAGUACCUAAUUAUAAUCUGAACUAGAAGGUUUGUUGCUGAUACCAGAGGUUUAGAACCCCCUUUGCAGAUUCUGUAUAAUUGUGCUAGCUACUUCAUAACUUUAACUAUGUUGGAGAGUCCUUGUGUACCUUGACAUAUUGCAUCACUAGCACCUACAAGCUUAGAUAAUGGCUCAUUUUCUAUUAUCACAGUGGACAACCUGUAAAGUCUUUCAAGAAAGAUGCCAGGGCGGCUCUCUACCUGCUCUUUGGCCCUGAAUUUAAAAAAAAAAUUUUUGGCAGUUCAUCAAAACUCUCUUUAGGUUUACAUUUAGUAGCCAGGGUUUAAGCUAUAAAUGAUUUUAAUUUACUUGUUUACUGGCUAUUUUGUAUCAUUUCUAGCUUUAAAACUUCCUUUUCUAGCUUUUUGGAUGGGGAAGCAUACAAUUUCAAAGUAAAUAGCUGUUUUUACUGAAGGCAGAUGUUUUAUACAGGGAGUCUUUAAGUGCAUUUGACUCGUUUGCAGUGGGGUGAUAAAAUAUUACCAUGGUUCUCUUUGGUGACUCAUCCUAAUAAUUACUGUGUACUGGGUGUUGACUUUUGUGAUAGUACUUGUUUUGCCUUAUCAUAGGUACAUUUUAAAGCUAAAUGUGGAAGUGACUUUCCAUUCAACCUUGAGCUAUUCCGGUUAAUUUGUUAACCUAUUAUGCAUAACCUUGAAGGGAGAAUCAAACAAUGUCUGUAGAUUGAUCAGUCCAUAACAGAAGCUACACACUUACUUGGCAAUACAGUAUCCAUUUAUUGCUAAUCUUCAUCGUUCAGAGGUCAGGUUGGCACUUCAGUCCUAUGUGUAGUGGGUGCCCCCUCCCCAACUCUUGCUGCAUGUCAAGCUUUCAGUGUAAACAGUCUAUGAGAAAUUAAUCCACGCUGAAGUCUCUGUGUUAGGGCUGGGUGAUAUCUGGUUUUUAAUAUUCUGAUAUAUCAUCAGCUAAAAUAUCAUGUCUGAAAUAAGAAUGGAGCUAUGUAGAGGCAUUGGCUGGCUUCACGAUUUCCCCUGCAUUGUGAUUUUUGCAUAGGAAAGCGAGAUUCUUUAGCUUGCAAAAUGUCCCAUGUUUCCCCUUUGAAUCUCAGGAGCAGAGCAUAUACUUUGCAGGCCAAAAGUCCCAGGUUCCAUCCUUGAUAUCUCUAUACAGGGCUGAAAAAGCCUCCAGAGAACCUCAAGGAUGAUGCAAGUAAAUGCUCUUGCUCUGUGUUGUGUUUGACGGAUUGUUUUAUGAUAUGAUAUGAGUUUUGUUGAAUUAUUUUGUUGACCACUUAAGUUGCCUUGGCUGAAAUAGCGGGGUGGGGGGGAGGAAUCAAUAAAUGGAGUAAUAGCAGAAUUGGGGAAGCAAGGGUGUUAGCUUGGAAAACCUGAUGACAUUUUUGAAUGGUAUUUGGUUUUCCAGUUAAAAGAUCAGAAUAGCUUGAUAAAAUAGACUGAUCUCAGCUCAGCUUUGUUUUCUCUUGAUUGAGUUAGGAAGGGGUGUUCUCAUUCUUUGCCUUGAAGUGAGUUCAGCAUGACCUCAUGCACACACAAGUUAACUGACUCUGCUGCCACUACUUUCUUGAUCUUGUGCAGUUAAUCUGUAUCUCUGAAAUAUAAAGUUUUCUGAGGACCCUCCAGGCAAUUAAUCUCUUCACUUUCCUUGGUCACCACCGAGUGACCAAUAUGUUUGUGAACUUUCCACACUUCUGUGGAAUAGAUCUGUGGGGUUUGUGCGGCCUCGUUUCUGAUGAUCUAUGCCAGGGGUAGGCAACCUAAGGCCCAUGGGCUGGAUGAGGCCCAAUUGCCUUCUAAAUCCGGCCCAUGGACAGUCCGGGAAUCAGCGUGUUUUUACAUGAGUAGAAUGUGCCCUUUUAUUUAAAAUUUAUCUCUGGGUUAUUUGUGGGGCAUAGGAAUUCAUUCACCCCCCAAAAAAUAUAUAUAUAUAGUCUGGCCCACCACAUGGUCUGAGGGAUGAUGGACCGGCCCACGGCUGAAAAAGGUUGCUGACCUCUGAUCUAUGCCCUAGAUACCACAAAAGGUUUUUCAUGGGUUGCAUUUCUUUCUGUUGUUCAUCACCUUGCAAGUCAGCAACCUUCAUUAGUUGUCCUUGUUCUGUUAUCUUGCAGAGAACUUCAUAGAGAAACUGUGUAGUAACAUCCAGAAUUUCAUGAAGCAAAGUAACAGGAUAAAAUGAGCAUGGCAGCAACUCACCUGUUGGUGAAAUCUGCUACUUUGUAGCUAAUAUUGAUACACAAUGCAGGCAAACCAAUAGUUACACUUGGACAGGGUGAACUUUGUUCUUCCUUGGCUCAGAAGGCCCCUCAAUGAAUCAUCAUGAUAAUUAAAUGUAUUACCACCCUUCACCAGCAGAUCCCAAGGUGAGUUAAAACAGUUUAAAAUUCAGAAAUAAAAACAGAUGAAACAGAUUACAGUCUCAGGUGGACCCUGUCAAAGGCCAGCAUUCUCAAAAAGUUGUGUAGUAAAGUAGCUGGAAACACUUCUGUGGGGAGGGAAUUCCACAACUUAGGGGCUGCCACAGAGAAUGCCCCUAAGAGAAUGUAUUUGUGUAUUGUGACCACUGCUGCUAGAAUAUUAUAUGCCCAAAGAUCGAAAGAAGAAAAUGUCGCAACAAAAGAAGACUGGUUCAAGAAAUUAAUGGACUAUGCAGAAACGGACAAAACUCACUGGAAGAAUAAGAAAUCAAGAUGAUCAAGUUUUUAAGAAAGAAUGGAACUCAUUUAUAGUAUAUUUACAAAGUUAUUGUAAAAUUGUAAAACAAAUUAAGACAUUAGCAGGGUUAAAGCAAACAACGUGCAGUAAGAAAAAAACAACAACAUAUAAGUAACAUAGAGGGUAAAUAACUAAUUGGUAUAAUUUGGAUAUGCAGUAAAUUAAAAUAUAAACAAGGAGCCGCAGAAAGAGGCUGAGGGAAGUCAAAAUAAGAGAAUGAUUGUCUGUGAUUUAAAUUUAUUUUUAUUUUAUAUAUUGUAAAAUCUUAUAAAUAAAAUUAAAAAAUAAAAAUAAGAAUGCCUUGUCCCAUACCACCACAACCCAAACUUCUGAGGAAGGUGGAACUACCAAGAAAGCCCUCUACUCAUCUUAACUCUGAGAGGGUCUAGGGCAGCCUUUCAGAUAUUUGGGGCUAAGCCAUUUAGGGCUUCACACACUUGCUUGGAAACGAGCUGGCAGGCAAUGCAGCUGUUUUGUAUAUGGCUUAUAUGAGUUCCAUAGGAAACUUCAGCCAGUAAUGUGGCUGCUGCAUUUUGUACCAGUUGAAGUUUCUGAGUUGUCUUCAAGGGCAGCCCCAUGUAAAGCACAUUGCAAUAAUCUAAUCUGGAAGUUACCGGAGCAUGGAGUACCAUGGCUAAGUCAUCUCUUUCCAAAAGGGGCUGCAGCUGGCAAACCAGCCCUGGUUGGAAAUAGACACUUCUAACCACCAAGGCCACCUGGAAUGUUGGAAGGCCAGAUAAUGCUGUGGUCUCUUAGCUUUGCCAUGUUUGCAUUGUUUUUGCUAAAAUUGCAAGUCGCUUUGAAAUGGGGGUGAUUCAUUGGUAAUUUCAUUAUAGUUUCAACAGCCAUGCAAUUUGCUGUUUGUUGGGGAAUGAGUAGCAGAUGCCUUUGGAACGAAGAGUUUCAGUAGUUGCCUUUUCUCUUCUGUUAGCUCUCCCUAUGAAUGGAAUAUGGUGUAGUCUCAUGGCCAUUAAGAGUUGAUUCCUCACAUUUUCUGCUGUGUGUGUGUGUAUGUUUUAUAAAUAGCAAGUCCUGAGUUAUAUUCUUGCUGAAAUCUAAGUGACACUGGACAAGUUUCACUCUAGGGAUAGUUGCUACUGAGGUUCCAUGUGAUAUGUGUGUGUGUGUGAUUUUCAUAUAGAUGGUUUUUUACUUAAUUUUUAGCAUAUAGUUUCCUUUGGUUCUAAAACACUAAAGCACAUUUUUAGGGAAAGGAUGUGGAUGAGGCCUAUAAACAGAAGAGAGUGGAGCUACUAUUGCAGGAUCAAAAGCCAAAAAUAGCUUUCUCCAUAAGUUUUUCUUCAAUAAAUUACAUCAUUUUUGGCAUAGUUAAUAGUUAAGAAAAAGAUCACUUCAGUACAAUCAACAAUAUUCAGUUCAGACAUGAUGCAAAGCCAGGGAUCAUGGUUUGUUGCUCAUGUUCAAGCUGGGGAGGAGUGCAUUAGGAGCCAUCUGCACAUUUAUAGUAAACCAUUAACUGUGGCUUACCAUAAAGUGUGAAUGCAGCUAUUCUGCCACACUUUUUUUUGCUAUUUGAGUAGAAAGAAGCAGAUUCAUUAUGCUUCAUACUGUCCCCCAGGAAGCUGGAAACAACAGCCACCCAAUAAAGCACUUGAAUCUGCCAUGCAUGGCUUUUUGAUCCCUGAACCUACUUGAUCUAAACACUUGAAACACAAAAUGAAAUAAAUGGUGCAAAAUUGAUUUCAUUGCCAACAAAGAGUUUAUGAAAAUCUACCAACCUGUUCUUUUUAAUUGUGCAUGUUUCCCCAAACAGUAACUCUGCCAGCCACAGCUCAGCAUGAGCUGCAAGAAUUAAUUAACAAAUGAAAAUCCUGGCAUUUACCAUUAUCACUGGCAGAGCUGUUUGUCAGACGUUGCAUUCCUUGCAGACCCAUCUGAUCAGAAACAGCCUUUCUGUACAGGUUCUAGCUGCCUUAUUUAUUUAUCUAUUUAUUUGUUUUUAAAAAUACACUUAAUUCAUUUUUGCCUGGGAAUCACUUGCAUUGAAUUCAGUAGACUAGCUUUGAGUAGAAUUAAUGAGAACUGCAUUGUUUCUCAUCUGAGUAAGAUACUGAUUGUACAUUUGCAAGACAAAUUAGAAGGAUGGAACUUUAAUGCAGCCAAAUGCGUACAGGUUUUAAACAGAGUUGGACAAUUGGAAAGUCCUCCAUAGUCUCUGUACAGUGACGCCAAUGGGAUCUGGGCUUUUGCACACUCAGAACUGUGUGCUGGUGACUACUUGAAGAUCACUAGUUGCAGGUAAGAAAUCUGUCAUUGGUAAAUACCUUUCUCUAGCAUCUAUCACUGGGUGAAGUCAGAAUAGCCUUUUAGCUAGGUCCUGUUCCUGGCAAAUUCUAAGUGAAAUAAUAAUAGUAAUAACAGUAAACUUUACUAAGAAGUGGCUUUUGGCCUUUACUUGUAUGGCUGUAUUAUUGUGGCAUAUUGCUAAUCCCUCUGUUAAGUGUUAAUUUUAUGAACCGACAGUAUAUUGCACAGCAAAUGCAUUUACUCAGUAUGCACAUCUAGGGUGAAAUUAGAGAUACACAAAAUAUACUUGCCCUCCAUAUGUGGCCCCUGUAAUGUCUUUUGAGCAAAAUGAUGAAGUGACACCUCUGCACUUUCCCCCCUGCCUCUAUAAAUGGCAACCCUUGAAAUGGACCAGGGAAAGGGACAUUCAGAGUGCAGUCAUAUAUGGAGAGAGAGAGAGGCUGUGGGAAUUUGUGGACAGAGUGCUAAACAAAUUGCUUCGAACCCCUCUCAGCCACAAAUGUUCAAAUGCAUAAAUGUCUAAGUAUUCCAAAUCAAAAUAAUAAUUCAAAUACUUAACCAAAAGUUGCUUUUGGGGGGGAAGGGGAGAAAUCGUUCGUGUAAUUGGACCAUUUCAUCUGUUUGUCCAUUUGGGCUAUUUCCAACGCCCUAAAUAACUUUUUUCAAUGGUAGGAAUUGUAGAUCUACUCCCCCUCCCCACCCCAAAAUAUAAAUAAAGUACUAUCAUGACUGCUUUUGCAUUCUUUCUUAGGCAUAUACAUACUUAGCAACAUUAGGACACCAGAUCUCAAAUCAAUUGCUGUUUGUGAAAUGUGAGCCCAGCAAGUUUGAACUUCAGAGCAACUCCAAAGCACACAACAUAAAACUGUAUCUUAUCAAAUUGCAACGUCAAUAGAGGCUGGGGCUAGAUGAUUUUGCUCUGUUUCAUAACAGUCACGUGUCUUUUGUAAUGUCUAAUCCCACCCCUUGUCAAGAGAUAAAAUACAAAACAAAUUCUAUUGUAUUCUAUCUUCUUAAAGAAGCACUUUGCUCCUCAGAAGUAAUAAGGUGAGAAUUACCUUUUAUCCUCAUCUGUGCACCAUUGCACACAUUGCAGGCAGUGUUAAUUGGGCUGUCAUGUCUAUCUCUUCACUCUCUCCUCUCCCUAAGGUGGGAGCAACUUUCUGCCGGAAUGGACAGUAGCUUGUCUCUGUUCAUUCUUAUUUUUUCCCAUUGUUGCAUGACACCUGUGGUUCAUGAUGGAUAUUCCUGCAGUGGUGUAGUAGGGUGGACUUCAGCACUUUGCUCUCCGCUUUGGUGGGCUUUAAAUGUGUUUUUUGCUCUGCUGCUUGAGAUUUUCUACCUUCACUAGGAAAAGAAGCAAAUAGAGCUAAAAUGUAAAUGUAAAGCAUAGCCACACUUGCCCAGUAAAGUGUAUAUGUAUAGUCCUUUAUGUAAACUAACCUUGUGAUAUCUCUCUAUCUAUCUAUCUCCAUCAUUGCAAACUUGGUCUUUGAAUCGUGCUAAAGCAGAACCACAGCAUAUCAAAGGAGCAAGCACUUUGCAAACUAGGGGAGGCUUAAAGAAGUGCAACAUCUGAUAGAAGGGAAAACAUGAUGAUUCUACUCUAGAAGGGCAGAUGAUUGUAAAGAAAGAGAGCUGUCUGACUGCAGGGGUGAACGUACAUAUUAAAAGAGGCAGAGAACGGAUGCAUCCUCCUCUUUGGGCCCAGAAUAACUGAAUAGCAGAGGAGGAGCCGGCAAUCCAUUUAGGCUUUAAUCUUGCAAUGAUGCGUGGGAAGAGAGAAUAGUUGCCGUUUCCCUCUUUAAAAUACAUGUGGGGGCCUGAUUCUUCUUCCCUUUAUCACUCGCAUGUGUCUUAAAGGAGAAAGCUGAUGCACUAUACUUUUAUUUUGGAAUAGAAUUCGCAGGGAGAUGUUGCCCUGUAAGACAGUAAUAACACUUACCCCAUAAUCUAAAUUUAUUUUUGUUAUUCUGAACUUGGUAAAAUUGCCAGAAAAUGAUAGUGAAAGGAAAAUAACACCUGCAGAUCUUUUAAGCAAAUGGAUUGAAUAACUUCACACUGGCAGUGAAACGUUUACAAUCCCACUUGAAGGGUUAUCUGUGAAUUGGUGCUUUGGAAGUCUUCACUAGCUCAUGAGAUGUGGUGGUUGAGUGAAAUCCGGACAUUUUUACCUUGAUAGGAAUGCCUGAAAUAUUUUACCAAAUUAGCGUUGGUGUGAAAAUAUUAAUUAAUUAAUUUAAUGAAAAAUACUGCUUAAUGCCAAGAUGGCGUCUGAGUGAUGAAUAAACAUAAAAACCAAUUAUUAUAAUGCACAACAAAACAAUUCCAUCGAAACAUUAAAAUAUAGACAUCCAUGAUUAAAAUAUGCAGUAAAAUGAUCUCUUUAAACAGCUCAACAAUUAAAUAGUCACUUGAGUCUUGUUAAUGGCUGGGGGGGACCCAGCCAGAUGGGUUGGGUAGAAAUAACUAAUUAUUAUUAUUAUUAUUAUUAGUGCAUUUUAUGGCAAAUGCCAAGCUACUUCCCACUUCAGGCAAAACUGGACAUAAUGGCAGCAGGCCAGUGUUUUCAAAUGUGAACCGCAUAGACAAAUACGGAACUUCUGGUUUUACUCCCCAAUCCUUCCUGCACGCCUGCUUACCUCCCCGCAAUUCAUCUCACCCCUCCCCAAAUGCUUUCACCCAGCUAAGGUAGCUUCAGUACAUGAGUUCAGCUAAGGAAACAUUGCUUUUCGGUGUUUGGGGUGCUCCGGUGACGUUGGUGAGGUUGGUUGCUAGCAAGGAGGAUUCUACACUCAUCAGCUAGUCUCACACCUUUUGCUGUUAAAAUUGGACCGCCAGGCCCACUUUUUCUAUAUUGCUGGGAUGGUUCCAUGUUUUAGACACAUUGAACUGGUGCCGUAACUUCUAGUUUGGCCUUCAGAGCACUAGGCCUGCCAUCUGUUAAACCAGGUAUGGAGAACUUGUGAAUUUCCACGUGUUGUUGGACCACAGCUCUCAUCAUCCCUGACCAUCCUGGCAGGAGGUAGCAGGAGUCCAGUAAUAACUGGAGCCCCACAGCCCCCCCAUCCCUGCAUUAGACAGUUUGGAUUGUCCCAUGAGACUUCAGUGCACAGUAAGGCUGUGCAAAAGAGUUUUAAUUGUUAAUUCGAAAGGACUAUGCUAUGUUCUCUGAACUGCUGAGGAAAACAGUGGUAGAAACUGAUUUUUUCCUUCUUGUUAUCUUUUUUGCAAGCUUAUUUGCCCUAUUGUUUUGCUGCCUAAAAUCAUUUUGCUAAACCCCCAAACACUUAAUUUUAAUAUAAAUGUGUUUUUUAUUGCAUCCAGUACUGUAAGAGAGAGGGGACACUAGGCCUUGCAACCUUCACAAGUUUCGUAGAACUGUUUAUCCAUCAGCUCCUACACUUUCUAAAGAGGUUCAAAAUAUUUCCUACCAAAUUUUGAGAGCUACAUAAAGCAGGUAAAAUGUAGGCAAAAUGUUUUCAUAUAUAUCGUCUCUUCUACCUGACUUUCUAUGGCUUCGAGCACCUGAAUCACCCUUUUCAAAAUUGGCAGGAAUCUGAGCUGCCUUUCUCUCACACUUUGUAAACAACCAAAAUAGCAAACCCAAGGAAAACCUUGAAAUAAAUAUGUCGAGAUUCCUGAAAGAAAAAGAGACUUUUAAAUACCAUUACAGUGGUACCAUGGUUUAAGAACAGCUUAGUUUAUGAACAACUUGGAUUAAGAACGCUGCAAACUGGGAAGUAGGUGUUUUGGUUUGUGAACUUUGCCUUGGAAUAAGAACAUGUUCCGCUUCCUGUUGAGUGUGUUCCAUUUGUAAAUUGAGUCCCCUGCUGCUAUGGGAAAGCACACCUUGGUUUAAGAACGCUUUGGUUUAAGAACAGACUUUUGGAACGGAUUAAGUUCGUAAACCAAGAUACCACUGUAGUCUGUUUUUCUACUACAUUUUGUAUAUCACCUGUCCUCCAAAGAAUUCAUGGCAUACAAAUUCCCCCACUUUCUCUGGUAUUUUCUCCUAACAACAGCUCUCUGAAAUAGGUUGGGCUGAGAGAUGGAGCCUGGCCCAAAGUCACCCAUUGAGCUUCAUGGAUGAAUGAGGAUUUGAAUCUUGGUCUUCCAGGUCUUAGUCUGACACUUGACCCACACUGGCUGUCUAGUUGACAUUAUUAGACCUUCAAAUGGGGGUUUCUCUACUAAUGACCUUGGUGUACAUUAUAGUUGUAAUAGUACAUAAUAGUUUUAGCUUAUGUUUAAUGUAGUGGCAAACCUUGGUCUACCCAGGAUUUUUACAGUCAAGGCACCGCUGUUCCCAAGCUGUUUCUUUCAGUGGGACGUGCAUAUUUUAGGCCAUUGGCUUACAGCCUGAGUACAUGGAAUGAUGCUUAUGUGUAGCUCUUGGCCAUGUCUUGUAUACUUGGAAUUUAAUUCUAUUUCAAAAAUAGAAAACAUACCAAAGAAGGAUCCUUUUUAAGUACAUUGAUUUGUUGGAUGUGGUGAGAUAGUGUGUCUUAUUGCUAAGUACUAAUUCCCCUUUCUUCUACGUGUACAGUAGUCUCUGCACAAGAGUAACUUGGUUUCUGAUGGUGUGUGGUGGGGGGGGGGGAAGGAUGGACUUAGAGUCAAACAAGCUUGAUGGAAUUUGUUGCAAAAUGCAAUACAAAGCAUAGCUGCUGCUGCUUCUUCUUCCCCCUUCCCCAAAGGAGCUCUUCUAGACUGUAUCCUUAGAUAAUCGAGGAGCCCAUUGGCACUGUGAAAUGCAAUUAUUCUGUGCCUUACAUUUUUGCUAGUGACAAACAUUUGCUGCUUAUCUGAGCAGAAUGAAUGGCACCAGGCUGACCUGCACACUGGAAUUGCUAGCAAGGUGAAGUCAGUAAAUUUUGAGGCAAGGCUGUUAUGCUUUACCAAAGGUGACAAAGCCCUUCCUUCUUCUCACAAGUAAUAGCAGAGAGAGAGACAUGGAAAACAGGACAGGGAGGGAUAAUCAAACCUGCCCCCAUGCUUACUGUAAUACUCCAUAUGACUGAUUAUCCAAACACCGUCUGUUUCAUCUCUUGUCACCUUCUCUUGUUCUGUGGCCAUGCCAUAUUUGCAUGGCACCCCACACACUGUUAAGUGUUUCACAGCUAACACUGAGCAGAUCCCUAUAGAACAGGGACAUGGUCUUUGUGCCUAUAUAUUCAGGUAACCUUUAGGGCCUGGCCUGCUUUUGGAAGUGCCACAUUCAACUCCAGAAAUUGCCCAGAGAAGGAAUUGUUGUAUUUUCAAUAGAACAAGUUCUGGUGAGUGGUCUGUAGUCCUUCCUGUUUUGCCCAAGACAAAGCCAGUUGGCCUGUGGCUGCCUGAGACAAAAGCCCACUUGGGAUGAUCUCUCUCUUCCCCAACCUUGUCCCUGAAAGACUCCCUUGGGCCUGAAGCCAGGCCCUUCACAGUUCCUCUAAUGGGCUGUCAUCUCUCAAUGGAGACAUUCUGUGCUGGCUUUCAGGCUGUGUGUAAAACCUACUAAUUUUAGCUCAUAAGCGCUUCAGUGAUCUCGUGGACUAAGAAAGAAUGCUAAAACACUAGUUACCUCUUUGUCUCUGCGCAGGAGAAUACGAUCCGUUGCUUUUAAAAUGGGAGAUGGUUUUAGAAGCAAGCAAAUAAUUAGCCAAUUGUCUAGAGAGAAAUCUUUCUCGCAAGACUUCACUUAUAAUGCACAGACUACAAUAAAGAUAUAUUUUGCAACUGAGAUAACUGUUGAAGAAAGCUGGAAGCAAAGGCUAUACCAAGAAAAAAAGAACAUGGCAAUAAAUGACACAGCUGUGUCCCCUUUUACUCCAAAAAGACUUUUAAACAUUAGUGAAGCUAUUUAAGUAUUAGGGAAACUGUGGGACAGUACUGCAUGAACCACACUGCUGUAAUUCCAAGCAUCACAAGGGAAUUUGUAUAAAAGGUACUGCUUGGUACCUUAUGUCCCCUCAACAGAAAUAACUACGUAGUAUAUCCUUUGUGUAAGCAGGGUAUUCCAUGUAAAGGCACGUGACUGCAAGCUUGUACUGUAGCUUUGCUUUAAUGAGAAGUUGCAUUGAGCUGUUGUAGAGCCUCAGGAAGUUUUGCUUUUUUAUGAGUCCUCUAUUGGCUUUUUCUUUAGGUUGUGUGUGUUAAUAGCUAGUUUUUCUAGGGGAGGGGGGGAGCAAACUAGUGAUUGAGUGUCAUAAUAUUUUCUAUAGCCGUUGUAGGUCCCCACAAAGCAAUAGUAGAUAACGUAAAAGUACAAAUGCUUCAAAAAUGCUUAGGGAAUUAAUAGAAAAUUCAUCAAACUGCUCAUGCAAAAGUUCUCUUUUCUAGUACUAGCCAUUCAGUUUAGCACGGCAGUUUUUAGACAAUGCUGGGUUGUUCAGCAGUUAGCAUAAUAUAAUGUAAGAAUGUACAGUGGGAGGCUCCUAUGGUUAGCAUUAAAUUGUUUAAGCUAACUAUGCCAUUAUUUUGCUUCAUAAACUUAGGAAGUGUGGUGUGUUUGUGAGGAGAAAACUAGACUUGGGCGUUGGGUACCACAAUUUUAUAGGCUGGAGAAUGUUGAGCCUGCAAAUAUUCUGACGAUCGUAGUUCAUGUUCAGGGCACACAGAGGCAUUUUGUCAUGAAAUUAUAUAGUGGUAUUGCCCUUUUGAAUCUUGUCGAUUCAGUUUGUAUUACUUCAGACUUUUGUAAACUUUUGUUUGCUGGGUUUUAUAAGGUCACACAAAUGCGAGAUUCCAAAAUUUACAUUCACUUGAAAUGUUCCAGAUAGCCUGACUUGUUAAUAGAUGAAUUCAUCUUUCCGCAAUCAUGUGCGCUCAGUACUGGGAAGCAUUACUUCAUUGAAGGGGAGAAGAGAGAAGUGUCUUUAAAGUUUGUUGAGUAAGGCUUGGCAGGCAAACCCUGUAAAAUAAGAAUUUGAUCUUGCAUAUUCUGUUUUUAAAUUGGUUAAAAGUAAUUAAUUGCAGUUUUCUUUUCUUUUUUAGUCCCUGGAGGGAGAUUGGGAAGACCUCUAGCAGGUGCUGUCAAUACUGAUGAGAGAUCUUAUAUGCCAAGGUAUGGAGUGUUUUGUUUUGUUUUUAAAUAAUAAUAAUAAUAUCUACAUCUGCUCUGACCGGAGGUGUCUUGAAUUAAACCUGUGACUUCUGCAUGCAGGGCAUGGUCUCUGUCUUUGAACUAUGAAACCUCUCAAAUUAUGACAUUGCAUGCUUUGAGGAAGCAAGAGAGAGCCCCAUGCAUUUCAAAAUUUCUGUUUUCUCCACCCCCUGCAGUAUGUUUUUAAACAAUGUGCUUUCUGCCAUUAUCAAAAGUUAACACAAACUAUCCUUCCACAAAAGCAUUACUACAACAUCCCGUUCUUUGCUUAGAUUGUUGCUAUGCCUCAAGAUUUUCAAUAUUUUGACAUCCUCCUGUUUAAAUGUGGGUGGGCGGAAUGGAUAUUUCCUGAUGUUUGAACACAUCAGCUUGCAUCCUCUGCAUAUUUGGGUGCACUUUUGCAUCUAACACAGCUUAUUCCUAAAUUAACAGUGAGUGAAAGGUCAAGAAUAUGGGCACAGGCAAAUCAAAUUGCCUUUACGCAGUUCAUACUACGUUAUGCAUGUACCCAAGUAUGAGGAUGGCAGGGGAAAGAAUUUCAGGGUGUCCCUUGGGGUGUCCAGUGGCACCGAGGUGGGAUUUUCUUUUGACAGUCUGCCAGGCCACGCCACUGGGUCCAGACUGGCAUUGCCCAACCCUCUGGGCCAAUCCCAUGAAUUCCUCCAGUUCGCUGCCCUUGUCCCAUUCCUCCUACCCCUCUGACCAGUCUCACCAAGAUGUAUCCACAGGAGUCAUGACACUUACAGCAAGGGUGAGUAGUCUUCAGGCUUGUUGAAUCGUGUGUGUGUGUUUUAUUAGAACCCCAAGAUUUACCAGCCAGGUACAAAAGACACACGUUAAAAAAAUAAUGAGCAGGGAAUUUCUGAGUGCUUUCUGAGCCUAGGAAUUUCAUUUUUUGUACCAGAACUGAAAUGAGUUCACUAUCCUUUCAAAAAAAUAGCCUACUUCUGGUUUGCUUCUGAAUAUAAAAUUAAAUUUCAACCUCUUAAUUUAAGUGGAAAAAGUUUACUUUGUGAUAGUUAUCGUUAAGCAGCUGGAAGUUCAAAACCCUGGCAGGAUCUACUGCGGACCACCUAGAGCUCUACCAAUGCAUCCCUGUCUUACUCCUUUAGCCUUUCUUGGAUGCACCAUUUAUUAUAUCACUUUAAAGACUUCUCUGCAAACACUCUGCAGAAAAUCACUGCCCCAUUUUGUGCCUGUUGAACUGAGAGUUGAAAGUGGAUUGUAGAAGGCCAUCCAUGGGUCAGUCAGAAUUUGAACCCAGGUCUCCCUGAUCAGUUAAACAAUAUUUUUUCUGGACCAUGGUGGCUGUUGCUAACUAGUCCAUUACUGAAGUUUGAGUGCUAGCUCUUUCAGCACAUCCACCCAUCUUUUUCUGCAUAUAUUUAUUUAAUAUAAAACAAGUAUCACUGACCUAUAUCCCAAGGCUGGCAAUUGACUGAGUGCUCUGAGGAUGUUUGGAGUUAUUCAACUACUACAUAAUUAUAAUGUACAGGGUCAGUAAUACAAUGCAUUUCGGUUUGGCCAGGUUUUUCCAGCUUAAAUAUUCGUGGCGGGUCUUUGCAUUUACAGAAAGUGUUCUGAAUUCACCUAUCAGGAUUAAAUUCAUCUGUUCAUCUGUCAGUAAGCAAUAUGUAGUUCCUCAAUAGAGUUUGUCACAUUUAAUCUAAGCGAUAAAUAAACUUGCAUCCUCACCUCCAACUCAUGAUAGUUUUAUGAGCUGUGCAAUCCAUCUAAAAUGAGGUUGUUUAAAACUGCCAGGUAUCCGCUGACUAACCAAUAAGAGGCAUGAUGUAACCAGCAAGAGAUAAAAGUCUUUUAUUAAAUGAGAGACCUUGCUCCUGUAUUUUCUACAAUAUCAAUGAGCAAAUUUUACUGCCUGACCUGUGACUACUCCUAGGUUGAUAUGGUUAUCCCUGGCUCCUGGUUUGUUACGCAAAUCAUAUAACAUUUCAAAUGAUAGUCUGGCAAGAACACCAUGGCUAGGUUUGGAUGAGCAUAUAUUGACUUCUUAAGCUUGUGUCUGUGUGCAUGCACCCUUCCCUUCCCAUUGUGCUGCAGUUAAUUCCAGACAUUUUCAGUUAACCAUAGUUUCCCACCACAAUCACAAAACUAAGGUUACAAGGUUUGGAACAAGCUAGGAUCUUAAUCAACUUCAAACUGUUUAAUGUCCUAUCUAUUUCUGAACCUGUUAACCAUAGUUCCCUGGGGCAGACAUAAUGGGAAGCUAUGGUUGAUUAAUUGCUAUGCUUAACUGAAGACUUCCCAGCUUAUUGCAGCCCACAAAUAAGGGAAGGGGUGGCAUAGGGUGAGAGGCUUACACACAUCUUAGCUUAUUAAGCUGAGACAUGAGAAUCUGGAUACAGUCUGCAAGGAUCCAUUUAGAUAACAUACCAAGCCAUGGUUUGUGCCAAGCAUGGCUUGAGCUUCCAAAAUAUGCAAGUGCAAACAGUGCUUCUCUGCUUUCUUUUUCCAUCAGUUCAGCACUUCAGUCUCUAGGUGCAGUAAUUCAUUAAGGAGGAGGAACAAUCAUAACUGUAGUUUGUCAAUUUAGAUAUCAUGUUCUACCAUGGUUAGCACAAAAUAUGGUUCCUAAUUCUAGCUCGCUGGUUCAUUUUAUACUAUAGUUUGUCAGUUUUAAGCAUCACACCAUCGAACUAUGGCUAAGUAUUCUUAACCAUGAAGCCUAUGGCAGUAGUCUUGAGCCUAUGGCAGUAGUCUUUAGGGCAGGGGGCGGCAAACUAUGGUCCGCGGGCCGGAUCCGGCCCAAUUGCCCUCAGGAUCCGGCCCGCGGACAGUCCGUGGAUUGUGGGGAUUCUGUUCAUUAAUUUUUUUUCUGUGCCAUUUUUUGGAGGCGCCAUUUCCCUCCCUCUCCCUCUCACACACUGCAGUGCCUCCUCCCUCCCUCCUCCUGGCUUCUCCCUGCCCUUUGUAGAGGAGGAAGGGAGCUGGGCUGAGCUGGCUGAGUACCACUUUGGGCAGCGCCUCUCCAGAGCCAGCCAGCCCUUUGGGGCAGCUCGUCUCACCAUUGCUGCCGCUGACAGCCUCUGCCACUCGCAAGAGCAGGCACAGGAGCCGCAGUUGGCAGAGUGCAGUGCAACGCCUCUCCAAAAGGGCUGGUUGGGUCCGGAAAGACGCAGCACUGUGCUUUGCCAACCACGGCUCCUGUGCCUGCCCUUGCAAGCGGCAGAGGCUGUUGGCUGCAGAGGGAUGAGCAGCCUGAAAGCAAGGGCAGGCACAGGAGCCGUGGUUGGCAGAGUGCAGCGCCUCUCUGGAGCCAGCCCGCACUUGCGCGGGGAGCACCAUAGGUAGGCAGGGGGAGGGGAGAGAGAGGGGGAGAGAGAGAAGUCCCCUCCGCCGCAUGUGUGCAUGCAGUCCAGCCCGCCACAAGGUCUGGGGGACAGUGAACUGGCCCCCUCCCAAAAAUGUUUGCUGACCCCUGCUAUAGCGUGUGGGUAUGGGUGUGUGUGUCUGUCCACAUCCUAUAUUUCACAGUCCAUAUUCUGAAUAAAUGGGUACUGCUUUAUGUAUCUCAUAUACAGUUAAUCCUAAAUCAGAGUAAUAUACUGUUCUGGGUGAAAGAAGGCCCCAGACAGAUGUGCAAAAAUUAAGGCAGCCAUGUGCAUAUAUCUAUGUCUCUAAGAUAAGCUGAAAGGGUUAGGGUCACAGCUUAAUAUAGAUUUCAUUAUUUGAUUGCAUUGGUUUUUAAAAAAAGUUGCCUGUAGAAAAGUGUGUGAAUAAAUUGAACCUUAUUUUCUAUUUUUCUUUAAAUUUUUAGCUUCUCUUAAAGCUUGAACAUAAUGCUUCUUUUCUGGUGUUGCCGAUUUCGGUACUUUCCAAAAUUACAACUUCCCCUCUUCUCAGUACAAAACAGCUGUCUUGUAAAAUGAAGAAAGUGAAUUUUGCUGCUUAGGGAAAUUUUCAAGUAGAAGACAAGAUGCAAAUAAUGAUGACUGAAGUGCUUUGCCACCUUUAGUGUGCAAAUACGGUUGCUUAUUUGUGUACAUCCAUCCAGUGCAGCUGUACAGGAAAAGGCACUGAAUACUAACCGUGAGAGUUUUCAUUGUUGUAAAGUUAUAGGCAUCUCUUGCUUCUAAACCAACAGUCACCAGGGAUGUCGCAGCAAGAGACACCAGCGAUUCUUCACUCUUCACCAGUCUGACUCAUCUCUGCCUCUUGACUCCCUCCUUCCAUGCUUAAGCUUUUGCCUCUGAUUCUGGAUUUCUGUCUGCCACAGACUCUCCCAGCUUACUAAGCCCUGUUACCCCUUCAGCUUCUCCUUCUCAGUCUUUUCCCUCUUUUCCCCUGUGACUACUGAUUGUUGUCCCACCACCACACCCUGACCUCUGAGCCUUCUUCCGUUGCUGGUUCCCCAGCGGAUUCCAGCCACCAUUCCUCUGCAUCCAACCAGUCUAUGACAGUAGGAUCGCAGUCUCAGUUUUACUGCCUGUCAUGUGAUACCAGCAUGAAAUCUAGAAAUUUUUACUAUAUAGAGUGGGAGGCAUUUUUGAGAUGCUCAGCAUGUUGUCUAGAAUUGUAUUCUACCCCAUAAGUGAGAGAGCCUAGUUGUUCUGCCUUAUGCUUUUAUUGAUCAUUGCAGAUUGGUCUAUCAUCUCUCAUAACUUUUUUCCCCUGCACUUAAUGUGUUUAUACUGGACUCUGGUGUGUGUAGCGAAUUGUAACACACUUCCCGCAGCCCCCCAAUCAAAUCCUGGCUUGAGAAACUAGAUACACACCAACUGUGUGCAGCUACACACAACUCCUGUGUACCGCAUCACACCUCUCUCUGUGGAAGUGGGUCAAGCAAACCAGAAAGCUGCAGUCAACCAUAGCUUCCUGGAAACUUUGGUUAGCAGCUUCCAAACUGGCCAGGUUUUGAAAGAAAGCUUUCAAUCCUGAGUUAAAGUUGGCUUGCCAAAUGUUCCAUGCCAAUGCUUGGAAGCCAUUAGCAAUAGUUUCCAGUUUGCACAUGACAGGAAGCUAUGGCUAACUCUGGCUUUCUGGUUUGUUUCACUGCUUGUGCAUGCGGAAGAAUGCAAGCAGCAGCAAUGAGGCUGUAUACAGGUGCAUGCAGUCCAUGAAUAUCCAAGUUUAUUAAGUCAGGAUCUGACUGUGCAAACAUGGCCAGGGUAUUGAAUGCAUUGUCAUCCUAAAGUACAAAUGAUAAACCUGUGACCCUCUUGAUAUUCUUGGACUCCUACUCUUGCCAGCAUGGACAAUGAUCAGUGAUGAUGGCGGCUGGAGUUCAACAACAAAUGUAGGGUUACAGGUUCCCCACCCUUGCUGUAGAGUCUUGGUUCAUUUACAAGAGGAAUCUCUUAACAUGUUGCAAACAAAUUGAUCAGUAUUUUUGUUAGUCUUUAAAAUACCACAAGACUUCUCCUACAGACUACCUUGACUACCCCUCAGGACAUUUUCGUGCCAUAGUUUUCUACUCUGUAAACACUUGUAACUUUCAAGUUCUUUAGGGCUUCGCAACUGAAAAAGCACUUUGCUGUUUUGGUGUCCUUCCUUAGCAAUUUUUUUCCUCCCUCCGAAUUGCCAAGCCCUUUGACCCUUUGUCCACAUAACUCUAAUAUUUCCUGUUUAGAUAGUGUUAUGUAGUUAUACUGAUUUAUGGGAACUACUCUGAGCCCUCUGAGAUAUAACGAGGUGCAGAUCCUGUAUUACAGCUUUUCCCAAAAGUAUACAUUCAAGUAUUCUGCUGCUAUUGGGAAAGGAGAGACAUUGGAUAAAGAGAAAGCUACGCUUUGCUACCCUCCCUGAAAAGUUCCACAGGCAAGGGCCUGAAAGUUUUCUCUGACGUACAUGAUGGAAAUCGUUAGAUGAUGAGGCCUUAAAUAUUGGAGCUUUGUCCCAUAUAUAAACCCUAUGCUAAUGUGGUCCAGCUAGACCUGGGAAGCAUUUGCAGUUGGGUGCCGGAGGCUCUCCUGAGAGUAAACAAGAGAAGGGGCAGCCAGCCUUAUGGGACUCAGAAAAACCUUCUAAAACCAGUGGGAUGAUGCUGUGGAGUGCCUUGGCCUGGCCUCUGGCAGUUCUGCCUGAAUACUAUGGAUAUGCUUGAGCAUUCUGCACCUGCUCUUGUAAUGAUGUUUGUCAUUCCUGCCAAAAACAUUAUGGCAAUUACCUAAUUAAACUUCCCAACAUCCCUAUGAGGAAAUGAGGCCAGGUGCUGGCAUUUUACACAUGGGGAGAAUGAAGCUGAGAGCUGUGACUGCAUAAGAAGUGCUCAACUCCCAAGUUGCUGGUUGGUUUAGUAUGGUGCCCGUGUCGUCUGCAGGAAGCUGCUUACAUAAUACUGUGUGAAGGUCAUAUCUUCAUAGCGUGUUUCUUUCCUAUUCCUCCUGAAAUGAAAAGCUUGUACAACCAAUAGUGCCUGUUCAAUUUUUUUCAAAAAACUUUACUCAAGUUCCUAUGCUGCAUCAUAAUUGGCUUUUGAAAUGCUCCCUGCUUUCAAGAUCAGUUUUUUUUGGGUGGUGCAACAUGUUAGAGUGCUGGAGGCGGGGGACUUCUAACUGAGAAACACUCAAGGCAAAAACCUCUGGGUACACAGAACUAGUUUCAGACUUGUUUGGGCCCUGUCCUCCGCCUUGCCCUCUAGUUAGCCUUUGGGAGCUCUUCUCAUUCCUAUUUAGUAAAUUGCUGUUGUCUCCUCUGAUUUCUGCAGAUGUGUUUUGUCACAUAGAUUUUUACAGCAAAGCUUGCAUCAAAACCCUUUCUUAGUGAGCAAAUGUGGCAGUUUGUUGAAAAGAAAAGAAAAAUGGCUAGGCUAGUAUAGCAGUAAAAAGUCACCCAUAAAUAGUAGCAUAAUUCUUUUCAAUAAAUAUCUGCCUGGGUAUUUGUCUCAUUUAAAAAACCAAAAACCAAGGAUCAGACUGAAUUAAUAGAUGCGUGACACAAUUUCACCUUAGUACUGUAUAUUGCUGGUCCGGAGUGGGUCCUCCCCAAUUUCCCGUCCCCCAGUACUAUAUCUUGUACACCAGAGUGUCAAACUAGACAGACAGCUAUUCAGAAGAUUCCUUUGCAACCCAUUCUUUCAAGAAAAACCAAUGUGGUCAUUGUUCAGAACUUCAGCACUCUUUCCAUAGCUGCCAGCCAGCAGAGUAAUUGGCAGAACAGUUGACUCAAAUGCCUGCACAAGAAGAGAAUUGUUAUCCUCCUCCUGACCUACUAACUAAAUGACACACAUACUAGAACACCAGUGAAACACUUGAGUGAUUUCAUUUGUGGCCAUUAUUAGUCUGCACACAUCUAUAGGAACAACCACAGCGAACUGUUACCAGGAAUAGAUUGGAUUUGACCUCCUAGAAUUUGGUAGCUGGGUUGCCUAGCCCAGGCAUCAAGCUUUUUAUUUGAAGAAACCCCACUAUUGCAACAGCAGCACAUGGGUGUAGAUUAAGAAAACCAGGAGGAGAAAGCCACCCGUUGUCACAAAUGUUUCUAGAGACCUUAGAUCAUCUGCUCUCACUUGAGGCCAGAUUCACCUUCAUCAUACAUGCUUAUUAUGGGCUGCUUUGAACACCACCUGGUGCAUGCUAGAUACAAUGCCGCCAUAGUACUUGGUCCUAUCUAUACCUUUGCUGCUAGCUGGAUUUUGGUUUUACAUUCCUCUUACAUCUUAGUAAAAAUGGUUUGAUUUGUUGCUUAAUUGCAAUGUAUAUUUAUUAAUACAAGAUGUUUUGACUGGCCUCAUAAUUGUAUAACUAUUUUGCUCAAAAUUUGAAGAUGUACCCUUUUGAUUAGUGAAUUACCUUGAAAUAUUGCUGUUUUUCUCAUGUGAACUUUCCCAAUUUUGUGAGCCACUUUGGGCAUGAUUUUCCAUGGAAAAGCAGCAUUAAAAAAACCUAAUGAUUUGUCUUAACUUCCUCUGCAAGACUCAUUUUCCUGCACCCAAGAAAGGCACUAAUUAUAGAGGAGUGAAACAUAUAUCUAACAUAAUAGUGAAUGUUGUUUUGAAAGGUUGUGUAUUUUUGACAAAAGAAUACCUGUCUAUUCUACCACAAUUAAUGGUGCAGUCAUAGAGGGUGAAUUUGCACAUUUGAUAGCUAGAGCUGAGUGCCUCUGAGCAUGUGAGGAGCAUAUUCCCUUUGCAAAGCGGAUGUGACUUUGUUUCUCUGGUGACUGGAAGUUGGUGUCCUCUGACUGCUCUUCAUCCUGUUUCCUUGCCUAUGGAGAUUAUGGUCCCACAAGAUACCUUGGGAGAAAAUGUAGGGUAAGAUGGCAGGUAAAUUGGUAGAGUGGAUGUGGAGCCGUACUAAGGAAUUUCUGGUUUGUCUAUAUGACACCUGGAUUAAAGGAAGACUUGCCAAAUUUACUUAGCAAAAAUGAAUUCUGAACCCUCCCAUUCUGAAAUUCUUACCAGCUGAGCACUUUGCGUUUCCCAUUAGGUGUUUCUGGUGAGUCUCUGCUUCACAUUGGGAGGCAGUAAGCAAAGUUAAGCCUGCUGCCCAAGGCUUGUGCUUGAGAGUAGGAUCACUGUCCAAAACUGGGCAAAUGUAUUGCAGGGCUUCGCUGCAGACAGUGGCAGGCUCCGGGUGGUAAGCUGGAAACAUAAAAGUAUGCUGUGCAAUGCCCAGUGAAGCAUCCCUCCCACCAUUGUACCAACAUAUCCAGAAAGUGUACCUGUUGUAUGGAGUAUUCCAGACUUAGCUUAAUGGUGGAAAUCACUAAGGAUUAAUGAAGAGAUACUCCUUUCCUUGAGUGCAUAAAAUUUCCAGACCUGGAUCACUACUGGUGCAAAUACACUAGUGGUAUUUAAGCAUUCACUCAUAUGAGCAGGCAAAAUGGUGUUGCACAAAAUGGUGUCCAGCCCUAGUACCCUCUACUAAUGGUGGUGGUGGUGUUGGGAGCCCUGAAGCAGGUAGCAUCUUCAAGGUGUGAGGAUUUAGAACCCUGCAUAGUCAGGGAGCCUACAUAUGUAGAACAGUCUCCCCACUUAAGACCUUCCUCAUUGAACAUAGGCAUGUGACUGAGGGGCACUGAGUACAUUCCAGCUCUUGCCUUCAUUCAAUUUCAACCAAAGGUAUCUUGCGAUAAUAGCUGGUUCAGAUGUGCAGCCUUAUAUAGGGAAGCUGUAGUAGUGAUUAUUUUCUUGUUGGCUAUAGAAACACACAGUGUCGUAUUUGUCCCCUCCCCAAACAGAAAUAUCCAUGCUUAGGUACCAGUGCUGGAAGGAAGGAUGUCCUGUUACUCCUGCUAAAAGCCUAAACACCUUGGCUUUUUGCUGCCUGUGGUAAUAACUGCUUGGUCUUCUACCAUUGCUAUUGGCUACUGUUUCACAUGCCUGCCAACCUAGCAGUUCAAAAGCACGUCAAAGUGCAAGUAGAUAAAUAGGAACUGCUCUGGUGGGAAGGUAAACAGUGUUUCCGUGUGCUGCUCUGGUUCGCCAGAAGCAGCUUAGUCAUGCUGGCCACAUGACCCGGAAGGUGUACGCCGGCUCCCUCGGCCAAUAAAGCGAGAUGAGCGCUGCAACCCCAGAGUCGUCCACGACUGGACCUAACGGUUAGGGGUCCCUUUACCUUUACUGUUUCACAUGAGCACACAGCUACCUCUGAUGGAACUUAAUCAGAGCAGAUUAGCAUCACAACAGUGAAAAAUGGUCUUGUGCACAUAACUAUACACUUUUCUUACUUAUAUAGUCAACUAGAUCAUUUUCCUCCCGUGUUGUACUUCUGAGGAUAACAGCAAGAGUAAGAGUUAUGGUUGGGGAAACUCAUAAAUCUAAUGGCAAAGUUGGAUUGUGAUUUCUCCAAAAGAAUUAGGCUGCUCUGAUCCCAUAGCUUUUGCUUUUCUGAAUCCUUACUUGGGAGCAGGCCUAUCUUGGGGAGGACUGGAAAAAAAGAAUGAGAAAGUGAUGUCAUGGCUUGGCUGGGCUCAGUUGUUGGGGCAGCGAAGGCUGGUUUAUAAUGUAAACACUGUUAAAAUGUUUAUCGUUGGUUUUGUCAUUUUCCUUAUUUGUCGAGUAAUCUUGAAGAGAAUGAAAGGUUUUCUGGUGCAGCUUAGUGACUGGAGAGAUUUCCAUAAAAAGGCACAGACAUUGCUUUGAGGAGCAGAAAGGUUUCUCAGUUGGCAAUGGCAAGUGAGGCCUGACCUUUUACAGGGAGAAAAUAUUGACCUAAAUCAUUCCCUAUCGGGGAUGGGAAAGCAAUCUCAGUCUCCUGCAACUUGCCACUAUAAUUUUCUUGCUUAAUUGUACAUACUUCUGUGCAGCUGAGUGUGAAAAGAUAAAUUUCAUAAGCAAGUAUUAAUGCGUUUAGUGGAAUUUUAAGGAGGGUCUUGUUUGCCAGAGUUCAUAUAUGCAUCUAGCUGCCUUAUUUGUCACUGUUACAAAGUUUAACCCACCAGAAUUGAGUUUGAUAAUAUCUGACAUCAUCUAAGAGGGAAAAGAUAUUUUUUGCAUUAGUUCUCUGUGUGGCUUAAUGAAGCUCAGGAGUAUCAGAGGACAGAGCAGGUUUCUUAGUUUAGUUCCUUUCACAGUCUCUGUGCUUUGUACUGCCCAUUUCUCUCCCAAGCUCAGAUUUAUUUAUUUAGUUAUAGAAUCAUAGAAUUGUAGAGUUGGAAGGGACACCAAGGGUUAUCUAGUUGAACCCCCUGCAAUGCAGGAAUCUCAACGAAAGCAUCUCAACAGAUGCCCACCACCUCUCAUGGGAGUCUGUUCCACUGUCGAACAGCUCUUACCGACAGAAAGUUAUUUCCAGUUUUGUGUUGGAAUCUCCUUUCUUGAACUUGAAUCCAUUGGUUCAAGUCCUAUCCUCCAGAGCAGGAGAAAACAAGCUUGCUCCGUCUUCCAUGUGACAGCCCUUUAGAUAUUUGAAGAUGGCUAUCAUAUCUCCUUUCAGUCUCAUUAUAUUUAUAUCGCACAUCUUCUGUGAACCACACUGAGAUCUUGUGAUGAAGUGUGGUAUAUAAAUCUAAUAAAUAAAUGAUAACAAUCUUCUUCCAAAGGAACCAGGGAAAACAUAUGAACACUAAAACAAUACAAUUAAAACUUCUGGGGGAGGGGAACAGUUAAAAGCUUCUAAUCAAUAGAAAAAAAUCUUUAAAUUUGGUCUCAUUAAAUUGGUUUUGGCCAAAUCCUGAUAUAAACACCAGCAAUUUGUAACUUGUUCAUCCACCUGUACUAGCUUGGCCUUUCCUUUCCUUUUCCCUUCCCUUCCCUGACAGAGACAGCAGGUAGGUCUACCUCCAGCACUGACCCCCACACACCAGGAACCGGGGUGGGGACCUCCUUGCACAUUGUGUUGCUUGGCAGAAAACUUUGCCACAGCAGCCAGAUAAAAUGAGGAUGCUGGACUUGGAGGGAAUUGUUCCAUCACACUCACCGUGGCAUUGCACACUUGGUAGGACCACAAAUGAAUGCAUAAUUGAUCUCAGAAAUAGAUGAGAUUUUUUGUAUGAAUGAAAUAUGAAAAUUGCUUAAUUUUGUCAAGUCUAGUUCUAAAUUGAGCUGGAGAAUGUGUGCUUCACCUAUCACUAGUUGUUCAGUCUGUUUUCCUUUAUUCAAUGAAGUUUUGAAAUAAUUUUGCCACUAAGGCAUAAUUUAUAAAAUAGUAAUAAUAAUAUUUAAAAACUGGAAAACUUACUUUCUACUAUAUAUAUCAAACUGCUCCUUUCAGGGUGCCCCACAUUACAGUCAUACCUCGGAUUACAGACGCUUCAGGUUGUGUGUUUUUGGGUUGUGCACCACGCCGAACCCAGAAGUACCGGAACAGGUUAAUUCCGAGUUUCGGCGCAUGCACAGAAGCGCCAAAUUGCGACCCACACAUGCGCAGACGCAGCGCUGCGGGUUGCGAACGUGCCUUCCGCACGGAUCACGUUCGCCACCCGAGUGUCCACUGUAAAUACAUACAUACAUACACUCUCUCUCUCUCUCUCUCUCUCUCUCUCUCUCUCCCUCUCCCUCUCCCUCUCUCUCUCUCUCCCCUUCUCUCUCCUCCCCCACCCUUUCAUUAAAUGUGGCACAGUGGACCACAAGUGGAAGGCAUUAUAUUUUUCUUAGAUUUUUACUCCAUUUUUUCCUCCUUCGUUUCUUUGACUUUGUCUCGUUUGAUUGUUAGAAACCAGCUGUAUGUUCAUAAAGCAGCUGUACGGGCGGAAACCUGGGUUAUUUUAUGUGUGUUGUAUAAGCCUGUUACAUGUUUUUACUUACACAAAAAGUAAUAAAAUACUUGGAACAAGGAAUUAAGUAUUCUGCUAAGCAAGUUGAUGCAACUGCCAAAGGCUUGUGAACUUAGCUUUUCAAAGUGAUUAGUCAAAGAAUUGUAGAAUAUACAGGCGAUCCUUUAUCAGAUUCUCUGCUUCUGAAGUCUCUUUUUACUAUGUUUAUUUAAUAUUUACUAUCACUGUAAUAUUUGCUCAUAAAAUAACAUCUUUCAAAGAGAACAUAUCGACUAAAACAACAGUAUGACAUGAGAAUGGUGGUGGUGGUUUUUUGUUUUGUAUUGCCAUACAAUGUUUACUGCGCCUGGAAACUGCAACACAUUUUUCAAUCAUCCUGCUGUGGUUUGAUGAUUUGUUUGCUUUUAAAAUGAGUUUCGUUUUGUUAAUGCCUCUGUCUGUUCUUGAGGGGCAAGAUAAAGAUCUGUGAUGUUCUUAGAAAAGCCAUUUGGCUCCCAACACCAACAGCUUGGAGUUUAAAACCUGUGAGUGUUCAUACUGCUUGCUCGCUACACAUCUAUAGAUUCACAGUUGUAGUCAUAAGUUGCUUCUGGUGAAUGUUUGUGAGAUAGAAGCCACUCCUCCUAUUAGUUCUCUUUGAAUCAAGAAAGCUCAGAGGAGAGAAGGCUACCUCACUCUUUGUGCCUGGGUGGAGAGCCUUUCUUUAGGCCUCUCACAUCUACAGAGCCUUGCAGAAGGUAAAAAGCUGUCCAUGCCAACUCCCCAACCCCAGCAAUUCAGACACAGGUAGCCAGAGCCCUCCACCCAUAUUGAAUCUUCUAUGUCAAUUAGGAAACAGGUGCAAUGGUUGCAGUGGGGCAACCAUAAACAAUAAAGGCUGGCUACCAGGUCCAGUCUAGACUUGUGGACCUCACUGAGUCUCUUAGGAGUUAUCAAGUUUGGCAAAAGAAAUAGCCACAUCACACUUGUCUAUCAUUGGCCACUAUAUACCUCUGUUAACAGGCCUUGAAUGUGAAGAUUCAGAAGCAGUUUGGUUCAUUACUAUCCCUUGUGCAUUAUUUCACAUGAUGACCUUAACUCCAUUACUUCUUUCCUUUCCUUUCCAGACUGUCAGUAUUUGAAUAGACCACAUCAUGCGUGAAUACAAGCUAGUGGUCCUUGGCUCAGGUGGCGUUGGGAAGUCUGCUUUGGUGAGUUGAGUCUUGAUUUUUUUAAUCGUCAUGACCAUAAUCAUACAAAUAAUAUUAUUAAAAAAGCAGUCUUGAAAUGCUUGACCCUGGGUGUUAAUGCCAUAAUUAAUAAUUUGCAUUCGACGUACAAAGCAAAGAAAUCAAUGACUUUUACUAGGUGUAAGUAUGGCCUGGAAAAAGCUGGCCUGAGCUUGAUGUUGGGGAAUUCUAGAGUUAAGGGUGGCAGUGACUGGGAGGGUUUCUUUGAAUUCUGCAGCCAGAAAAGCCUGCAAUCUAUGAUUAGACUAUUUAGGUGAGGGAUUUCCAACUUCCAUUUACUAGGGGGCUACUUUAUUCUCUAAAGUGCUUUGGGGAACUAAAACGUGUGUUGUUAUGUACAAGCUGAUACCCUCAUGAGAUUGCCUCCAUAAAUAUUUUGUGUUGUCUAGCAGCAAUGACAUCUAAAUUAUGAUGUACAUAUGUUCAGAUAUAGCAUUACAAACGCAUAUAGAUGUAGAUAACGCAUAUAGCAUCCAAGGGAUAUCUACAGUGCCUUGAAAGUUGAGAUUUUACUACUUUUCCUCGCAAGUGAAAUUUUAUACAAACCCCUCAGCAGGCCUUGAUUAAAAUCAGGGAGGGGCAUCAGGACCAAAUAAAAUUGGGCUGUGGCUUGCAACUGGCCCAGAGGAAACCACUUGGCUAUCCCUAGUUUAGGUCAGUUUGUCUAUCUCUGCAUUUUUUUUGUAAAAUGUACACAUUUUGCUCUACGUUACUCCACAAAACGUACAGUGUUGGGCUUUGUAAAACAGUCACCUUGGGAAUAGGGAUGGGCCUUGAUUAUGUGGCACAAGAAAGGAUUAGGACUUCUGCUGAGAGCUUGUUCAACAACUGGCCAUGCUGUUCAGGCUCCUUUUUAUUACACAACAUAGUGGAAAAACAGAUUCUGAUUAAGUGCUGAUCUCUAGGAUUCUGGAGAGGUUAUGAGUUUCGCUUGGAAUACACUUUUUUUUUAGCUUUGUAGUGUAGUCACAGCCCUGUAGCUUUCUAGACUUUGCAACUUGUGCUCUGGCUAACUGUGUCUGAAUUGCUGGAGCUGAACUAUUGUAGAAAGUUUUAAAAUACCACAUUUUUAGAUGCUGGUAAACAUCGCUGGCUAUUUUAAAUUAGACGCCUUCAAAUUACUGUUCCUCUGUGUUUGCUCUUCUCCUGUUUUUAAGCAGCCUUAAAUAAAGUGAGACGUGUGGGGAGCUGGGCUUCAGAGAGGCAAUAAAUUCCAUGUGGUGUAGGUUCUUGUAGCAUUCUGUGGCUGAUGGUUUGCCACUCUCUGUGACAUUGAAAUAGGCAUGCAGACUAAAAACUGCCAUGCCAGGAUGGGGAUACCAUUUUUAGUGGAUGCCCACAAUAUGCUUUAAAAUAAUAAAACCAGAAUGAGAGAACAACCUACACCUAAUGAGCACAUGUGUCUUUCCCCAAAAGGGCUUAUGCCAUGGUGACAAAGCAAGUGAGCAAAGCCAAUUUGGCCACUUACUAGCUGUGGACUUGCUGGGUGGCUCUGGAGCAAGAUGUUCUCCUUCGCUAUUUUUGUGGGGGUGGGUAAUAGUGAGAUGAUGGACAGAAAUACUUAAAAUUGUACAACACUUUCCUCUGUACUCUUAACAGCAAAAUUCAAACUGUAAAGCAAUACGAAUAAAGGCCUUUGAUAACACUGGUCAACAACAAAUUUGUUGUCUGCGUGUUUUCAGCUGAUUUAGGAUGAAUCUGAUGCGCUGAAUCCAAAAAUCACAUUGGUUUUGCUCAAUCAGGUCAAGUUUUUGAGCUACGGCCACAUGUCUUUUUUUACGUUUUUGUUCACAUGUACGCUUGUGUGGAGCAUUUUAGAAGAAGUUGGUGGGGGUAAAAUGCCUUGUCAAAUAAUUGUUUUGAUUGGAAAUGAUUAUUUUAAUGACAAGAAGUAUUCAGGUCCGAUAGUUCUGGGUGAUUAUGUCGAAAAGGGAUCAGUUUGAAGUCAUAAAACCUCAAAAUCUUCCAUAAAUUGGUCCAGCAAAGCAUAAAGUUGGGGGAUCAAAACUAAGUUAAUGGGGCAGCCGCCCCACGAAGUAUCCUGAUCUUCAAUCAGCACGUCGUCCUGUAGCUCAUUGUGAUGAAAUUCCAGUGCCUAUCUUCGGAGAACUUCCUGACAUUAGUGAUGAAGAUGCCUCCAGUGUUGAAGGACAUGAAGAAGAAGAAGUGGUUCUUGAAGAUGAUGCUCCACAUCCAUUUUCCCAAAAGGAGUUGAAUGAUCUAGUUCGCGACCUCAGCUUGUCAAAGGACUCUGCCGAACUGUUGGCAUCCAGAUUGAAGGAAAAAAACCUCUCUGACAGUGCUCGCAUCAGCUUCUUGCGCAACAGGCAUCAAGAGUACUUCCGUUUUUUCUCGGAAGAGAAGGACUUGGUGUACUGUGCAGAUAUUGCACAGCUUCUGCUCAAGCUUGGAGUGCCACAGUACGAACCCAAAGAUUGGAGACUGUUCAUUGACAGCAGCAAGCGAUCACUGAAAUGUGUUCUGCUACACAACCGCAUCCAGUUUGCCUCUAUACCCCUGGCUCACUCGAGUACACUGAAAGAGAACUAUGAAGCGGUGAAGUAUGUGCUGUAGAAAAUUGGUUAUGAUCAGCAUAAGUGGUUUAUUUGUGUUGACCUGAAGAUGGUGAACUUUUUGUUGGGACAACAGUCUGGCUUCACCAAGUACCCAUGUUUUCUGUGCAUGUGGGAUAGUAGGGACCGUGCUCAGCAUUACACGAAGAAGGACUGGCCUGUGCGGGAGGAAUUGGUGCCUUGCAAAGAAAGGAACGUCAUCAACGACCCUCUGGUGGACAGAGACAGAAUACUCUUCCCACCGCUGCACAUCAAGCUCGGCUUAAUCAAGCAGUUCACCAAGGCUCUGGACAAGGAUGGUGACUGCUUCAUUUACUUGUGCCAGGCUUUUCCAGGAUUGACCAUGGAGAAGUUGAAAGCUGGCAUCUUUGACGGUCCUCAGAUCCGUCAGCUCAUCAGAGAUCCAGAGUUCGGAAACUCAAAGAACGAAGUGGAACUGGAAGCGUGGAAGGCAUUUGUUCUGGUAGUGAAGAACUUUCUUGGCAACAUAAGGCCAGAAACUACGCAGAACUUGUCAACAACAUGCUGACUGCUUUCAGAAACCUGGGCUGCAACAUGAGCGUCAAGAUGCACUACCUAUUUUCACAUAUGGACCGGUUUCCUGAGAACCUGGGUUCAAUGAGUGACGAGCAGGGGGAGAGAUUCCAUCAGGACAUGAAAGAGAUGGAGACCAGGUAUCAGGGUCGCUGGGACGCAGUCAUGAUGGCUGACUACUGUUGGACUCUGAAGAGAGACCUCCCUGCCGCUGAGCAUUCCAGGAGUUCCAAGAAACAGAAGGUCAAGCCCUGAAGUUUGAAAAAUGGUGAAGCAACAUGCAAUUUACGUGUACUUACCUUUAUCAAUGCCCACCAUUCAGUUUACAGUAAACCUGACCUGAUGGAGAGAAACGGAUGCCAUUUCCUGAUUCAGCAGUGCAAAAAUACCCUAAAUCAGUUGUAGAAAUCUAGACAACAUUCAAAAAGUAAAAAAUUGUUGCCCAGUGUAAUCUUUGGACUGCUGCAGCACUCCUGGCUAACUGAGUUGGUGGGAGGAUGAUCUCGUUUGUGUCUUCACAUUACUCUUGGUUAAGCAUUUCAUGUAGAAUCCAUAGGCAACAAAUAGAAAUUCAAGGUGCUCCUGGAAAGUUCUGACAGGAAUGUGGAACUGUGGUUGCUGACUUAGAAAAGGAGUUUGAUUUAUUGCACUUCCUAGAUGGGAUAGCAAAUGUAGUGAACCAAAAGUCCAUUCCCGAGUUGGCAACCGCAGUUUGAAACCCACAUUCCCGUCUGUCCACUUUCCCAAACAUAAAAUGAGUACGAUUCAAUUUGAAAGUGUCUUUUGAAUAAAUAAUAAGCUCCUCUGAAUUAAAACCCUCUUCAUCUGAUGUCUGAAGUGCUUCUCCUCAGUUGUCACAUGUGUGCCUGUCAAAUAUAAUCUUACACAAAACACCUACUAUGAAAAGGUCAUCACAAUAGAAGCAUCAAGUUACAGAACUUGUGUGUGUCUAUAUAGGCAUACACACUAAACAUAUAGGGGGAGUCUAAACAAAACAGUGCAAAGAGUAGCAUUAAGUCUAUCACAUUUCUAUGCACCAGCCUGCCUCUAAGAUAUUUUCUGAAAGAUAGUCUCUUUGUGGUCAGCUUCAGUGUAUCCUGACUUUCACUAACUGGUUUAAGAGCAUUAAAAAUGGCAAUGCCUGAUUGUAAUCAUUUAUUUACUAAUUUAGAGAGUUAGGAGGUUGUUCUAAAUAGAAGAAGGGUAUAUAGUGGUACCUCGGGUUAAGUACUUAAUUCGUUCUUAACCUGAAACUGUUCUUAACCUGAAGCACCACUUUAGCUAAUGGGGCCUCCUGCUGCUGCCGUGCCGUCGGAGCACGAUUUCUGUUCUCAUCCUGAAGCAAAGUUCUUAACCUGAAGCACUAUUUCUGGGUUAGCGGAGUCUGUAACCUGAAGCGUAUGUAACCUGAAGCGUAUGUAACCCGAGGUACCACUGUAGUUGGUAGUUGAUGCUUUAAAGUGGAUACAUGAGAAUGAUGGGUAAUGGAGCUCUUUGUGAUGACAGAGCUGAAACCCAGGGUUUGCCCCUGGGUGGUCAGUUGAUGCUGGUGAGUGGCUAGUUUAGAUUGAGUAGGGGUUGUUGGUAAGGAAAUACAGAUGUACCGUCUAAGUCCUAUAAUAUGAUUCAAUUUGCCCAAAUGGGCUGCCAUCCAUCGAUAGGUUGGAAUGCCUUUAUCUGGCAACUGGAUAGCUCAGUUGGUGAGACUCUUAAUCUCAGGGUUAUGGGUUCAAGCCCUGUGUUGGGGGAAAUAUUCCUGCACUGCAGGGGGUUGGACUAGAUGAUCCUCCUGGUCCCUUCCAACUCUACAAUUCUGUAAACUGUAGAUGACAAGUGAUGUUCUGUCUCUUUCUUUGCUGUCCUGCAAUAGUUGGAUUUUGCUGAAAUCUGUUUUGGCAAUGUUGGAAUAAGACCUACUAAUGCUAGCCAUAACAUCAGGGGCUCAUUCACAAUUGCAUAUUCCAAUAAGAUAUAAGCCUUCGCCUGCCAAUAUCUUCUUCCUGUUGGGAUGAGUAAUUAUUGGAUGUAGAAAUAAGAAAUCAUUAUGACUGUCUCCAACUGAACUGAGGGCAAUGGAGGUUAAGGCAGUCAGGACUAAGAACCAGUUAAAUGAGGUGAAGGUUGCUAUGACAACAGCUUACCUGGUAGGAAGUUAUUGGGAAACCAAUAAUUGACAACAGCUUAUGUUUGUGUAGCUGUCCAUUCGUAGAAGAUUUUGGUUUCUCUCAGGCUCUCAUAUCUCCAGAUGUUCAGUUCCCCACAUUUCCACAUCAGUUUGCAAUUAAAAUGAAAGUCUUCAUGAAUAUGCCUAUUUUCUAUGCAGUUUUGCCUAAUAUAUACAUUUUUGCAAAGCGAUUUCUCCUAUAUAAUGCAUUUUUGUAAAUUUUCACUAAUAUAUGCAUUUUAAAGCACACUUUGCCCCCAUUGCAUGCAUUUUUGUACACAUUACUUUGCUGAACAAUUACACUACAAAAUUUGGAAAAGUGCAUUUUAAUUUAUUUUUUUUAAGGCUGUGUUUUGGUCUGUGGACCAAACUGAAUUUCUUCCCUAUCUGUACGUAUCUGUACAAUGCAGAUGUGUUGGCCAGGACAAGGCAGAUGCUUAUGGUGUUCAGUGUUCACUGUUUCCACUGCUGUGGCAAAGCACUGUGUACUCAAGUUGAGUAUUUUGCAUAAGAACUUACUAAAUCACAGACGCUCUGCCUUAAAGCUACACUUGAUUAUUUACCUGCAAGUUUUUGUUGCUUCUGGUUGUGUCAUUCACCAUGGCUGACAAGUGUACUUGGUUUUUCUGCAGCCAUGGUUGGAAUCCUGCGCUGUGAUAUCAAGCUUCUUAAUGAGAAGCUGACUUGAUAGUUGCUUUGAUUAGUAUGCUGAAUAAGGACAUCCUUUAUUAGUGGUAGGUUUUGCUUAAUCUUCAGGGGAAUAGAAUGUUUUGCUGGGCAAGCUUUACAUAUCUUGUCAUUUAUUUUAAUUCAGGAAGACAUUCUGUGCACAUUCCAGUAGCCAUGUUGGUCUGUUGCUGCCAACACACAAAGAAUCCUUUAGAAGCCUAAUGUUUAUUAUAGCAUAAGCUUCCAUGGACCAGGGACCACUUGAUCAGAUGCUUAAAGUGUUAUUCUCAGCUGGCAGGUACAUAUGCACAAGAGAAAAUGUAAAUGGUCAGGUGAGCGGGAAAUGCAGAGCAAUGCAAAACACAGUGCCAUUAAAUAGUCUAACCAUUCACAACACCAGUAGCUGAUAAUGACAUCACCAAUGUUAGGAUGCUUGUUGUAUUAAUACUUGCCCAUGCCAAAGAUGACGAAAAUGAAGUUCUCGACAUUUUGCAGUUCAGCAUUUUCAUUCUGAAGUAGGCAGGUAUACCCUCGUUCAAUAAUGUCUCUAAGUUCAGGUGAACAAUAGUGGGACCUGAGAGAUUAAAAUAUUCUCUGUCCAUUUCCUGAGUAUUGGCAUUUCUGAGGUCGUGUUUAUGCCUAUAUAUUCUUGAUGAUAAUAGGCUUCUAUCAUCUGCCAGCAAUGCCUUCCUGUUUUCUACAUUAAGACAAACAAGUAAGUCUUGAUAUAAAAGAAUAAACUUAAAGCAAAGAAGGCACUGGUUGAAAAUUUAAGAGCAAGCAGUCCCAUAAUUUGGGCACUACCAUCUUGAAGACCCUGUCUUCAGUCUGCCCCUAUGGGCCAGGGGUGCUUGGAGAAGAUCUUGACUGACAGCUUCCUGUUAUCCCUGGUUCCUAUACAUGCAUUUGAAGUAGCUGCAUGCAACUGAACUAUGGGUUACAUUCAUUCUAGCGCUAAUGAGAUUGUUCUCUCCGGACAAGGUUUUCUCCAUGCCUGGAAGAACAAUAUUUCCUCUCCUCCCUCUGCACACAGUUCUGGGGGUUCUUCUGAACCUCUGGAGCAGAUUUGGGGAGGGUGUGGUGGGAGGAGACAGGAUUAAGUCCCAUUGCAUUAACAGGAUUCCUUGCGCUGGUUUUUAUUGCCACAGAUUAGUUGACUACAACCCUAUGUAUGUAAAACUGAAGUAAUCAUAUAUUAUGUCCUUGUUCACACCUUCCUUUCCCUUUUUUGUUUCCCUUUGCCAAUUUUUAAAAAUUGCAAGCUCCUUGAGGUGGGAGACCAGUGUUACUUCCACUCUGUAAAUCACCAUACAUGCUGAUGGCGCUGUAUAAAUAACAAAUUCCUGCUUCCAGAUGCUUAUGCUACAAAAAGCUAAUGUUUAAAGUACUUCGGGGCUCUUUGUAUUUUCUCAUAGGCAUUUUUAUUUUGCCUUAGUAUCUGAAAGACCUGAUGUGAUUGAUAAAUUACUUGUUUGCUCCUAAAGGGCAUGUGAAAUACAGAAUGUUCUGAGUAGUUAAAUAAUGUACUCUUAUUUAGCAGACUGAGGGAGGGCCGUCUUUGUACAUAUAGCCUAGCAGCUUCCUGCGUUUAAAACGUAAGUGAGAUCUCUGUGGCUUUUUAACCAUUUGCAAAUGAGAUUAAAAUCUGCAGGUUUCUUUGAAACAUUUUGUUAAAAAAUGAGAAAUGAAUAUAAGAAACAAGAAUAAUGAAAUCUGUGUUGCGUUGUCAAUAAAUGACUUUUGGGUUUUCUGCGGAUUGACUUUUGCUCUGAUAGAGCUUUAAAGAGCGGGUUUUUGCAGAGAAAGCUGCAGAGCAAAAAAAGGGGCGCUCAUACAUGGAGCUUUAACUAGUAAACUUUGUCUAGAAAGAGCGGAAUAAAGGUAAAUUUGGAUAAGCCCUUAGAUUAUAGGCUUUAGGCAAAACUAUCAGGUCUCCAUACCAUAUUUUGGUCUAAUCAUCACCCUCCUAACCUCCUUUGCAGUUUGAAAGGUUUGGGAUCAAUAAUAUCAUCCUGGGGUACCUUUAUAUAUGGACUUUCCAUUGCUUUCUGCAUUAGUAGAUGCCUUGAUCUUUUUUCUAGGAAGCAGUGUGUAGGUUGUGCUAGGCUGAAAGAAUGACUUUUGAAUAGUGCCUCCCUUCCUCCAUUGAACAUGAAAGCUAGAAAAUUGUUUUCUCCCUUGUUAAGAAAUCAUUGGAGCAUUCAGCACUCCCCCACCCCACAAAUACAAUGAUGCCUUUUGCAGAUAACUGGCCUUUCAAAAUCUGAAACCACUUAUUAGGAGCUAUAGUGCUUGUGUUUCUUGUCAUCAUGAGAAAAAUCCCAGCUUUGACCCUGAACAAAACAGGCUGUUGUUUAAAGGCUGUUUGCGAUUUCUUAGAGCCAGUAGCUGGAAAAGACAUUUGCACGAGUCACUGCAGAAAAGGUGGCUGUUACGUUUUUUAAAGGGAACUACUUGAUACCUGCAAGUGCACGUGUACACACUGCAAAAAUUGAUCACAUUCCACAGAAGGGCAGAAUAUUCUUGAGAACUAAUAAAGCCCAUUCAGCAGUCAAAAAUGGUCUUGGUAAACCUUUGUUGAGACCCUGUGUGUGCAUGCUGGUCUUGGGCAAAUCUGCAAAGCAGAUGGCUCACCUCCUAGUGGACUUCCGGGGGGGGGGGGGAUAGGGAUUGUUACAAUCUUGCAUUGCAAAAGGCCGAUGCAAUUUACAUCAUUGGUCUUGCUAAAUGCCUCGCAGGUAUUAGUUGGUUUAGAACCUCAUCCUCCCCCCUGACAGUGCUACAAGUGUUUAAAUAUAAUUAAACACGUUGUGAAUCUGAAGCACAGGAAUUGUUACCCAUGUUCAGUCACGUAACUGGGUUUUAGUUUAGAACCAACUUCAUAUAGCCUGGUUCACAUGUAAAAAUCAGGUCCUGGUUUGUAAGCCUUUUGGGAUGAGCUGCUGGUGGGCCACUGAACUGCAGGCAGCAACUUCUCAGCAAAGAACCUUCUGGCCAGGACAGGCAGGAAUAUAAGAGAACUAGAUAUUCCAGUUGAGCAACAAGGUCUUCCUAAAUUCUGUCAUGCCCCUGCAGUAUCUUGUUGCCCUUCGGCCUUAACUUCUGGUUUGCUUUUCUCUUCUGGUUUGUCCGUCCGGACAAUUUGAUUUUCCUGUUUCACUAACUAGGCAUCAGCUUGAGAAUAAGAUUGGGAGAACCAAGCGAAAUGUCUGUUCUUUGCAAAUGCUUUAUGCGAUUAGCCCGUUGAAUAACUUGAGUUGGAGGCAGCUGGCUGACCCUCUCUGUGUGUUCUUUUCCCUUUCUUGUUUUUCUUUCCAGACUGUACAGUUUGUUCAGGGAAUUUUUGUUGAAAAAUAUGACCCCACAAUAGAAGACUCCUACAGAAAGGUAAAGUAUGAUGCUGUGAUUUUCUCCACCCACUCUCAGAUCAGUAACUUUAAGACUCCCCUUGCCCAGUUGUUUUUUUUCUCUUGGUGUAGAAUUCAUGGCCUCCUCCCACAACACGAUCAGUUAUUAUUAGGAUCAUAUUCCUAAUAGUGUGUUGCUAAUUCUUCCCGAGAGAAUAAUUACACGAUUGUCCAUCCCAGGCCCCUCCAGAUGUCGUUGGACUCCAGUUUACAUCAGCCCACGCCAGCAUGGCCAACAACAGUUGUAGUCCAACAGCAUAUGGAGGACCACAGACUCUCUACCCCUGGUUUAUCUUGGGCUUGUUUUGUCUUUGAUAUAGAGAGGGCCAAAUCUGGAUAUGGACUGUGGCAUGGUAAAUUGGGGACAGCCCUUUCCCUAUGUCUUUUUCCUACCAAGAAUUACUCCAGAAACUGCUGGUUUCCCCCAAAAUUGGUACCUUCAGGGUCAAAUGGUUUCUAUGGCGGUCGUGGGUUCGGAAAGCAGCAUGGGAAAGAUGAAUCUUCCCCUGCUCCCUGAGUGCCGCAUUCCCAAUUCAAAGAGGGCCUCCCUGUGGUUGCGUUUCCUUUUAUUAUUAUUUUAAAAAGCACAAUCACUAAGCCCAGGACAGAGAAGUGUGGUCAGCACCAGUUGAGUCUGGGCCUGAUACACCAUCCAAAGCAUUCUAGAUAAUUGGGUCUAAUGCCAUGCAGCCUUCUUUCACAAUGCCAAACUAAGUGUAAGUCAAUUUUAAGCUACUUGCUGUUAAAAAAAAGCAACAUACUAAGUUUAAUAAAUAAUAACUAAGUAUUUUAAAUCAGUGUUUGCAAUUCCUUGGCAUCAGCUCAACACUUCACUCCGUUUUCAUAACAAGAUAUAAAUCAGAAGCCAAACGUUUUGGAUAACCCUAUGAAGUAGUGUUUUUAUUAUUACUUUAUUGUUGUUGCCCUGCAGUUUCAUUGUGGAUACUUUUAACUUAACCAUAAUAUUUGCAUGCAAAAGAUUCCAAGUUCAAUCACCUCUUGUACAGAUGGAAAAGACUCUUGUCUAAAGCUUUUUGGGAAGGCCCUGCCAGUCACAAUAGAUAAACUGAGCUAGGUGAAGCAAAGAUCUGGUUCAGUAUAAGGCAGCUUCCUGUGUUCCUAGAUUACAAGCACACCUACACAAAUAUUUCCUUGAUCAUAUUACAUGUCAGUGUUGUUCUAUUAAAAAUUAAAUACUUGCUUGACAUCCAUUUAGGUAUUAUAGUUCAGCGGCAGAGCACAUAUAGAAGGUCACAGUUUCACUCUCGGGCAUCUCCAGAUAGAUAGGGUUAGGAAAUAUUUCUGCCGGAAAUCUUGAAGAGCCUCUGACAGUUGUAUGCAAUACCGAGUUCAGUGGACCAGUGCAGUAAGUCUGUAGCUUCCUGCAUUCCUAAUGGCAGACAAUGGAUACUGGCAGGGAGGACUUGGAGACUGCUAGUGAAAGGACUGCUUGCUCUUUGGGUAUCUUAUCUCCUGCCUGCCACGUUCCAUCCUUUUGAAUGCAACCCUAUGUGUACAGUGGAAAAGCUCACAGUAAGGCUUGUUCACAUGUACACUGUACACAAGUACAAGCUGUCUGCACACAUGUACAAGUGUUUGUGUGUAUGCUCUUGUUGGUUUUUCUAAAUCCUGCUGAUUUGUACAGCUCAACAGUUGUGUACACAACACUUGCAUAAAUUCAUGGACUGUAACUUGUGCAUAACUCUGCAGCUUAACUGUUUGUGCACACAGGUGGUGCACUAGUUGUUUGUAAUGCUUAAAUGCCCCUAUUGCCAGGAGGUUAUGAGCAAGCAUUAAUUGAGUCUCUUCCUCCUGUCCCUUAAGGCUAUAAUGGUAUCUGUCCUUUAUUUGUCUUUCAGCAAGUGGAAGUAGACUGUCAACAAUGUAUGCUUGAAAUCCUCGAUACUGCAGGGACAGUAAGUGAGAUCUAUCCUGAAAUCUGAAAUGCUUAAUAUUUGAAGGGAACACUAAGAGUGACGCAAGACAUGGCUUUUAAGGGGGGGGGUGUCCAUCUCUUUCUUGCUUAUGUUAUGUGGCUAUAAAUAAACCAGCAUUUCUUGCCUUUUCUAUUAUUCCAAGUAGCUCCUUGCACGGUUUAUUGGGAACAAACUGAAACAUUGUCUUGGAAGUUUUUCAUUAGAACUUCAUAAAAUUUAAAAACAUUUUCAGAUUUCCGGCACUUUGAAGUUCUAACGAAAAACCCUCUUGUUGAACUUCUCUAUUGUUGAAAACAACAACAAAUUAAAACAUUAUGGCAGUUAAAGCUGAGAGAUAAAGUGUGCACGCUGCUAAACAACUUGUAAAACACAUGUACCGCUACAACUGCUGCCUUUAAGAGAGACUGUCUAUCUGCCUGGCUUUCUUGGGCGUCCGUCCUUUAAAGCUUAUAGUGGUUCCUGAUGUUCUGAAAAGAUUUCCCGAAAUCCUUCUGAAUCUAAAGACUGCUUCACAUCUUACGAUAGAAGUGUGUUUUAUUUAUCACUGUGCAUUUAGUAUUCUCCUCCGCAGCCUACAAUAUGCGAUCUGGGCUGGCUAUAUACUUUUUUCAUCCUGACUACACUGUGUUGGCCCAGGCUGCUGAUGCAUGUUUCAAGUGAGCUCUGGGUGUAUGAGCGAGAGAGAUGGCGGGGAAGGUGAGAGGGGAGGGGUAUGUGUUAAAAUACAUAGCUGCCUUUCGCAAUACAAGCAGAUACAGCCUUUGGUAAGGUGUGAAGCCGCCCUAAAUACUUCAAAGCCCUUGUUUUAAAUUUCUAACAUUGAAAGAAGGAUAUUUGAGAAAGCCAGUUCCUUUUAAAAUUAAAUUUAUUUUUUUCACUGGAUUUCUGCAAGAGCAAAGACUGGAAAUUUCCAGUUGCCUAUGACCUUUUUAUCCCUGUUUAAACCUGAACUUCUUAAUGUGUGUAUGUUAAACAGCUAAUUAAACUAAACAGCUAAUUCAUUUUUUUAAAAAAAAAUAUUUGAUUACAGGAGCAAUUUACAGCAAUGAGGGAUCUCUAUAUGAAGAACGGUCAGGGGUUUGCACUAGUAUAUUCUAUUACAGCACAGUCCACGUUCAAUGACUUGCAGGACCUGAGGGAGCAGAUCUUACGGGUCAAGGACACGGAAGACGUAAGUAAAUGGGUUAUUGCUUUUUGAACCAUUGGAAUCUCCCCCCCCCCAAAAAAAAAAAACCCUAAACAAGCCAGCAUCUGUUUUUUGCACAGUUAAUAAGAUGACUGAAGAACACUGUUCUAGAAUGUUUUGUAUGAUAUCAUAAAUUUCUCUAUUUAGAUAUUUUGGAGACUAUUCAUAUGGACAUUACUGGACGGUUAGUCAGAAAUGCUCAGUAUCCCAAACUGGGAUUGAACUCUGGAAAAGUUCAAGUCCCAUAAGAAGUGGCUUUUUAGUAGAAUACGCCAGUGUACAAGCCCAAUUCCUCCCGCUCAACCUUUUGUCACUGAAAUGGCUACAUAUGGUGCCAGGUUUUUAGAAGGCUCAGUAACUCCCAUUAUGACUUGCUGUUUAAAAUGGGUUUUGUGGCUCUUUGGUAGAGAUUUUGUUUCUGGCUGCCAUCAGGUGGAAAAACACAGUUUUCUAGUUGUGUGAUAAUCUGACUAAUCAAAAUAGCUGUGCUCAAAAGUCCAUACUGGUUUUUUCCUAAAGAAAAUAUUACAAACUUAAUUAGUAGACUAAAAAUCUUAGUACUAUAAAACUUCCUUUGCCGCACGAUAGUUUAAAUAUGCUUAGAUGCCUAGAAAGUGGAGGUAAUGUAAAUGUUUUAGUAUUUUAACUUGUGCAUAUUUUAAAGUGACUAACCUGUGACCCUCCUGCUGUUGUUGGUCUGCAUCUCUCAUCAGCCCCAGCCAGGAUGGUCAAUAGUCAGGGGUGAUGCAAGUUCGUUUGGGAACACAAGGGAACGGGGCACAGGUUAGCCACCUUGGCCUAGGUCCAUCUUUUACUGUAAUAUGUGAAAGACUUCCAGUUGGCUGGACUGAGCGCCAACCCAGGCAGCUGGCUUCCUAUAUGGUUUAUCACCUUUUAAGCAGGGAUUCCACCAGUAAUCAUGCAGAAGAUCUAUACCUGGAUGACUUUGCGGUCAAUCACUAUUGCACAUCUGUUAAGUGGCUAUGCAAUUCAAGCUGACGGGCUUUGCAUUAUGCUGUCAGUUCUAUGGCAUCAUGCUGUAGGUUGCGAUGUUGCGCAUGGAUGUUUUCAUUGUUUAUAGAUACCACCAUCACCACCACAUAUGUUAAGAACAGCCCUGUUUAAUCAGGAUCCUACCAAAUGUCCACCUAGUCCAGUUUUCUGUUUCUUAAGGCUGCAAUUCCUAAUAGACUUUCUAGGAAGUAAGUCUCAGCCCAUAUAGUGCAACGAGUGAAUGUGCAGGGUGGAACUGCACAAUGGGUUGGAUUCAGCUAAGUAGUUCUGCUAGCAGGAGCCGGCGCAAGGCCCCCACUAGUGCAAUGGGUCUUUUGCCCACCCACCCCAGUUGGCUCUUGGAGGGUUAGGAGAACCCCCAGAACAGCGCAUCAGGGAAGUAGAGGGGAGACUGUGUCAUCAGGUAAGCAGAAAUCUUGAAUAUUUUGUCUGAAUCAGUAGCAGCAAAUGCUGUCACAGAAGUUCGUAACAUCCAUUCGCACUGUAAAACCUGUGACCUAGCAAUUUAUUGUGCUAACCAGGAAGUGUUACUUUAGCAUCAGCUCUAGCUUACUCUUUUGAUUUGGGCUCUUUGUUAGUCCAGAAAAUCAGUGGACAGAAUUGGUAUGUCUGUCCAACCCAUUGCAUUCAGAUAGUUAUUCAUGAAAGAUCUCUCCAUAAAUGAAUAGGGAGCUACUAUCCAAUGUGUGUGGAUAGGAAGAUCUUAACUGUGUUUAAAAGUAGUUUAGCCACUUAUUUUUAUUCUUCAUGUCUUUGCUGAUCAUUAUCUCUGGCUUUAUUUUUCUCUUUUCCCGUAAUGUUUUUGAAACCCUCUUUGAUACACAAAUCUUGGUUACGUUUGUUUUUUUUAAAAGUAAAAAAAAAGUAAAACGAACAAUCUUUUAGAUGAGGGAUUAUGUUCAUCUUAGAAGCUGAGUCCUUUCUUAGCAUUUAAGUCAAAACGCUGUGGUAUGCAGCAACUUACAUUGUUUGAGGUUACACAUGUACCCUGUUUGAGGUCAAAUAAAUUAUACCCCUCAUUCUAACUACACUGUAGUUACUAUUUUUAAAAAACUUUUUGUGUUAAGUGAUAGCUUCCAGAUUUUAAUAUGCUAAAUGUUUUUCUCUCCUUGUUUUAAACGAAGUAUGGAUUUCAUUUCCCUUAUAAGGAUAGUAGCUUGUAUAGUAGCGGAUUUAACUACACCUGUUGGGGGGGAAAUCACAAGAAAUGUGUUUCUUUUUACCUGGAACUGAUCAUCCAUGAAUAAGAGAGUGUGCUCAGAAAUUUAGCAAGUAUUAGAACUGUUGCUAAUUAUUUAUAAACGAGAAGUAUAUGAGGUACUUUCCUUCUGGAAAGUGCAAACUUUGCUGUGCAUGUGUGUGUUUAAAAUGCUUAAGGAAACAGAAUGGUGUGCACACCCAUUAUCAGCAGUUUUCUGUGUGUAGUGCUUUUAGAUAGCUCAGGCGAAACAGGAUGUGUCUCUGUGCGUGUGUGUUCAGUGUUUGCAAUUAAAGUUUUAAUGUCCAGCACGCUGCCAAACAGUUCAAAAUAAGAACAUAAGGAUUGCAUAGCUGUCUUUGCAUUUCAUGACUCUGAGGCCCCAUUUCUGGAGUUGAGAAGGCAUUUAUUGCCUAAGCAGGGCAAAUCACUGGGGCCAAUACAUACAACGUAUUUCUUGGGAAGUGAUGUACAUCCUGUUGUAUAAAUUAUGUUGAGUUGAAAAGUAGCUACUGCCUAUCUGAGGGUUUGAAAUGUCAACUCUGUGUUGUUGUAGAAACUGACAUUAAGGUAAGUGCUUGUGGAAAUAGAUUGUGUGUCAAUGAACCUUCCAGACUGUGGUAUCUCCAUUUCUUUGAUAGUUGCCAUGAGACGGUUUAAUUAUCAGUGUGAUGUAGCCAUGGUAAAGACGGGUACAAAAUGGUUUGUUUGCUUACUUUCUUGCAGGUACCUAAUGCAUAAUUCAGUCAUUUAUCCUCAAAAUGUACUUUGGAGUUCUACUUUGCAAGGAAUAUAGGGGUUUUGUGUCCAAAUAAUACAGAUUUAUGGCACAGUUCAUAUAUAUAUAUAUAUAUAUAUAUAUAUAUAUAUAUAUAUAUAUAUAUUUCGUAUUCAGUGAUGGGGCACUAGCCUGAUCCCCAAUUUCCCCAACCUUCAAAGCCAACUUUGACAAGUGGGUAGGUUCAGCCGCCUGUCAAUCUCCUAUUAUCAUAAUGAUGUCAGGAGAUUGACUUCUGUUGAAGUUCAAAGUGGAUCACUGUAACCACUGAUCUAUACCCUCCUUUAAAGGUACACUGAUUGCAACUGGGAAUGCGCCUUCAGAGGGGCUAGUUCUGCUUCCUCAAAUCAAACCUUUCCCACCCUUUGCAGAGGAAGAAAGCUUCAUUUUAGGAAGUCGUUUGAAAGCAGACUGCUUCAAACUGAGACAAUGACCCACCUCAGUGUGUCAAUUUGAGUGGCGCUUCCUCUUGGCACCAAUCAGCCGUUCAUGGCUGACAGGGAGCUCAACUUGCAAAAGAACAAUUGAGACCUCACUUUAAGUUCCCAAUUGUUUCUUUGUCACAGCAAUAGUACCUGUCCCACCCCUGAUGACACAUGGGAUGUCAGGUGUGAGGCGGAUGGACAUGGCUUUUGGAGAACAGCUAUGGAAGGUUCCCUAUUGCUGGUGUUAGACAGUUUUUGAAAAGUUCAGAUUCUGCCUUUUCAAUAUGAUGAAACUCCUUUUUUAAUGCAUUCAUAAAUUUCUCACAUUUUUGUUUCUUGAAACAUGUUAUCAGUAGCAAGCGAUAAUGUGUAAUCAAUCUGUUAAGCAAGAGCAUGAAAAACUAAGAGUAGAAAAUUGCUCCAGAUGUAACGGGGGGGGGCAGGGACUCCUUCGUUCUAGAGACUGCUAACGUUGGUCAGCGAGUAUUUUUGCAGGUCUGCUCAGACUAAGCACACAGCUUUGAAUGCCAUCUAUUAAUAACUCUCUUAUUCUUUCUGUGCAGGUUCCCAUGAUUCUGGUUGGCAAUAAAUGUGACCUGGAAGAUGAACGUGUAGUGGGCAAAGAACAGGGACAGAACUUAGCAAGACAGUGGUGUAACUGUGCCUUUCUAGAGUCAUCUGCAAAGUCGAAAAUCAAUGUUAACGAGGUAACUAUUGGUUAAUCUUUCACAAGGCAGCACACAACCCCUUUUUAUAGGCUUGGGUUUGUGUAUAUAUGUAUGUACACCAUCCCCUCGUGUAAAUAUUCCUAUAGUCCUCUUGGACUGAACAUUUGCGCAAAUCGAAAGCCUACGUUUCGGUGGAUCCUUUCUGAAGGCUCGCAUAAAAGAUGCUGUUUUCGCAUCCCCGCCGUUGUGCUGUUUUGGUGACUGAAGUGCAUUUGUGCAGAGCGAGAUGCCCAGUGCAAAACCUGAGCCAAAACCUGCCGGGUAUCGGUGUUCGCUUUUCUGAUCUGUCAAUAUGUGAUUCACUCUGCUAUUGUGUCACCUUAGAGAAAACUAAUCCCUUAGCCGAGAGCUCUUCCUCAAUCAUUCUGAACGCUGCUUUACUGUGGAACUAAAUGUGGUGCGUGAGUGGUCAUGUUUGCAUGCUGAGCACCUGUGCAAAUAGGUGUGCCACGCACUGCAUUUUAAUCUCGCAAGACCCAGAGUUCAAACUGGAGCUGUGUCACUUAGAAAAGUGCAUUAUGCAAGCUCAAUGCACCUAAACGAAAGGCAGGCCGUGUAGUUUCUGUUAGGUAAGCAGUGUAGGGCAGAUGAAUCUCUGCAAAAAGCAAGGCAUAAAAGACGAGAAACUCAAGUAAUAGAGCAAAAAAAGUCAGAACGGCACUGAUUGGAAUGAGGAAAGUUUGUAGGGCUAAAAAAAGGGGGGCAUUUAGCGCUAAUAUGUUUGGUAGCAGUGAAAAUUGUUCCCCAUUUCAAGUCUCUUUUAGAGCGGGUGAUCUGAAAGUCUUGUCUGUUUGGAGCAAGGGCAAUUAGUGAAUCGAUUGGCAGGGAUUGCGCCCAUGACCAAUGAAGAAAGCAUCAUGUUCUGGAUCGGUUUUGUUUGCCCACAUUAGCAUUGCCCCACAGUCAUGUCUCGAUUAGCUGAGUCGUGUCAUGUCCCCAUCGCAUUCACUACAUGGUCUCUGAUUGUAUGGGCUCAUAUUGGGUCGAGAGACACUCUUCUCCUAUCUCCCCCCUCCAUGUUGCCCAAACAGGGUGACAGUGAGGAAACAGCAGUGAACAGGUGUAAAAAGCUGGCCAUUGUGUGUUUGGUGUGGAGUAGGAAUAUUUUCUUUGCCCUGCUUUCCUGCUCUUGAUAUUUUUAGCCCCAAAGUACAAGUAGGAGAUCAUUUAAUGCAGUCCUAGAAGCAUCCGCUGGAGUGAUUCUCCCCCUCCCCAGUGAUGAAACCUUCUGAACAAGCUGCGAAUCACAUGAGCUCUUGUGAUACGUUCAAGUACCUAUCAUAUAUAAAACAAUUUCCAGAGGAACUGUUGAACAAGUCUUCAAGGUGCCACAAGAGACACUUUGUUUUAUAUAGCUUAUAUGAGAAGUCAGCAGCACUGAAGUUGAUGACUGACUGGGUGCUUCAUUUGACAGUACGUAGCAUCUGCUUCCAAAUGACUGAGAACUGCCCUGGGCAGCAGAGCUGCUUCACGAAGGCCCUUUAGGAAGGGAACACAACUUAGUUAGCUGUUACCUGAUGAAAUAGUAGUUGUGGGGCGGGGGGGGGGGCUAGACCCUCUUCUGCCCCAGCUAGGGUGAAUGCCAUUAAAGAAGUGUCUGAAAUAAUAAUAAAACGUAAUCACUAUAGGCCAGGCUUCCUUAACAUGGUCCCUACAGCUGCAGUAAUCCCUGAUGGAUUAUUGUUGGAGAGGAUGGGAGUUGUAGUCCAAAACAUCUGCAGAGCCCCAGGUUGGGGGAAGGCCGCUGUAGGCCAAUGUUCUUUCACUUUGGAUUCCUGGAAGUUGCAGAACUACAGUUCCCAUCAUUCCCUGCCUGCUUAUCCCAAAACACACAGAGCCUGGUUUUCUCUAACCACCAUUACCUCUUUCAGAUAACUGAGCUAACUAGGCUGUGUUCAUUUUGUGAAGAAAGUCCUGACCACGCAAGAAAUUUAAAGUUAGGUUUUCCAAAGCAUCUGAUCUGUGUCAGUAAACUCUGCCAGGAGAGGAAGAUGAGGGACCUUCAUUUGUUUAUGGGCAGCUGUAUUUGGUACAGCCACCCACAAAUUACAUCAUCAUGUUCAGCUGGUGACUUGUGUUUUCAGGGCUGAACACAUCUUUAUUUCAAAAGUUUUGAAGAGGAUCUGUAUGUCAGUUUUGUUAGUUUAUUCUUUUGAUUUUAGUUUUGGUUUGGGGAACUGAGUUUCUGGUGUAUUCUCUGAUAUUCUUGUGACUUUGCCAAGUUCGUAAUUCCUCAGUUAUGAAGAGUUGCCUCGUUACUUUGUGUUUUGGAAGCAACAAAUGACUUCCACUUGUAAUUUCCAUUUUUAAAAAUCCAAAAACCGUUCUCAUCCAAAAGAAUUUGCUGUCAUGCUUGUUUUGAUUUUGUUGAACAAGAGCCAAUACAGAAAGCAAAUGGUUUGCCAAUCUUUGGGAACUGAGGGGAAUCAAAGGAGAGGAGGAAUGCACUACUUAUGCAGGCCUUUGUGCCUUACAGUAGCCUUUAAUGAGACAGAAAUCUGAAAGCUUAGCAUGCCUUAUUCUGUCUGAGACCGUGGCAGUCCUAUAACUGGGAGUAAACACCAUUGAACUAGGCCUGUGCUAUACUGAUUGAACAUUUUAGCCUCUCUAUCUUGUUGCAUUUAACAUGGCAGCUAUUCCAUUUGAAUGAAACAUAUACACCCAUUCCUUGUCACACUUUCAAUAUGGAGAUUUAGUUAAAUGAAGAUUUGAGCCCACCUCUAAUUAUUGACUUGAGAUGGUUAGAAGAAAAGUUAUCCACAAUUGCUCUUACUUAGCAUGGUUUUAAUAGGGAGGCAUUGAUAUUUUUUGGGGGGUGUAUUUUACCCCCCUUUUGUAGUGAAAAAGGACCUGGGGUGGUCCAAAAUGUUCUCUGAGGGAAUGGUGCUGCCUCUUCCCCACAAAUCCCCUUGGCCAAACACUUGCCAAGAGAAAAUACCUCCAUUUUAAAAUGACAGCAGCUGCCACUUGGGCACUUUCAAUGUGGACUGUAAUCCUCCCUGUUUCCCUUACCAAGGGGAGAAUCACAUUGUGUAGAAAAAUAUGGAUGGUGCCCUUCAAAGAGACAGCUACUGCUUUAGAGGUGGUAUAAGGUAUGUGUUCUCAUGACAAGCAUGCAUGUGGGGACUGCACUGCCCAUGCUGGUCAUAGGAACAUAGGAAGGUGCCUUGUACCAAGUCAGAUCAUUGGUCCAUGCAACUCAGCCUACAUCAGGGUUCCCCAAACUUGGGUCUCCAGCUGUUUUUGGACUACAACUCCCAUCAUCCCUAAGUAGCAGGACCAGCGGUCAGGGAAGAUUGGAAUUGUAGUCCAAAAACAGCUGGAGACCCAAGUUUGGGAAAUCUAGGUCCACACUGACUCGUAGUGCCUCUGCAAGGUUUUGGGCUCUCUCCCAGUCCUUCCUGGCUGUGCCAGAGAUUGGGCAUCUGCCUGCAAAGUAGCUACUCUUAACACUAUGCUACUAUCCUUCCCCAGAUACCCUUUCAGUGAUCUGGAUCCCUGGGAAAGGGAGGGUGGAGGAGGAAAGCCAAAUCACCCUGUUAAUAUACUUGAUAGACUAACACAGUUCAUCUGUUUUCCUUAAGUACGGGCAAUGUAGACCAGUCCUCUCAUAGUUCCCUGCUUUGUGCUGGUAUGCUGGAUUGACACAAAGGCACUUUGGAGAUCUAUAAGUGAUUAGAAAUGACUGGCAAUAAGGUGUGAGGGUUUGAAUAAUCUUUCAUCAGGAGAUAUGGUAGAUUCCUCCUUCCUGUGCACUUCUCCUCCAGGGACCUCCCUAAACCUUUUCUCACUUCUUUCCAAUGCAAUCUUCGACUUCCAAGCUCUGUUGAGCAUCGAGGAAGAAGCCAGGUUGACCUUACUAGAGUACAAACUGAUGUGUUUUGCCUUAGGCUGACAGCAUCAAACCAUGUAACUGUAAACCCGGUGGGGAGGGAGUGUGAGAAACCUAAAUGCUGUUAUAGAGUGUUAUUGUACAGAGUGAAAGAGAUGCUGGCUUUAUCAUGCUUUCAGAAAGUGCUUGGCUGUGCUUGUGUGUGUGUGUGUGUGUGUGUGUGUGUGUGUGUGUUUAAAAAAUAGAUAAUAUCAAGGCAGUAUCCAAUUUCUAGGUUUUGCAGUUCACAAGCAAAGUACUGUAGACUUAAAGCUUGUUAGAAAUCACACAGGGUUGUGGGGAGGAAGUGAGUUAAGUGAGCUUUUCCAGGAGGCUGAAUACUGUAGCUGUAUUGCUACGCAGUUGACUUUACCAAAGACAAAGACGUAUGCAGCUUUCAUCUGCAGGCUUGAUGCUACAGUACAUAAGAGGCAGAGUGGAUGAGUCCACGGCAUUUAUACACACACACCCCAAGCCAUAUCUACACCACUGACUAUAAGACAGCAUCUUUGUUUGUAUGGCAGCCCUACAUAUAAAUAAGAAGGAGAUUAGGUAUUUGCAUUUUGCAAAAAAAAAAAACCUCUUACACCUUAAUGGCUUGCAUGCUUGAUAGCCAGGCCUCUUUCAACUUUUCUUAGCAAUUAUUCUAUAUAUGUAUUAUACGAGUUCAGAAAUGAUAACUCUACCACAAGACAAAUGGGAAGAUAGAGAAAUACAAACAGCAAACUCCUUUAUUUAAUAUUCUGGCACCUUGUUGCUACAGUAUAUACACAUUUGUGUACGGAGAGUUGCUAAUAAUUGCUAAACUGGUAGCUGCUUCUUCAAAUGAUUGAUUUUUUCUGUUGGGUUAUCAUCGUCUUUGUACCUGUACUUCUGGUCUGUGUGAGGUUGUCCUGGUUGUGAUGUGAUUUUCAAUUGGAACAGUGUAGAGGUCCCCCCCCCUUGCUUUGUGAUGCGGCCGGAGGAAAGUGGAAGCGGCUAGACCACAAUUAGGGGAGCCCCAAGAGGAAGCAAAAACCUUCGGGAGCUUAGAUAAAUUGCCCUGCUUUUCUCAUGCUAAAAUCAAGAAGUUCAGCUCUCUUUGCACUGCCUCCCACCCCAUUUAUUUCUCACCUUCUCACUUGAUUUAGCCGAAAGCUUUUAAGGCCAGGAUUGUAACAUGAGCUUGCCAUUCUGCGGCACCUGUAUCUCUUGAUUUCUCACCUUAUUUUGCUUUCUUCCUCUCUCUCUCUCUCACAGAUCUUUUAUGAUCUCGUCAGACAGAUAAAUAGAAAAACACCAGUGGAAAAGAAGAAGCCUAAAAAGAAAUCAUGUCUGCUGCUCUAGACCCACAGCAUGCAGCAGCUCUGAGCCAGGUGAGCAAAUGGUGAAAUCAUAAUGACCUUCCUGGGACAUGUUUGUGGCACUGACUCUCUUUGCUGCAGCAGCUACUACAUGAUGCUGGAAUGGUUGCAGGCUGGACUGAAGGCCACUUGCAUUCCUUUGGCAAAGGAAUGAUAAGCUGCCAAAUACUAACAUUUGGGGUAUGUGCUAUAUAGCAGAGGUAGAGAACCUGUGGCCCUUCAGGUGUUGUUACUUUCCAGCUCCCAUCCACCCCGGCCAGUGCAGCCAGUGGUUGGGGGACCAUGGGAGUUUCAGUUCAGCAAAGUCUGCAGGGUCACAGGCUCCCCAUUCCUUUUAUAAAGGAUGCUUAAAAUACUUUUAAGAUCAGCUAGGCAGACAGGUACUACCCUGUGCUUCCUUUUCAAAUAUUACACCGCUGGCUCUAUCAGUUCAGAUUUUAUGGAAAAUUUUAAAAUACAUGUUUUCUUUGGCUUUUAAUGGGAGGUUCAAUUAUAUGUGAUGCUGGAGUUUUUAUAGCAUUUUAAAAUUUAUCCUGCGAAGAGGUACAUUGUUUACCUGGGGAGGGGGGGGGAAUCAGCAUUUGAGUGGUUUGGAGAGCCAUGCCCCCCCCUUCCUAUAAUACGGAAGUGGACUUGGAGCAGAACAGCGGUUAUGUCAUCAGUAUGCAUACUGGGGCCUGCACACGCCAUUUCUUUUUGGGUUGAAGUGCCACCUGCUGACUCAUUUGCUUUUGACAUCUAGUUUUAACUCUCUUGCUACCGAUCCUUACUGCAUGUGUCUGUGUGAGACAAAGAGAAAGAGAGGGAGCACAACCAUAAACACUGGUUUGCUAUGCAAGAGGUGCUGCAACAUUCUCUUCCUUUUUCACAUACAUGCACAUCUUAGCAUAGUGAACUCCCAUACUGUCCCAGCAAUCCAGUUUUCAGUCAUCUCUUAGAGAGAAAGGAAUUUAAAAAUGAGUCAGAGGGUUGUAGUCAACUAAAUUCUAAAUCCCUGAGACCCUGGGGAACUGCUGCCAAUCAGUGUAGACCAGGGGUCAGCAACCUAAGCUCCAUGGGCCAGAAGUGGCCCGUAGAGGUCAUUUGACCGGCCCCCAAGCCACCCCCGAACCGAGCUGCCCGCUCACGCGCUGUGCUAAACCGGCGCGGCGCGGGGACUCACUUCUCCAGUGCUGGAAAUCACAUCUGCACAUGCGCAAACGCCGAAAAUCGCAUCUGCACAGAUGUAGACGCCAAAAAUUGCACGCAUGCUCAUGCACGUGAGAGAUCCAGCCCUUGGAGGGAUCUCUGCGGGACCGAUCCAGCCCAGGCAAGAUAAACCUUGCUGACCCCUGGUGUAGACCAAGGAUGGAGAAAUUGUGGGCCUCCAGAUAUUGCUGGACUAACAACAACAACAACAACAACAAUUAUUUUAUUAUUUACAUGCUGCCCAUCUGAUUGUGUUGCCCCAGCCACUCAGGGUGGCUUCCAGCAAAAUAUAAAAACACCACAAAACACCAAACAUUAAAAGCUUCCUGAAACAGGGCUGCCUUCAGUUGUCUUCUAAAAGUCGUAUGGUGGUUUAUCUCUUUGACAUCUGAGUGGUGGGCUUUCCACAGGGAGGGUGCCACUACCAAGGAGAACCUCUGCCUGUUUCUCUGUAACUUCACGUCACGCAGUGAGGGAACCUCCAGAAAGCCCUCAGAGCUGGACCUCAGUGUCCAGGCUACAGGUACCAUCAUCCCUGACCAUUGGGAUGAGGCUGGUGGGAGUCUACCAACAUUUGGAGGGCCACAGGUUCCCCAUCCCUGGUGUAAACAAUACAGAGCCAGAUAGACGAGUGCUCUGACCUUGGUAUAAGGCAGCUUCCUUGGGUCUUAAACAAGUCCUCCUUUCUGAACAUGUGCUGUGUAUUUGUUUUUAAGAAUUUUUAAAGAAGGUACCUUCAAUCCUGUGUGUCUUUUUUUUUUUUUUUAAGUACUCCCUUGUUUGCAGAGCGUGUUUCUAAGUUGGAUGCUGACUCUUCAUUGUCUGUCUCUUCUUCUGCUCAGGAUUACAGGAAUGAAGAACUGUUGCCUAAUUUGGAAAGUGCCACCAUUCCAGACUUCAAAUAA